GAAUUUUCACGCAAGCAAAGGGAAGGGUUUUCUUCAGCUGAAACACCAACUUCCUGCUGUGGGCAUGUUUCCAUGGUAAUACUUCCUGUGGCUUUGAUGGAAAGAGGUAGUUUGGCUUUUGAGGAUGCCGAGGACUUGUCAGAUCAGGGGUGGUGCUUUUUUUUUUUUUUUUUACACCACUUUAGAAAUGCUGUGAUCCGAACGAUGAAACAUUGAAACGAUAUACGUUGGGAUGGAGGGGAAAAUGAAAUAUCUGGACGUUCCUAAUGGGCGAUUGGUGAGUCACUAUACACUUUAGAAGUUGACAAUAAGUGCAGGUGUGUCAUUGAUUUGCAAGCAGAUGUCUACCCAAUUAGACCUUGGUCUCCUAUACAAUGUGGUUUGUCUGCCCACACACUGCUAAACGACCUCUUUAAUGAAAAUUAUUCUCACAGUACACUGAGCUAGGAAAAGCAUUUGAGGGAUUCUUUCUUGCGUGUUAACCAUUUUAAAUAUGAAACUGUAUUUUCUUUUUUUUUCUUUUUUUUUUUUUUUAUGUAGAACGUUUGCAUGCCAGAGACUUCUUGUAUGUUUCGUGCUGUAAUCUAAAUAUAAAAAUGUAUGCACUGCAAACUACUACAUCAUUUCUUUAAAAGAGUUGUUUGGUUUUAGCAUAUUCAUUUAUGUCUUCCAUCUUUCUAGGUAGGCAAAAAAAAAAGAUAGAUUGCAUUCUUUAACCUAAAAUAAAUUGUGAUGGUGUUCAGGAUUUGUUUGUGUCUUGCUGGUUAAAAUACUUUGUUAAGUAGUACAUGUUUCCCUUAGAUGUAUCUAGAAUUCAGAGCUUCUUUGCUUAAAGAGGAACUGUAAUGUUUGUGUGACAGUUCAAUUUUAGCUCAGCCUUGCAACAUCUGUUGAAGUAGUUAUGGGUGAGAUGUGUGGCUGAAAUUCGAAAGAGACAUAACUUCACUGCACGUCCAAGAGAUAGGUGCUGCUGGUUUACCAGUAGGAACAAAUUGGGCAUCAUUUUCACAUUAUACUUUGUUCAGGAAAUGAUGGGUCAUUUAGCAUUUGCCUGGGAUUCCUGGCUGUAAAUGAACAGCAUUGAGUGUAAUGCAAAUAAAACGGUAUGAAACCAGAAUACAAAUGCAAAAAUAAAUAAAAUUUUAAAAAUAAUAAAAAAAUAUAUUACACACAUGCUAUGGGUUUGAGAUUUAUUUUACAUACCGUAGGGCAGUGGUUUCCAAAACCAUUCCUCAAGGCACGACUACCAGUCCAGGAUUUAGGGUUUACCCAGUUGUGUCGAGGUGUUUUUUUUUUUUCGUUUUAAAAACACCUUAGGCACAACUGGGUAAUCACUGAAUGCUAAACUGGUUGGCGUGUCUUGAGGACUGAUUUGGAAACCAUGGUCGUAGGGCUUUUGUUAUUUGUGUCAGUUUAAAAAAAAUAUAUAUAUAUAUAUUUAUAUAAUAGGAGGCAACUCAAUUCAAGAACAAAAAGCAACAAUGCUUCAAUUACAGUAGUAUAAACAUUUACUAUUUGUUUGUACUUGUUUGUGAUGAACAAAACUUUAUAUAUUUGGGUACUUGUGUUGUCAUGCAUCACUACAUAUUAUGGACUGUGUUUUAAUCUUUUCAUAAGCACAUACUGUAGUACUGUUUUAGAAACACAUUUUUUGGGGGUCAUGAUCAGCUCACAUUGUAUUACUGUGCUUGUUAUUAACUGCAGGCUUAUUUACUAAAGUGGGAAUUGCUGUGAAUUCAAAGUGAAUUUCAGAAAUGUCGGCCAAAUUAUAGAAAAUAUCUUUGUCAGCUAUAUUUUCAGUCUGACUAUUUUGGUCUAUCAUUUUAAAUUUACUUUGAAUUCCUGGCGGUAGUUACUUUUGUAAAUAACCUGCUGGUGUUUCCAUGCCAUGUACAGGGGAUUGUGACGUAGCAUGUCCUAUAAUUUGAGCCAGUGAUUUUUGAGCCAAUUGGUGCAGUUCUUGAUACAGUUGAAUAUAACAUAUUGAUGACAAUCAUGGGUCACUCACCAUUGGUUUUCCUAUCUGUCAUGUGUGUAACAGAAGGGAGACACUCUACAUCAGAUCAUUAAUUUGAAAUUAAAACCCACUUCUGAUUCAUGUCUUCUUUUAAAGUAAGAGCUCACGUGUUCUAUGAUGAAUAAAACCAAUAGAAACCCUAUCAUAUGAUAUACAGAAAUGCAUAUGUAUGUAUUGACAAAAAAACUUCCUGAAAACAAAUCAACCUUAAUGUAGGUUUGUCAACAUAGCAGAUCCAUGUGAUUGCCUCCUUAAUCGUUACAAUAAAAUCUAGCCUCUUCUCCCGAUGGUUCUAAAUAUAUGUGGGCACGAGGCAGGUCUUCUCUAAUGUUUUGCCUGGUAAGCAGAGAAACAAUAAAUCUCCAGCUGUUGAAUGAUUUGAAUUCUUCUGGAAGUGCGCAUGUCAUCUAAUUAACAAUGAUAUAUUAUAUAGAGGAUGCCAUUUUUAAAAGACAGAUAAUGAGGCUAUUGAGGGCAUUGAAUGUUGGAAAUCCUAAGUAGUUGUAGGACUAGAUUUUCUGGCUUAAAAGCUUGAAAGUUGUUCCAUGGCAGCUACUCCUUAGCCAUCCUUUUUUAAAAGGUUAGGCACAAAACCAUUUAGUGGCAAAGGAGUAAAUGGGUGGCAAAAAGACCAAGAAUUUAAUCAUAAGAUUAAAUUAUAUGGCCUAUUACAUUCCAUAAUUCCAUAAUGUGUUAUAGAAAAAAAAAGAGAGAGAAAUAAAACAUUCAUUUGUAAAUGUUUAGCUGACUUAGGGUUAACAACGAAACAUUAUUAAAUUCUUGGGUUUUUCAGGAACCAACUCAGAGAUUCAGCCCAGAUGAGCAACCCCCAGCAACACCCCAUGAGAGGAACAAUCAUUUUAUUUUAUAAUUUCAUGGAUACUGGGCAUCCCUCUACUAAAGUGAUGGACCAUAUUUAGUUGUUUUUGAAGAAGGAAUGUUUGUUUUACUGCUAUGCUAAUGUGCUUUGUCCGCCUUGGCAUGGAAAAUGAUAUUGGAUAUUCUCUGGAUUCUACUGAAUGGAGCGUAAGAUUAUUUCUUUGUGUAUAAGGGGUGAGGAGAAGGUGAGGAACAUUAAACAGCCCCCCCCCCCCUUUAGUAGAAGUAAACCCCAAUUCACAUUUCAGGGUAAGGAGGAUGCUGCAAGUGGGCAUGGAGAGCAUAGGGUGCAUCUCAGAUAUGAACUCUACUGUUGGUGGUACUGGUCAGAUAUGCAAACAGUAUACAGUCCACUCUGUAAUGGCACAUGAAUGAAUGUCAAGUCACAUUUGAGCAAUGCUUUAAUAGAGCUGUUUAACAGUAUACAAGAUUAGUCUUACAAUUUAAUGGUGAUCAUAGUCUCUGGAUUAAGACUAAUGGUCUUAAUGUGUAGUUACGUUUCAAGGGUGCAAGUUGAGGAUUAGAAGUCUUAACAUUAGUAUGGAUUUGGUGACCGUGAUGUGUAUACAACUCAGUGUCCAUGUCUCUAUGUAUACUGCUAUUCUAAACAUUCUAACUAUCACUCUAAUGAUACCAUUCUAACAUUACUUUAAAGAUAGCCUUCGCUUUACCUUUUUAACCUUUUAUAAAGUAAAUGUUAACCCCACAGUUAGAGCACGUUUUACCAUAUCAAUGUGAAAAUAUUGUGAGCAGAGAAGGAGUAAGGAGCAAGUUACCAGUUUGCCCCUCCAUUCUUCAUAUAGAUGACAGUAAAUGUGACAAAGCAAAUUUACGGUUUUGGGUCCCGUGUGUAACCCCUGGGCCAAUGGCAAUUGCCUUAGGUUACCUUAUGCUUACUCCUGUUCUGUUAGUGAGGUUAUGUUGAGAUACCACUUUUGUAAGACAUAUGUGCUCUUAAGCAGCACAGCAGCACAAAAGGCGGGUUUUCCAUGUCUCUUGCAAAAACAUAUUUUUUAUUUAAAACAUAUUGGUGUAAAAAAUGCUUUGUUAGUUGGCUUUGAAAGCAUAAUAAUGUAAGCAGAGUCCAUUACUCACCUUUAAUAACACAACAGACCAGGUUUUAUUCUGGGGUUUUUCAGAGUGUCUUCGUAAGUUAAUGCUUUAGUCAGGCUCACUGUAUACCUCUGACUUCCCAGUUAUCCCUUCUGUGGCUUUGUUUCCAUCAGGGGAAAAACAAUUGGACAGUUCCUGGCUGCUUAAAGUGCUUGUAUUUCUCCCACUCUGCACUUAUCUCAAAAUUGGGGGAUACCAUUUUAAUUGAAACUGGAAGAUAUUGGUAGAUGUAUGAAUAUUUAAAAUGUAACCCUCUAAGAACAGGACCUGACUGGCAUAGAUGUGCUUUGAAAGAGCUCACCCUCCAAUAUUGCUGUUUUAAUUGCCUUUUUUUGCUCUAAUCACAAGAUUAGUAGAGACAUACCUGAUUUCCACCCGGGCUGGUCCACCUUAGAGUGGUUGACAACCAUAUUUUUUUAUAUUUCAUAUUAACAGAAUCCUCCGCUAAACACAGUGUGGCCUAGGUAAUGCACCAGACGGGAGAGGCAGUCAAACUCCUAGCCUGAAAGAACCUGAAUCCCCAGGGCAUCAUCUUGGUGCCACAUUUUCUCUCCCUUUGAACCAGUGGGGGUGAUCCCGGUCUACAACUUGGAGGCCUUCUUAUGGAGUUGCCAUAAGAAUCGACAGACACAGCGUCCUAUUCAACGUGGUAGAUGCCUCAUGUUCCUCUGACUACUGCAGUGACAAUUCUACCAUUAUGUCCAAGAAACUCUUCACAGAUUUUUGUGGAAAACUAAACACCCGUCUUCACCAAUCUGCCUUCACAAGGCAUGUGAAGGCUUUCCAUUAUUGAAUGUCUUCACAAGGAGGUUUCUCGAGUGGCUGUAUACUGUGGCAGUCAUUUGAGGCCUCCUGACUGACAAAUAGAGGCUUCUUGACUGACAUUAACUGUAAGUGGCCACUUACCUCAGAAUCCACUACUAAGAACCCAGUGCGAGUCUGUGGCUACAACUCAUGGGCAGGCUUGAACAUGGCAGUGGCAACUAGAGCAGUGAUCUCCAUCCCAAUCCUCAUGGACCACAAACACUCCAGGUUUUGGCAGAGUGUCAGUUGGAAUAAAACAGGGAAAUACAUAAAUCCAGGAUUACUGGUGGGCCACGAGGACUGGGUUGGAGACCACUGAACUAGAGCACCUCACAUUAGAGAAAGCUGAGGAGAGCCCUUCAUCAGGCCUCAGUCCCUGUGAGACAGCUUUGGAAUAUACCAGGAGGCUGGAGUACCUGGAGGGACAUUGAUGCCAUCAGUGGGUCUAUCUCAUCACCCAAUUGGAGACCACAUCUAUGCCUAAAGAUUAUCUUUCUAAUGAGAGGGGAGGCUAUAGGCUGAUCUUGGUUUUGGGACUAGGGCUCUUGUUGACAUCUUGUCACUUAUCUGUAUUUCUACAAAACAGUUAAUGUAGUGAAAUAGUUGUUCUUGUUCGCUUUAUUGAUCUACCUGAUAAAUUUUAUAUUAUUUAGUCUGCCUCUUUUUAAUCCUCUGUGCUCCAUUACCUUGGCCAUACACAAUUAUUUGGCCAUUUCAAAGGCCUCCUUGGUGUAUUAUGAUGUCUGAUACUUGGCUGGAUAAGCAUUUUCCCACACACUUCCUAUCUUCUUACAUACAAUAUUGUGCAGAUAUUUAGCCAUGCAAUACUUGAAAUCUCUUCUUGUUCUAUAGAAGUCAUACCCAUUGUUGUAUUGUUUUAACCAUUGCACACAAAAAUAACCCUACAGUUAGGAAAACUCACUAGGGCCUUUUGAUAUGGUCUGUCAGAAUGAUAAGCUUAAAUAGAUCGCUUAGAUUGAGCACGGUCAGUUCAGAAGCUUGAUGGAUUUUGGCUUUUACACAUGGAGCUUCUGUUUUCACUUUAUCUCUCAUCUAACUGUACUAUUUCCCUCUAUCUUUACACACAUCUUUUCACUGCAAAUUUCUCCGAUUCACAGAUAUAUACAGGUUCUUUAUAUAGAGACAGCAUUCUCAUGUGAGAGUUAAAGGAACACUAUAGUCGCCAGAACAACUCCAGCUUAUUGUAUUUAUUCUGGUGAGUAGAAUCAUUCCCUUCAGGCUUUUUGCUAUAAACACUAUUUUUUCAGAGAAAAUGCAGUGUUUACAUUACAGCCUAGUGAUAACGUCACUGACCACUCCUUAGAUGUGCUUCCUGGGGUAGUGUUGCACAGUGUGCAGCCCUGCCAUUCAGUGUCUCCACCCCCUGCAUGCAGACACUGAACUUUCCUCAUCGAAAUGCAUUGGUUCAAUUAAUCUCUAUAAGGAGAUGCUGAUUGCCCAGGGCUGUGUUUGAAUUGUGCUGGCUCUGCGCCUGACCUGCCUCUUUCACAGUCUCAGCCAAUCCUAUGGGAAAGAACUGUGAAUGGCUCAGACCACCACUUCUGAUGAUGUCCGCAAACAGCAGGCAGGUCAAAAGGCAGACAGGGGCAGAACCAGCUGCUGCAGACUUGAAUGCAAGUAAGAUUUUACUAUAUUUAGGGAUUGUGGUUUUAACACUACAGAGUCAGGAAUACAUGUUUGUGGUCCUGACCCUAUAGUGUUCCUGUUUGUAUACAAUCAGGAACUGUUAUUUAAUAUAUAUAUACAGAAAAGUCACUAUUUCUGUUUUUUGGUCUGCCGUUAUUAUAGUAUCUGAGAGUAGAUAAAUGUGUAUACAAUCCAUUGGAGACAGAAACUCAGCUAUCAAACUCUCCAUUAUAUUAAGUGACAUAAUUAAAGAAAUAAGAAGCCCUUUUAAUGACUCUGUAGAUAAUUUCAUUAUUAUUUGUCUUUUCUCCUGUUGUAAUUGAUUUCAUAUGGGUGGAUUUACAUUUUUAAUAUUCUUUAUUUUUGUUGUGCAUAAACAAGAAACAGUCUUGAGUUGCCCCAACGAAGGGUUGAGUGCACUUCCAUUUCCAUUUAUGUUUAUUUGAGUUGCCCCAACGGCAGAAGCAAGAUCAAAAAAUAAAAAACACUUAUCAUAGUCGUAACAGUGAGGCAAUUAAGGUAUAAGCACAAUUUUGUAUACGGACAAGAGAGCACAAAAUAAGGCACAUCAGUAAACCUUAAAGAGAUAUUAGGCUAUAGUAGAUGUACUUAACACCCUGGUUUGCUAGUAAUUAAUUAUAGGAAUAGCUACAGCAAAUAAUUGCAUGCUUGUUCCCACUGGAACUGUGGAUCUCAGUAAUUAAACGCUCUAUGACCCUGGCAAGGGGGGAAACAAAUGUUUAAAACAACAUAUCAAAAAUAAAGAAAAACAGUAGAGCGACAUGAGGGCCACUUUAGGUAAAAGAUUAUCAAUCUAUACAUGGGUGGAUAGGGCUUCUGGUUGCCUGUGCUGUUAUUAGGGCUCAGCAGUUCAAGAAUCAUCCGGGUUCAGCCUAUUCCCAAUGAGGACAAUCCUGUUGUGUCUCUGGGCAUGUCUAGGACUGUGAAAAUACUGCAAAUUUUUUGCGUUACAUUGAAGUCAGGCUAAUUCACUAGUUUCUGCAUACAGGAUGGUCAAUGUCAGAUGAGUAGCUAGGCAGAUAAAUGUGUCAGAGUGGGACAUGUUGAUGAUAUGCAACUUAUUUGAGUUAAGAAACAAGCUUAAAUUUGCGCAUCUUAUGUAUUGCAUCCUAUGUCAAACUGAGGAUAACUUAUAUAUUUAAUAAACCGCUAGAUUUCAUGCUAGUCAAGCUAUAAAGGGGUGAAACUACUGGUACUGGUGGCUUUGCACUGCUUCCCCUUAACUGACAGGUGGAAAGUUGAGGUUUUCACCCCGAGGACCCCUAAAUUAAGCAAGAUAUGAAAGCCGAAUAAUGCCCCUCCAUGAUAGAAAUUAAAUUUAACACAAACAUUAAAACAAAGUAGAUCCCAUAUAUUAAAAGACCUUGGGUAGGGCAUAAUGAACAUUAGCGGCAACUGAUACAAGCCGGACAACUCCUUGCAGGGUGACUGAACUGUCCUGCUUUGGUCAGACCUACAAACUGGGGUUAAGCACCCUAACUAAAAGGUGUGCACUGGGACACGUUAGAGAACCGUGUGAGUCUCCAUAGUCUCUGUUUAAGUGGUGACCGCUGCGUAGGAGACCAGCGUUGAGCCUUGGGGGAAGAACGGAGUGAUCCUUGCCGGAUCCCAUGUGCAGCUCAGACUCUAGCACUGCUUCUGGGACCUCUCUAACCUUUAGAUUGUGUUUCCGCCUGGAGUCCUCUUGAGUCGCAAAGCAGCGUUCAUACUGCUGAGUCUGCAGCUGCGGGUCAUGCACGGCCUGCUGGAGCAUGGCAAUGCUCUGGGCGUUAGCUUGAGAGUGGGGCCUGUCAGACCUUGUAAGUCGUCUCGUAGCGCUGUAACAUCCGCGAGGAUGUUUUAUUUGCAGGUCUGCCAAUAACUGUGUACUGUGUCGCCUGGUUUUCAUGUGUGCACAGACAGCUCUUAAUGGCACGGAGUGCCCCAGAUAUAGGCAAUAGGCCCUGGGACCCUACCCUGUGUGUAGGCAGUAAAUGGUGUUCAAGAGGCAUGUUGCCCCCACUGAACAUUUUAACAACAGAUUAAAACAAACAACGUAAAACAGAACAAAGUAAAACAUGACCUACGUAGUAUACAUUUGGUGUGUGCUUAUGGGAUGAUGUGUCUAUGGUGUGGUAUGUGUGGGACCUUUCAGGGUGAUGUUCGAGGGAUGGAGGUGGGGAAGAGCGGGUGUUAGGGGAGGGUGGAGGCUGAUUUAGCCGUAGUUGUGUACGUGUUAGCUACAGUUUGGGCUUCAUUUUGGCUUUGUUGGUGCUAGCCUGCUUUUGUGGGCCUGUUUUGUCCUAGUCUCCCCGCCUCUGUGCCGGAUCAUGUCCACAGUGAGCAGGUUCAGCUUCUGGAAGAACGCUUCUCGGCCGUCCGCAGAGGUCAGGGUGUGUGUCUGGGCCCCUCUUUGAAACUGCAGUGAGCCGUCUGCCCCCCAGCAGUAACGGAGCUGUUUAGCAAUUGGUGCAAGCUGCCUCCGGACCACCAGCGCUGCAAAAGGGAUGUCUCCAUAGAUAGCCACUGUAUGACCCUCAAAUUGGAUAUUGGUUAAGUCUCUGGAGCGUGCUAAAAUGGCGGUACAAACAAAGCUCCUAGGUUCAUUAUAGUCGUGAUGUGACAGUCCGUCACAUCACGACUAUAAUGAACCUAGGAGCUUUGUUUGGGGCAGCUGCAGCCUUCCAGAUCCAGAAUGCAGAGAGUACUGUCCCUGGUUCUCUGCUGUCUUUGAUACCCAUUGUGGUAAGUAGCCUCUGUAUAUGGGGCAGCAGGUCAUCCCCGCCGACGCAUUCCGGGAUGCCUCGGAGGCGGACAUUCCUCUUCCUAUGCCUUGCUUCCAGUGUCGUAACGGUCCGGUUCAGCCCUUGGACCUGUUGGAAGAUUUCCAUCAUUUGGGCUUGAGUGGUCUGCUGGGUAUGUUCUCUGUCGCCUUCUUUGGCUUCCAGUGCGUGACUCUUUGCUGGAGGGCCCCCAUCUCCUUGAGAGUUUCUCAGAGGUCGGCCCUCCAAACCUCCCUCAUUUCCAUCAGGAGAUCUCUUAUGUCCCUCUUUGUCACUGGGGAUGAGUUCUCCUCUGACUAAGAGUCUCAAUAGUGAGCCCCCGCUGCCGGUGAGGUAAGGCUCUCCCUGUCAUCGUGUCAGCUCACUGAGGCCUCCUCCUCGCUGUGCGCCAUUUUGGGUCUGAGCCAGUGGUGCAGGCCUUUCAAACGAGAGCCAAAUGUCGGCUAAUUUAUACAUUUCAGGCGGGCUGAAUUUUUUAUUCUUACGCCCCAUUUGGUUUUGGGGGCAGGGAUAGUGUGGUUUUGGUCUCUGAUUGGGAGCCGAAUAGCUCUUUUAGGCCAUGUUUGUAUCAGGUUGGAACAGAGCUCCACAUGCACACGUCUGGUCCGGUAGCUGGUCGGCCCAGAUUUACAUUUUAAGCUUAUCAGGAAUAAAGUUUGUUUUAAAUAUACAUCUGCCAAUCUUACAAUUUCAAUUCAAUUGUUUCCAUCAGUAUCUCUUUUUGAUCCUUUUCAGUCCCAAAUAUUACGUGACCUCUUGUGGGCUACUGUGGCUUCUCUGCCUCACCUUGUAAUCCCAUUGGUUCUAGAUAUGCUCUUGAGGCCUCUGCCGCCUCUGUCAUUUCAUCUGCCUCUCUUUGUUCCCCUCUGCCCCCAGUUGUCCGUUUUGUGGCAUCUCUAGGAUGCCCAUUGCUGACGUCAUGUUAAUUCUUUAGUCAUUAUUAUCAAUCUGAUACUUUGCAGCAACAUUUUUUGUCGUUGUCAGGUGGAGGCUAUAUUACAAAGGAUUGUCAGAAUCAAUAAGCAUAUUAUUAUUAUCAGUGAUUGGUUGCAAUAAGUCAGGAAAUGUUCUAAGGUCCGAACACUAACAUUCAUAGGGAUGGUCACAUUCCUUUCUGAUAAUUGACUUCUCACGUUUGCAGGUCUCCCAACAGUUGAUAAUUGACUCCUCACAUUUGCAGGUCUCCGAACAGUUCCAAUUUAGAUGGUACAUUCUCUAUUUUUUGCAUCCUGCCCCUCCAUCAAGAGCCAGCACAGCGCGAGUACAUAAUUAAACACUCUCGCACUGUGCUAAGGGCCGGCCACGAGGCUGUUUUAGCCACAACACAACUGCAGGAGAUGGAGGGCUCUGCCCUGUAGAACAUAAUCAAUGAUAGGUGUUUAAUAGACAAGAAUGAACUAGGAAAAAUAUUUGCGAUUUCCAUAAAAUUGCAAAUUCUCAAAAACACAAAACGCUAAUUUUUUUUAAUAAAAGAUAACUACGUAUUGCAUUUAUUUGUUCCUUUAUUCCUGCAUAUUUGGGGCAGGAAAAUGUAUAGAAAGAACAUAUGCAAAGAGAGUACAGUGUAAAAUCAUUGUUUGCUUAGGGUUCCAGAAUUACAAGGAUUGACCUAGUGACUAGUCUAGUCUGCACUUUGGAUCCUCACAGCACUAGUAUAUAUGUUGAUAGAACACCCUAAGAUACACAUUUACACACUUUAACAACAUAUUUGAAUGUACGGGUGGAGGACUAAGAGCAUUAUGAUAUGACUUCUUCCAACAGAUGGGAAAUGGAGGAGUUCCAAUGUUUAGCUUUUAGGACUUGACCCCUGCCAGUAAUGUCACUGAAAAGGUUGGGUCCCAAGAUCCCCACUAGCUUUGCCAAUUCUCAGUGAAUGCUUGUUACACUUUAAUGUUGACUUCAGCCUGAUCUACACAAAAUUCAUCCAUUUGGGGAAAAUAUUAUCACUUUUUUUGUUGAGAGUUAAAAAUGAAAGAGGUCCCUUAAUUGUCUUUUUUAGUACAACUACAGUAGUAGCACAAAGUAUGUUUAACGCUUGUGUUGUUUUGGUUUGGUCUUUGCAAGGUAGGCAGGAAGUGCAUGAGUAAUAUGAGAAGAGGCUGAAAAUCAUCACAAUAGACCAAAAGUCUUCACCGUGGUUACAUGGUAUAUGUACCAGGCCUGAUAUUUUCAACAAACUUGGAAUUUAAAGCCAUUCGGUUGACUUCAAUCAUCAUCAGAAUAAUACACUGCUUGAGAGAGUCACUUUUACAUGUGGUACAUCUAAUAUAAGUCAAAAUAAAUUUUUUGACAAAGCAAUGAAAUAUUUUUUUUUUUCAACUAGCUCAAGUUGGGCAGUGGGUAUAAUGCAGUCACAUGCCCUGUCAGUUCUGAUCUGAUCUGAUCUGCUGCCAGAACAUAAUGAACUUGUCACGCAUGCUUCAUUCUAUUUAUAGUUACCAUUUUGUCACGCAUUGUUCAUUGCCUUAGAGAUAAUUCCUGUAAGGUGCGAACAGAGGUCUUCACCCACUCCUCUGGCUCAUAAUAGCCUAUAAAUUCUCAUAUCGGGCCCAUUAAGUGAAAAUGUUAAUAACCAUUAUUUAUAUUAGCUAUUUAAAUUACUUCAUCUUAUCUCUAGAGCCAUGUUUGUUAAUGUGUUUGUAUUUCUUCACCUGAAUGGAUAUUCUGUGAUAGGUUACUUUGCACAGUAAUGAAAUUAUAGACAAAGUGGAAUUCCAAAUGAACAUGUUUAUUCUUAUCAUUGAAGAAAAAAAAAGUAUAUAAAAGUUAAAAAAAAGAUUCCUCAUCUAUCCACUUCUAUGGAAGGUGUUACUAUUGUAGUAAUAUGUACUUAUGUUAACAUGAUCUGCCUUUUGUUUCACUGGGAAGAUUGUGCCUUUUAAGUCCUGUAGUGACAGCAAGUGGGAUAUAAACCUUAGAACAUGGUGUGACUGAUGCUGUGCAAUGCAGGGGUCCAUAAUCUCAGUGCAACACUAGGUUUUGCAGAACCUUAGUCUGUCCCAGAUAGAGGCAACUACACUUAUGACAACUGUUAUAUGCUGAGUGAGGAGCUAGGGAUUAGGAUCACACUGCCUAUAUAUACUAAGCUCCUCUCCCAGCAUAUCACUAAUGGGAAAGGGGCUGAAUUAAAGGGACACCAUAGUCACCUGAACAACUACUGCUUAAUGUAGUUGUUCAGGUGAGAUCUAUAGCUCCCUGCAGGCAAUCUAAUGUAAACACUUCAGAGAAAAUACAAUGUUUACAUUGAUUGAUAGGAAUACCUCCAGUGGCCGUCACUCAGACGGCCACCAGAGGGACUUCCUAUCAUGUAGGGCCCUAAAAUGGCCUUGUACACGUCAGACGUAUUAAAAUACGUGUGACGUGUGCAGGAGAGAGAAGACACUGUGUGCGCGCCUUCUCUCUCCUGCCUGUCAGCAGAGGAGAGGGGGCGGGCAAAGACAGCGAGCUGAGCUGUCAGCUCAGCUCGCGGCCGCGCACACCGCGCAGCAGUGCGCUCAGGACUUCAUAGGGCGGCAUGAAUGCCGCCCUAUGAAGUAUGUGCGCAUGUGUGACGAAAUAGCGGGCGCGGCAUCACGAGGCUCCCAGCGCUGGAACCAGGUGAGUAAAAUCCUCUGCAUGGAGAGCAGCAAUUUUUUCAUUGUAGGUUUAACAUGCCACUAGUGGCUUCCAUGACUAUAAACGAGUUAAACUUGGUUAUAUCUCAUAUUACUCUUAGAGAGCAUUUGAUUGGAACAGCAUGGCAUUUUGCAGUGCAUGUACACCAGCCUUUCAAUGCUUCUCUACUUAGAAGCAUUGGGCUGUCUUAGAUCAUCAGUCUAAGAUGCUCUCAUAGCGACAUAGUGGCCACACUGACACCAGCGUUCUGCAGCAUGUAAGGUACAUGGAGAUUAUCUUUUAAACCCCUGCAAGAAGGGGACACCUACAUAGGUUGGGGAACACUAUAGUGUUAGGGUUACAUUUUUGUAUUCCUGUUGCUGUAGUGUUCCUAUUAAGGACAGCAGGUUCAAAAUACAGCUGCUGCCUGGGAGUGCAAUGCCCACUAAUCCUGGGCACAGGCCUCCCAACAGUCGAGGUUUUGGUGUCUGGCAUCCCGGACUUGUUUCCUGGUCUGCCUGCAUGGUCCAGUAGGUUCAGGGACAGGCUGUCAGUCAGCAUGGCUUCCUUGAGGUAAGACUGACGUGCCUUUUCACAGGGCUCCACCCAGUUCAGUUUCGGGCCAUCACUAGCAAUGUCUCCAAUCAUGGUCUGCCCAACCACCCGAUCUCAUACCUUCCAAUGUUGAGAGAUAUCCAUGCAGUCCAGGACAUGUGUAAGGCUGCACUUACUGUACAUAUAACCAUACUGUUAUCAACUUUCAUGCCAAAUAUUCGACUCAACUACAAUUUGUACAGUGGACCACAUUGUCCAAUGCUGAGUCUCUACACAAAACCCUCCAUUGGCUUCCCUUAUAGUCAAGAAUAAUAUUUUAAAUUGUGUGUCUAACCUAACAAUUCCUCCUUAGUUCUGCUCCCUCUUACAGGUCAGACUAUUAUUACUACGUACACUGCCGAUUCUCUCAAUCCCUGCCCAAGCCCUUCCAGAAAAAUCAACUCUUUCGAGAGGUUUAUGAAUCAUAAUACUGACCGCAAACACCUAUAGACCCAUUCUAGCCACAACCCAGCCCACACAUCUCUUUUGCGGUGGCAACGUGAAUUUAAAAUUUAGGCCAAAAUAGCCAUAAUAUUUAUUAACUACAUAUGUGACAUUGUCUACUGCAAGUCUACUGCUGGUCCAUACAACCCGUCAACUCUUACUUUUGUGUGAUUUAGAUGUUAUAUUUCUAGCAUUGAGGCUGUAUACUCAAUAUGAAACCCAGCCUCUGUACACAGUAGUGGCUUAUUGCUGGGAAUAUAUAAAGACAGUUUAGAGAGUCUAUUGCACAAUAGAUAAAUUAAAUGUAUAUUGUGGCUGCCUUCGGCCUUUUUCAAAUCAUGGGUUUGUAUAGGAGUUCAGUAGUGUUAUGUAACAUUUAUUUUUAAAGGGACUCUAGAAUCAUCAAACAACUUUAGCUUAAUGAAGCAGUUUUGGUGUAUUGACUAUGCCCCUGCAGUCUUAAUUCUCUGCCAUUUAGAAGUUAAAUCAAUUUGUUUAUGCAGUCUUAGGUACACCUCCCUGCAUGUGACUUACACAGCCUUCCUAAACACUUCCAGCAAAGAGUCAUCUAAUGUUUAUACUUCCUUUACUGUAAAUUAUGUCAAAUUUAAAAUGUCUUAUUUCCUGCUCUGUUAAUAGCUUGCUAGACCCUGCUGUUUGUAAAGCUUAAAUUACUGAGCAGGAGAUAAAGUAAGUUACAUCUGAUUGAAAAUUAAUCUAUUUUAAUUUCAUGCAGUGUGAGUCACAGCCAGGGGAAGUGUGGCUGGGGCUGCAUAAACAGAAACAAAAGUAAUUUAACUUCUAAAUGGCAGUGAAUUGAGCAAUGAGAUUUCAGAGACAUGAUCUAUAAACCAAAACAUCGUCAUUAAAGGGACACUGUAGGCACCAGAACAACUACAAGUAACACCUCUACACCCUAGUUGCCACUCCUCAGACGACCACUAGAGGUGCUUCCUGGGUCAGUUGCUCUGCAUGGAGAUUCAGAACUUUUCCCAUAGAGAUACAUUAAUUCAAUGCAUCUCUAUGAGGAGAGGCUGAUUGGCCAGGGCAAAGUUUGGGUUUGCCCCCUGGCACGCCUCCUUGGCUGAGAUCAUCAGAAUUUAAGAUCUCAGCUAAUCCAAUGCUUUCCUAUGGGAAAGCAUUGGGAUUGACUGAGAUCAUCAAGUGUGAUGAUCUGAGUCAAGGCGGCGGACAGAGGGCAGGACCAGUACCAGCGUACCUGCACGGCGCUAGAAUAAAAGUAAGUAAAAUGCAUGUUUAAGGGUAAUAAGGGGUCAGCCAUCUAUUUUCAUUAGUUUAAUAUAGGGUCAGGAAUACACAUUUGUGUUGUUGACCCUAUAGUGCUCUAUUAAGCUAAAGUUGUUUUGGUGACUAUAGUGUCCCUUUAAUCUUACAAAUAUGUCUAAUUUGCUAUUAUAGCCAGUAGUCGUUAAACAGGCAAGUUCUAAUCAUUAAAUUCUCGUUUCUGAUAUAUCGCACUGGCUGUUGGCUCAAAUUGAUCAAAAAAAGUGCAUUCCUUUAUUUAAAUUAGUUUAUUAUGUAGAGUUGAUUAUGAUUGCAAGUUAGAAUUGUUUUCCAUUGUCUGAAUGGCAGAAUUGUAAUGCUCAAUUAUAUACUGUAACAGAGACAGAAAAGUAAGAAUAUUAAUGUCUGAUACUGGUGAAUGUAUGAAUCGUUUUAUCCUUCCUGAUCCCAAUGCUUUCUCUUUUUCAGGUGCUAGCAGUUUCUGAUGGAGGUGAGUCACUAACUUCAUUGUGGAAGGAAAUGUCACAUUGAGAGACAUAUUUCUGUAACUGGCUUGAUGAAAAAGCAAUCACAAAGUGUGUGUGCAGAGGUAUAAAUAGAAACUUCAAGCAUUAGCAGAGCAGGUGGGACAAUAAGAGCCCACACUCUGGCGUCAUGAUACAGGGGGCUACACAUAACCUUGAGACAUUGCUUACGGCGACAUAUGAAUGAUUAGUUACAGUGUUAAUUCGAAAUAGGGUGAGUCAAAAGUCAGGAACCUCGCAAACACUCUGUAAAAUGUUUAAAGGACUACUUCAAAUCCAUAAAGUACUUCAGCUUGCUGAAAUGCUUGAUAGGUGAGGAGUAUCCUAUUGUAAUUAUAGUUUAUAAAAUUGAUGAUUUCAAUGAGAACUGCGUUUGCACUGCACACGGAGGGACAGAUUCAGAGGCAUCUCGAUGAUAAAGUCUCUUCCGGAGAAGAAUGGGAGGGCUUACAAAGACUGCAGUCAUAAGAACGGCACCUUUUAAAUAUAACCGCAAUGACAACAUGCUGCAAAAAAUGUGCAAAAGUUUUAUAGUUUAAUUGAACAGUGAUUUUUUUUUUCCCUCUCCCAUUUUUGGAGUGAGUGUUCCUUAAAUGUUAGAUUAAUCUCAUCAUAAGUUAUGUAAUAGACCAAGGAGUGUAACAUGCACCAAGGUUACGUACAUUCAUUUAUUGCAUACAGUAAAGUAAUGAAAUUAAUCCCAGAGGCACACUCCGUACUCCAAAGGCACUUUUGAUUGCUGGAAUGUUUUAUGUGUGAAGAGUGUGUCCUCUUUUUUUCAUUUUACAAAAAGUGCAGAUUUCAAUAGAAAACAAACAAAACUGGCAACGGAUGAGCCAUUUUGUUUGUAUCAUGACUCCAAGUUCAAGAAAGAUGGAGGGAAUGGAGAAGAAACUGAUUAUUUAAUUUAUUUUUUUGUAUUGCGGUACAGUUAUAGAUACAUUUCUGCACCAUUUUGGUUCAUCCAGAUGGUUUUAUCUGAUAGGAUCGCAUGGACAAAUUUAGUAUGAACCGAAACGCCUUGUGGAUUCAAAUCUUGUCAUCUGAACCAAAACAUUUUCUCAGAUGGAUCAAUUCGGAUAAACCACAUCUUUAUUGCCAUGUACAAGACUAAUAUGCACUGAAGGUGUUAUUAACCCAUUAAGGAUGAAGGCAAUUGUCCAACCAUUGAACUAAAACAAGACCUAGAAUUUGUUCCUUAAAUUAGUGUUUCUUUCACUGUAAUAUAACCGCUUCUCUUUAAGUGCACCUAUACAUAUUAUAUAUUGGCUUUUAGGACAGAAAUUGAAAUAUUUUGAAAUCCUAUAUGUAUACCUAGCACAAUACUAAGUGUGAAUAAAAUAAUAAUAAAGGGAAAAAAACAGAAAAAAAACCCUUAUAUUGUUUCACAGUUUUGUGUAUAAUAAUUUUUACAUCAAGUGCAACUAAAGAUCACGUAUUAACGUCUGGUAGCUAACAAUAUACCAUCCCUACCAUAAUGCUAUGAUUAAACUAACUGUACCCCAACCGUACCCCGGCAUUAACCCUAACCUAGAAUGAACCUUUACCCUACACUAACCCUUUUGUGACAAGCUUGUACAAAGCAUAAUUCUAAACGUAAAGCAGACUCUACAGGAAUACAUUGUGUCACAGUAAAUGAGUCCGGGACAAUGAUUGAUGUUUUACCCCCUGUAGUGCAGACAGAUCCUCUGUACACUAUUAGGGAGACACAGUGGGGUAUGUUAAUUGGAUCAAUUGUUUCCCCCUCUGUCUGGAAUUACCUGUACCUGUUCUUCUAUUAAAUAGCGUUUGAUAUUUUAUAUAUACUGUUGUCUGGUGUACUUGAAUUACCUGUUUUAACCCCUUAAGGACUGAGCCAAAUGUACACGUUUUGAUCAAAAUAAAAUGUAAACAAAACUUGGAAUUUGACUAUAUGUCUGUUCAACCAUAAUUCACCUCUUUCAUAUUAAGUGCACCCACACUUAUUAUAUAUCAUUUUAUUCAGGAGAAAUAGGGCUUUCAUUUAACAUCGAAUAUUUAGCUACGAAGCAUAAUUUUAUAUGAAUAAAAUAUUUUUUUAAAAAGUGAAUAAUUAAGAAAUGUUAUUUUUUUAGUUCUGCGUGAUAUUUUAACUGUUACCAAAAAAAAUACACUAUCUUUGUAUUCAGCCAUAUCUCACGUGUAAAACAGCACCCCCUAUGUACAGGUUUUAUUGGGUUUAGAGAAUUUACAGGGUCAACUAUAGCAUGUUACAUUUUUCAGUUUUUUUCACAUUGAAAUUCGCCAGAUUGGUUACGUUGCCUUUGAGACCGUAUGGUAGCCCAGGAAUGAGAAUUACCCCCAUGAUGGCAUAUCAUUUGCAAUAGUAGACAACACAAGGUAUUGCAAAUGGGGUAUCCAGUCUUUUUUAGUAGCCACUUAGUCAUAAACACGAGUGGUACUGUUAUACUCAGGAGACUUCGCUGAACACAAAUAUUAGUGCUUCAAAACCGCAAAACAUAUCACAACAAUUUAAUCAUCAGUGUAAGUGCCGUUUGUGUGUGAAAAAUGCACAAUACAUUUUACUGUUUUGAAACACUAAUAUUUGUGUUCAGCAAGGUCUCCCAAGUAAAACAGUACCCCCCAAGUACAGGUUUUAUGGUGUCUUGGAAAGUUACAGGGUUAAAUAUAGUGCUAGUAAAUUAAAUUCUCUGUACUCUCUGCCUGGGUUGUCAGGCAGGUCCUGCAAAUAUAAAUAUAUAUGCAGUUGCAAGAAAAAGUAUGUGAACCCUUUGGAAUGAUAUGGAUUUCUGCACAAAUUGGUCAUAAAAUGUGAUCUGAUCAUCAUCCAAGUCACAACAAUAGACAAUCACAGUCUGCUUAAACUAAUAACACACAAAGAAUGAAAUGUUGCCAUGUUUUUAUUGAACACACCAUAUAAACAUUCACAGUGCAGGUGGAAAAAGUAUGUGAACCCUUGGAUUUAUUAACUGGUUGAACCUCCUUUGGCAGCAAUAACUUCAACCAAACGUUUCCUGUAUUUGCAGAUCAGACGUGCACAACGGUCAGGAGUAAUUCUUGACCAUUCCUCUUUACAGAACUGUUUCAGUUCAGCAAUAUUCUUGGGAUGUCUGGUGUGAAUCGCUUUCUUGAGGUCAUGCCACAGCAUCUCAAUCGGGUUGAGGUCAGGACUCUGACUGGGCCACUUCAGAAGGCGUAUUUUCUUCUGCUUAAGCCAUUCUGUUGUUGAUUUACUUCUAUGCUUUGGGUCAUUGUCCUGUUGCAACACCCAUCUUCUGUUGAGCUUCAGCUGGUAGACAGAUGGCCUUAAGUUCUCCUGCAAAAUGUCUUGAUAAACUUGGGAAUUAAUUUUUCCUUUGAUGAUAGCAAUCCGUCCAGGCCCUGACACAGCAAAGCAGCCCCAAACCAUGAUGCCCCACCACCAUACUUCACAGUUGGGAUGAGGUUUUGAUGUUGGUGUGUUGUGCCUUUUUUUCACCACACAUAGUGUUGUGUGUUUCUUCCAAACAACUCAACUUUGGUUUCAUCUGUCCACAGAAUAUUUUGCCAGUACUGCUGUGGAACAUCCAGGUGCUCUUGUGCAAACUGUAAACGUGCAGCAAUGUUUUGUUUGGACAGCAGUGGCUUCCUCUGUGGUAUCCUCCCAUGAAAUCCAUUCUUGCUUAGUGUUUUACGUAUUGUAGAUUCGCUAACAGGGAUGUUAGCAUUUGCCAGUGACUUUUGUAAGUCUUUAGCUGACACUCUAGGAUUCUUCUUCACCUCAUUGAGCAGUCUGCGCUGUGCUCUUGCAGUCAUCUUUACAGGAUGGUAACUCCUAGGGAGAGUAGCAGCAGUGCUGAACUUUCUCCAUUUAUAGACAAUUUGUCUUACCGUGGACUGAUGAAUAGCAAGGCUUUUGAAGAUACUUUUAUAACCCUUUCCAGCGUUAUGCAAGUCAACAAUUCUUAAUCGUAGGUCUUCUGAGAGCUCUUUUGUGUGAGGCAUCAUUCACAUCAGGCAAUGUUCUUGUGAAAAGCAAACCCAGAACUGGUGUGUGUUUUUUAUAGCGCAGGUCAGCUGUAACCAACACCGCCAAUCUCAUCUCAUUGAUUGGACUCCAGUUGGCUGACAUCUCACUCCAAUUAGCUCUUGGAGAUGUCAUUAGUCUAGGGGUUCACAUACUUUUUCCACCUGCACUGUGAAUGUUUACAUGGUGUGUUCAAUAAAAACAUGACAAUAUUUCAUUAUUUGUGUGUUAUUAGUUUAAGCAGACUGUGAUUGUCUAUUGUUGUGACUUAGAUGAUGAUCAGAUCACAUUUUAUGACCAAUUUGUGCAGAAAUCCAUAUCAUUCAAAAGAGUUCACAUACUUUUUCUUGCAACUGUAUAUAUAUAUAUAUAUAUAUAUAUAUAUAUAUAUAUAUACAUAUAUAUAUAUGUAUAUGUAUAUUAUUUUUUAAUUAUUUUUAUUUAUAUAUUGAUAAAUAUAGAGAUUGUAGCCGUAUUAGUCCAGUGAUGUAGAUGUAAAAACUGAUAAAAUUUGUAUCUUGUAAUACCUUUUUUAUUGGACUAACAGAAUUUUUUAAUGACAAGCUUUUGGGAGAACCUCCCUUUCUCAAGUCUGAAGCAUUUCUGAGCAAGAUGACACAUAGAAUUCAAAGUUGAGUUGUGAUACAGGGGUUAAAGCGACAUGAGUGUAGAUAAGACACAGGUUUGUUAGAAAAUAGUCACCAUUUUUGCAGAGCAGAGUGAGGGGGGAGAGAGGGAGAAGUGUAUUUUGAUAUCAAUAUAUAUAAAUAUUAAUAUCAAAAUACUGUUAGAGCAAAAUACAUAUAAUUACACACAUAUAUAUAUAUAUAUUAUUUUUUUUUAAUUUUUCAUUUUUAACGUAUUUAUAUAUUUGUUAUAUUAUAUAUAUAUUUAAUAUCAUACUUGUAUUUUGAUAUUAAUAUAUAUAUAUAUGUAUAUAUAUAUAUAAUUAGAUAUAUAUUAAUAUUAAAAUACACUUAGACAGAUAGAUAAAAUAAUGGUAGAACAACUUAGAAUAUAUUAUAACAACAGCAAUUAGAAACAUGUGUUAUACUGCUAUAUAUUCUGUCUAUGAACCUGAAUAAAGUGUGUUUGUGAUUUACCAAGAAGGAGUUUGUGUGUCACUUGAAGCAUCCAGAUGGACUAGAUAGAUAAAAUAUUCUAUACGAACCGGAGCUAUCAAUGCAGUAUAUCCUGCAUUGCCGUUGGACACAUGACUCAAAGUACUGGGUUUUAGUGCUUGGUAUAGCGAUUAUUUGUGCCGUAGCAGAGACGCCAGGGCCAUAUCGUCACUACUCUAAAACCAAACCAAGUCAGAUGGAUGUAGACAUCAGUACUGGCAUUAGCAGAGGGACUUACCAGCACUGUCUCCCAUCUGCAGCUCCUGCAUGCUGUCCCUAACCAGGGCCGGUGCAAAGAUUUUUGGUUACAUAGACAAAGAUGUAUUUUGAUAUCCCCCUCCCAAAAAAGCAUUUUAACCUGUGUGUCUUUUAACUCCCCUGUAGUGUUUCGUAUUCCCUAUUUUCCCCAUUGUUUGUCUUACACCAUGUAUAUCUCUUGCAAACUCCCUUGUGUGUCUCUUAUCCCCCCUUCUUUGUAUGUCUCUUACAUCCUCUCAACCACUUUGAGUGUCUCUUUAACCCCCAGCCUCAUUACCUUCCUUUGUAGUGUGACUGAGUGGAGCGGAGCCUCCUCUUCUGUAACCUGGAAGCUCCUGCAAAAAGCUUUUGUUAAAGGACCACUAUAGUGCCAGGAAAACAUACUCGUUUUCCUAGCACUAUAGUGCCCUGAGGGUGCCCCCACCCUCAGGGACCCCCUCCCGCCCGGCUCUGGAAAGGGGAAAGGGUUAAAAACUUACCUUUUUCCAGCGCUGGGCUGGGAGCUCUCUGCCUCCUCUCCUCCUCCGAUCCUCCUCCUGGGCUGAAUGCGCACGCGCGGCAAGAGCUGCGCGCGCAUUCAGCCUGUCGCAUAGGAAAGCAUUUACAAUGCUUUCCUAUGGACGCUUGCGUGCUCUCACUGUGAAAAUCACAGUGAGAAGCACGCAAGCACCUCUAGUGGCUGUCAAUGAGACAGCUACUAGAGGAUUAGGGGGAAGGCUUAACCCAUUCAUAAACAUAGCAGUUUCUCUGAAACUGCUAUGUUUAUAAAAAAAUGGGUUAACCCUAGAAGGACCUGGCAGCCAGACCACUUCAUUAAGCUGAAGUGGUCUGGGUGCCUAGAGUGGUCCUUUAACUACACUGAGCUAAGCCAUGCCAUGCAGGGCUGACUCGGCUGAGAGUGUCAGCUGAGUGCUCCGAAUCAAUUAAUGCCUCCCUGAACCUCCAUGCUUAGCACAAUGCAGGGGCUCCUGGUGGCUGAGAAGGCGUACCCCAGGAACAUUGUUGCUAAAAUACCAGGGAACUCCUGUCUCCCAAACUAGAAAGAAUUGGGUUAAUGGCAUAGAUUUUAGCAGUAAAUCACAACCAUGGUGUUCACAAGUGGAUGCAUGUUUAACUGCACUACCCUUAGACGUCACUGUAGCAUAUCCCCAUUUCUUUUCAGGAAUUAUGGGGUGCUAUGCGUUACAUUGAGGGUAGGUAUUUGCAAGCAGUCAUUCUUUCCAUUUGCUGGAAACAUUUUGGAGAAGUAGCAAGUGAUCUUCAGGUUAGCAUACCUUUCAAUUUAUACAUUCUGUAGCAAGUUCACCCACACAAACUAAAUGCAUACCUACCCAAAGGCAACCUUGUCCUCUGCUUUGCUCUGUGAAUAACCUUGGCACUUUAAGAUAUUUAGAGAUAUACAUGACUUAAAGACAUUAAUGUCAGUGUCUGAAAGCAAGUCUGAAGAAUUCGUCAUGUACAAUUAGUGUCAAAACCCACAGGAUUGUAAUCACAGGACAAGCAAAGAUGACUUCUUAGUGCAAGGCAAAAUACAAAUGAUCUUUAGUAUCUCCCUCAGCAACUCCUUAACCUAAACACAAAAAAGCUAUUGUCUGUAACCUUUUGCUGAAAGUGUUUUGGAGAUCUAAACAAAGUAUCAGAAGCAAGGCCCUUUCCUCUUCAAAGGUUACAUGUCUGGUAUUGCUGGCUCUUUAAGUUGAUCAGUGCUGCUCACUUGUUGUAGGUCGGAUUGGGACAUUCUAGGAUUUAACGAGAAAUGUUUCCUGAUUCUUUUAUUUAUUUUUGUGGGUUUUUUAAAUCCCCCUUAUCUUGCAAUCACAGAAAGCAUACAGGUGAGUUUGUAUUUAUAUAAAGGUGUGGUUGCAUGUGGUAUGUCUUAACUAGUUAUCUUCAAACAGUUAUCUUUUAGACAGAUCAAGUUUACGUGUAAUUUGGAGCUCCCAUGUAGUUCUCAGAGAUAGUCAUUUUAACAAGUUAGGUAAAGGUACGCUUUAGAAACUUUGUUCCUUGUUCUUAAAUAAUUGCAAAAUUAUUGCAUAAUUAAAAAGAAACAUAAUAUAUUGCUGUAUUUUUUAGGUUUAUUGUUAUCUCUUUUGUCAUUCUGUUUGACAGAAUUAAAUAAUACCGAUAUAGAUGGACGAGGGAGUGAUCAGAGUCUUAACAGCCUGCCUAGCGUCCGAAGCUCUGGACUUACAUCAGAACAUUCGGUGGCCAGCUGGGCAGUGUCGUUUGAGAGGCUUCUUGAAGACCCUUUGGGGGUUGAAUAUUUUACGGUAUGUGAAAUUUAAAAGCGACCUUUCAAAAGUGCAGGUUACACUUACAUUUACUGUAAAAUGUGAUGUGACGUCAGUUAAACAUUUUCUAAAGAAUCACAGGAAGAAUCAUAUAUUUAAGCUGAUUUUUGUUACUGACUUUUUACAGUGAUUUUGUCGUGUGACAAGAAGUACAUGUUUUUAGAACAAUUACAUUCAAUAUUUAUUACAUUUUACAGUUCACUAGGAAGGAUGGAGAAUGAAAGGUAAAAAUUAUAGAGGUUGAGGUCCAGGCUCAUAGAUUUCCAGAGAGCCAAAAUAAAAAAUUUUCAUUCUAUUGUGUCUGAACUUUCGCUUGCCUACUCAAUUACAUUUCACUCUGUCUCCCUGGCAUUGGCUUAUUCACAACUAAUCUGGUUUGACUUAAGCCUGUCCACUCUGAGGUCAAAUUAUACACUUCUAUCUCCUGUCCCACCCUACCUUAGUUAGUAACAUAAUCUGUGUGUACUGCAACUUUCGGAUCUUUUUUUAAAAUCUGUUUAUAUUAUCCUUAUUUAUAUAAUAUGUUACAUUUGAAUCGAUUUAAAUUCUUAUUUCACUGCAGGAAUUUCUAAAGAAGGAAUAUAGCGCUGAGAAUAUAUUUUUCUGGAAAGCAUGUGAACAGUUCCAGAAUAUUCCAGCUGAAAACACUGAACAGGUAAAUUAGGCAUGGGGUGUCCUUGGCUUUUAAUAGUUAUUUAAAUUUAUUUAUUUAUUUAUUUAUAAAAUAUUUUACCAGGAAAGAUACAUUGAGAUUUCUCUCGUUUUUGUAUGUCCUGGGUCCACAAAUCAUUGCAUUGUUACAUUAGGGUACAAUAAAAUACAAAACCAAUAUUAAUACACAAUAUAAAUAGCCAUUUAUAUUAUUUAUGUUUGCCAACUUCCAUUAAGGCAUCAACUGGAGGGACAUUACGUAAUUUUUUAUCCAGUAAGAGCUUAUUUAAUGUUGUGAUUUUUUUGUACAUGCAUGCCACUUCUUAUAUCAAAAAGAGGAAAGUAUGUUUUUAUUUUUGUAUACAUUUUCAGAAUUUUCAAAAAAAUUCCACAGAGGACCAGUUUACUGGUAAAGUCGUGGUGUAGAUUGUCUCUGAGAAAGCAAAGUAACGUGAUGCCUUCUGGUUUGUGUGGCCAGCUUUACGCAACAUUUGCUUGACACAUUUAAAGAAUUUCCCAAUCAGCCACAUCACUAACUGUGCAAACUGCAAGAAAUUGUAAAAUGAAACUACUUUACAUUGCAGAUCAAUGACAAUGGAUUUAGAGCUUCAUGAUGUAAGACAGGUCUCUGUGAUAACGUUUAUCCCACAGAAAGUAUUUAAGAAAAAUAAUAUUUAGCAAUUACAAAAAGCAAUUAUUCCUCUUUUUUUCCAUCCAGUAGUUUUAGCAUUUGUUUUUAUGUAGAUUGAUGAAAUUCCAUUCUUACAUCACCAUGUCCUUCUGAAAUUUCAUAGACAGGCUUUUCUCUCAGUUAAUUUGUAUUGUUCACAAUUCUAUGAUAAAAUAAAAUAAUUUUUCUACGUUUACCAGAUCUGUAUCCCCCGCUUUUCAAAUGUCUGCAAAAUGGGCUCUUUGAUGAGUUUGGAGAAUUUUUCCAAUUCAGAUAUUUUUACCUUAAAGAGGAUCUAUCCACCUUUUUUGCCUGAACUACCAGUCUAAGCAACAGAGGCACUCUGGUGCCAGCUCAACUAGCAACAUCAAUCUACUUAGCUUGUCUAAGCUAACUUUUUGCUGGGCGUUUUAACCUGGACACGCUAGAAGCAGGCAUGUGAAGCUAAUAUGGUUUUAUUCUGCAUGUCUAGCCAGAAAAGCCUAGUCAUCAACACACUUAAUAUAUAGCAAUGAUAAUAUGAAUAACUAGCCUGCAAUUUUCUCUAGUAUUGCUGAUGUGUUAUAGCAGCUAUAGCCUGUUUCACACUCAGCCUGCUUAUUACUUAUAUUAAUAAUCAGCUCAGUUACAAAUAGGUGACAAACGUUAUUAACUUAAAAACGUGCAAGUUUUUCCUUUUCCAUUGUCUACCUAACGUAAACCUCUGUUGGCCUCUGCAUACUCUGGCUGUUGUGGCCAGAUGUGAUAUGUGUAAAUUGCCAUGCACAAAUAAAAUAAAGAAUUUAAAAAAAAUAAAAUAAAUGAGGAUCUAUCAAUUUUCAGGGUCUUUGCAUAUCUCACAGCCCAUGCCAUCUUUAUGCCGCAAGUCUCUCAGCUACUGGCGCUUCAGCUGCCAGGAGCACCAUCCAUGCUGUACUCUCGCACAUGUGAGACUGUAGGAACCUCCGAAGACAAAGCCUGUAUCCCACAGCCUUCAUUUGUGAUGGCUGCUGCGAUUGGACAAAGGUUGACAGAGGAAAUACAUCCUUUGUCAACUUUUGUAAACUUCAGGUUUUAUCAUAGGACAAAGUAUCUACUUUCUCUUAUGGUAUUUUUGCAUUGCAUUGGAGCUUCUCUGAAACCAGUCUUAAUCCGUAUUUCAUAAAGAUUAUAUCUUUAUGAAAUCAUGAAAAGUGACAGAUCUGCCUUAAAUUUUAAAUUCACUUGAAUUCACUACAAUUCUCAGAUUAGUAAUUAGCCUUCUGUGUCCGAAAAAUAGCAGUGAUGAGCACGUGCAUAUUCAAUGGUAAGUAAAAAGAAGACAAAUCAUGGCUGUGCAAGUUGCCCACUUAAAUUGUAUUUCUUAUCCUUGUUUUCGACUAUAAAACAUAGCACAUUUUCUGUUUACUUAUUAAAAUUUUUAUGUACUUUGUGGUUUUGUUAUCUACCAUAUUUGCUUUCUUUUUGUUGCUUCUGUAUGCUUCUCUAUAUCUGUGUGGCAUAAAUGCACACUAGCAUUUUGGAUCUAUUAUGUUUACAUUACAGUAUCUUUUUGGCUGUUCUCCGGAUGGCCUCCUUACGGUUUAGAUCCAUAGUAACAUUAUAUUCCUUCAAUUUUAUUUAUAAAAUACAUACCCAUUUCAUAUUUAUAUAGCUUAGCAGCAUUGCUAAAUUAAAGUAGCAGAAGAUAGCUAGUCAGAGGAAAAGUGUAGGGCAUUUACAUUCUAAUUUUAGUAGCAUGAACACAUUUGAUUAGCAUCUGGUUUGGUACCUGUCAAGUUUCUUUGUGACCUUUGAUGCAUUAAAAUCAGAGCUCACUUGGUAUCUGCACCUUCAGUUGUAGAAAAUGUAAUUGACAGAUCAAGGAAUGAGUUUGAGAUUAGAUUUAUACAGUAACAUAAUCUACACAAUUACUUUACACGUGGGAAUAACCUGUUACCCUGAUUGGUGUGAUAUUGCACUACUGUAGAGAAUGUCAUUUUUAAUUGUACUAGUUAUCAUUUCAUAGCUUAACUUACUGUUGAAAAUCAGCAUUAAAGAAAUUGAUUUGUUUUAACUUUAUGAACAGUAUGCCAAAAAAAAUAAAAAAAGUGCUCAAAACGGGGGGCGUGCCACAAACAUUUGGCACCCGGAAGGAUCCGCAGUAGCAGCACUACCUCCCAAAAAAAAAACUGUAAAAAAUGUUAAAGGUUUUAUUUCUUUUAUUUUUACAAUUUGUAAACUUUGCAAAACCGCUGUCAGCCCCUCCUACAAAACCCUUGUCCUGCCUUGCCCCUCCUACAAAACCUCUGUCCUGCCCCUUCUACAAAUCCUGUACUGCCCCGUCUACAAAACCCCUGCAACCCCCUUCCACAAAUCCCCUGCUUAUCCCCCCCUUAUAAAGACUCCUGUCCCAAUACAAAACCCCCGCCCCCUUCUACAAAAUCCCUGCAGCCCCACACACACAUUUACAGGCAGACAGUCACACUCAGUUACAGACAGACAGUCACACACUCAGUUACAGACAGACAGUCACACAUACACAUUUCCUCCGUGCGGCCUGUUUAUCAGCUGUUUGCUUGUGUGAGCUGUACUGGCCGCACGGCACCCUAACUACCAUGGGACACUGUGCGGCCACAGCUCACACAACCCCCUCCAGCCAGGGCCGGUGCAAGGAUUUUUGCCGCCCUAGGCAAAAGUAAAGUUUGCCGCCCCCCAUGUGACAUCACAAUGCCCCACCCAUAUGAUUUGCCAUGUUAACUAACGCCAGUGCUGCAGUGCCGCCGUGUUUACAUUAAAAAGGCCUGCAGGGACAGGCUAUAGACACCAGAACCACUACAUUAAGCUGAAGUGGUUCUGGGGACUAUAGUGUUUCUUUAAUGUGAGGUAAAUUAGAGCUUAGUGCCACAAAUAAUAUACUAGAUUGCCUACUUACAACCAGAUGAGGAUGAUGAUAGGCUCUAGCUGCCGUCUGGCUCCACUGGUCUGGUGUAGAACAGGCUCUCUGGAGGCGGUUUGUAACUGUGGUCACAAAAAUCAAUGUUCUGGGAGAAAGGGAAGCAGCUCCAUUUUUUUGAGGGCCCUUUACACAGCUCAAAGUCUGGGUCCAGGGUCCCACCUUCAUGUUCCACCAAUGAGGUUUGUUCACAGGGGGUAAGGUGUGUGAGAUGUCCUGACCUGUGUAGGGAAUGCAUUGUGUGAAAUUGUGUUUGUAUGUAUAGGGGGCUGCAAAUUGUGUUUUCUGUGUGUAUGUAUGGGAUACAUUGAAUGUGUGUAAGGCGUGCAUUGAGUAUGUGUAAUGAAUGCAUUGUGUGUUUCUGUGUGUGUAAGGGAUGCAUUGUGUGUAACGGUUGCAUUGCUUGUGUAUGUGUGUCUGUGUGUGUAAUGCAUUGUGUGUUUUUCUGUGUGCAAGGGGUGCAUUGCGUGUAUGUGAUGAAUGUCAAUCUCUCCUCCCGCUCCAAUUUCCUUCUCCUGCUCCCAAUUUCUCUUUCUCCCCCCCCCUAAUUUCUCUCCCCCCUCCUAAUUUCUCUUUCUCCCCCAUCCUAAUUUCUCUUUCUCACCCACCUCCUAAUUUCUCUUUCUCACCCCCCUCCUAAUUUCUCUUUCUCACCCCCCUCCUAAUUUCUCUCCCCCCUCCUAAUUUCAAUUUCUCUCCCCCCUCCUAUUUCAAUUUCUCACCCCCCCUUCCUAUUUUCUCUUUCUCACCCCCCCUCCUAUUUUCUCUUUCUCUCUCCCCCCCUCCUAAUUUCUCUCCCCCCCUCCUAAUUUCAAUUUCUCUCCCCCCUCCUAAUUUCGUUUCUCACCCCCCCCUCCUGUUUCUCUUUCCUACCCCCCCCCUCCUAUUUUCUCUUUCUCUCCCCCUCCUAAUUUCUCUUUCUCACCCCUAAUUUCUCUUUCUCACCCCCCUUUCUCUUUCUCCGUCCCUUCUUUCUCUUUCUCCCCCCCCUCUAAUUUCUCUUUCUCACCCUUCUUUCUCUUUCUCCCCACCCCUUCUUUCUCUUUCUCACCCCCUCCUCCUAAUUUCUCUUUCUCCCCUCCCCCCUACCUUUGCUGUAGCGUGGCCGAGCCCUGUAUAGUCCGCGGGUACAGGGAGCUUUUGUUUCCUGUACCCGGCCGGACUAACAGGAAGUGCACACUGAGGAGACAGAUGCUCUCUGUACCCGUCGGACCAUCAUGCUGCAGGGCUCAGCCACGCUACUGUCAGCCCCUCUCCUCAGGCUGCGCCUGGGCUGCAGCCGCCUGAGGCUCUCUACAGAGCGGUCGGGCGGCUGCAGCAUGGGGGGGGGGCGGCGGGGCUGGUCAUGGCACCCCCCACCCUGGUGGCACCCGGGGCGGACCGCCCCCUCCGCCCCGCCCCUUAGUACGCCACUGUGCCCAACAUUUCAUAGCUAAAAGCUUUACAUUCAAACUCCAAGCACCAGCACCAUUCCAAACAGUGAAAUGGUCAUGGUGGUUGGAGAAAUGCUAAAUGCUAAAAAUACGCUAAACAUACCUAUUAACAGACACUUGCUCUUUUUGUAACUUAUGUUUUGUGGGACAUUAAUAUUAGUUAUGUGGUUAACCUCCGUGCUGAGCGUAACACCUCAUGAACAUAAUAAUUGUGAUAGAUAUCAUUUCCUAGGUGUAUCUAAAGUGAAAUCUAAAAAAAAUUUAAAAUCUUCUAUGGUUCCGUUUCCUAAGAAUUACUGCUGCUUAAGUAGAAUGAGUCAUUGAUGUAAAUAACAUUAUUAUGGUGUACGAUAUACAUUACUGAGACAGUCAUCUAUUAAAAAACAACUUAGACAACAAACAGCUGCAAUACUGAGUUUCUCCUAACACAUUGCACCACGCCAUGCAAAUUAAGUGAAGCAAGAGAAAAUUAGUAAAAACAAAAGACUAAUUAAAUUGACACUUUCAUACAAAUCAAAUGGAAAAAAAUGCAUGUUGAUUGCAUGAAAAAGAUUACAAAUAAAACAAUAUAUAAUAUCAUAUAGUUUAAGAAGGAAAUUUUGUGUACUAUAAAUAACAAUGCACUCACAUAUGGCAGGGCUUUAAAAAAACAGGAUGUAGCUGUAAGGCCUUGUUGUGCCUCUAAAGGUGGCACCCUACCUUUCUUCUGGCCUAGUGCUCCUUACAAUUGUAUGUAAAAAUAAAAAUGGAAGAUACACAGCUGUGCAGUUUUCUAAAGGGACCAAUAGAUAUAUGGUAAAUAACAAUAGUUGGUCCUGCUCACCGGUUUGAAGCCUUAUUUAUCCCAGCUCCAGGCUAUGGGAGUAUGGUGCUUCUACAUACCUUUUUUUAAGGUGUGUAUAAGUGUCCAAAUAAGGGAUAAAAAAAAAAUAUAAAAUAUAAUACAGCACAAUUUGAAAAAUGUAGAAAUUAGAGAUAAUAGGGAUAAUCGCACUCAUGAUGAAGAUCCUGUGACCUGGUACAGUACCUAAAGGGUUUAUUUCUAGCUGACAAACACCCAAUAAUUAAUUCACUUGGAUACAGCCAAAGACUUAGACAAACAUUUUUUUACAUUUAUUAAAUAAAAAUCAAUGUAAAAGUAAACUGCCCUUUUCAUGUCCAUAAGGUGGUCCUCCAAGGUAGUUUUCGCUCAUUAAAACCUUUCUCAAUUUGAUGUGUCCCUUCAUUCCUUGUAUUGUUUCAAACUUCUUGUUUCUGUCAUUGAUGAAUCAGUUUUUCUACUGAUCCUGGCUCAAGACUAUCCUCAAUUAGAGUGUUGUAAGGGAAAUUCUCUGAUGCAGAAAUGGUCCAUUUAGUCCCUUCUGUAAAUUACAUUGAUGAUUUUCUGUCAUGUACUGACUGGUCCAACAGAAUCAAUAUUAUCACCUCCCAUUGGAUGGUUUCUUGAACUAUGGCUUCUUGUGAUUGCAAUUGGGUAUUCAUAUGGUUGCCAUAGAUAUAUUGUUUAUUUAUAACCAUAUGAAAAAAGUCAGGCAACAUUAUGAACAAUGUUAUAAAUGAAUACCAAAUUAUCCUUAAAAAUAUAUGCAUAUAUACCGUAUAAAGCAUUAUACCAUAUUUUUUUGUUUUGUUUUAAGACUACACAUUUCGCUUAUUCCUUAGCACUUGAAGUGUGUACAUUGGCAAAUUGCUAGCAAAUGUUAGACUUGCGCAUUUGGAUUCAGACACAUAUUAGCCAAUUCUACCAAUCUUCUGAAUGUAAAAUCACCAAACUGCAAUGGAGGAUUGAACAAAUUGCGCCAUGUGGAAAAAUCUUUGUUCAUUCAGAUAAAUUCAUAAAAUUGGAAUACUUAUGUGGGAUUACCAGGGUACCACAUUUGGGAACUGUUUUAUUUCGUAGAUAGCUCCCUUAUUGGGUAUCCUUAAAGGGACUCUCCUGGCACAGUUUUAACUCACCUGGUUCCAGCGCCGGGAGCCUCGUGAAGCCACGCCCCCUUUUUUGUCAAAAUGACGAAAUAGGCGGGCGCGAGCGGGGAGCAAUCAGACACUUCCAUUUGGAAGCGUCAUUGCUCCCUUGUGCGCAUGCGUGGCUUCGCUGCACAUGCGCACAUACUUCAUAGGGCGCCAUUCAUGCGCCCGGAGUGCGCUGCUGCGAGCUGAGCUGACUGACAGAUCAGCUUGCGGUCUUUGCCCGCCCCCUCUCCUCUGCUGAGAGGCAGGAGAAAGAAGGCACGCACACAGUGCCUUCUCUCUCCUGCACACGUCAGACUUAUUUUAAUACGUCUGACAUGUACAAGGCCUUUUUAGGGCCCUACCUACAGUGGCCCUCUGAGUGACGGCCACUGUAGGUAUUCCUAUCAAUCAAUGUAAACACUGUAUUUUCUCUGAAAAUACUGUGUUUACAUUAGAUUGACUGCAGGGAGCUAUAAAUCUCACCUGAACAACUACAUUAAAUUGUAGUUGUUCAGGUGACUCUAGUGUCCCUUUAAAUAUUGUCAGUCCCACAUAAAUGUACCAAAGUUUGGUACUAUAGAUGAAUUGAGGAAUAAAAAAAAAAGUCUUCUAAUCCAAGGGAAUAAAGUGAUACCUCAAUCUGCUUGUCCGUCAUGACAAUCUACUUGUCCUAACACAGAAUAAUUUCAGUUAAAGGAACACUAUUGGGCCAGGAACACAAACAUGUAUUCUUGACCUUAAAGUGUUAAAAGCCCCAUCUAGCUCUCCCACCCAUUCCUUGCCUCCCUAAAUAUAGUAGAAUCUUACUUGUAUUCAAGUCUGCAGCUGCGGCCUUUGCCCCUGUCUGCCUCUGACCUGCCAACUGUCUGCUGACACCAUCAGAAGUGGUGGUCUGAUCCAGUCACAAUGCUUCCCCAUACGAUUGGCUGAGACUGUCAAGGAAGCAGAUCAGGAGCAGAGCCAGCACAAGUCAAACACAACCCUGGCCAAUCAGCAUCUCCUCAUAGAGAUGCAUUGAUUCAAUGCAUCUCUAUGAGGAAAGUUCAGUGUCUGAUUGCAGAGAGUGGAGACACUGAAUGGCCGUGCUGCUCAAUGUUCAGCACUGCCCCAGGAAGCACCUCUAGUAGCCAUCUGAGAAGUGGCCAGUGCAGUUAUCACUAGGCUGUCAUGUAAACACUGCCUUUUCUCUGCAAAGUCAGUGCUUACUGCAAAAAGCCUGAAGGGAUUGAUUCUACUCACCAGAACAAAUGUAAUAAGCUGUUGUUGUUCUGGGGACUAGUGGGGUUUCUGCUGAAUUCUGAAUUUUCACAGCAUGAAUCUUAAUGGGGGCACAAAUAUCUGAUCUGUGGAAAUUGUCUAACUCUGCUAUAGUCACAACAUGUUUAAUUAUUUUUUGCCUCAAUUUUGCUUUUUGGAGUAAUUUUGCAAAAAUCCAGUCUUGUGAAUUAAUUUGAGUGUCUUACCCUCUGUCCUCCCAUAGUCCCCACGUUUUCAUAGUGUGUGUAGUAUGUGCUCACUGUCAGGGCCAUCUUAACAGCAUUUUAGGCCCGCUCUCCCAUCCGGGCAAAGAAAGGCACUGGGACCCUGCCUGCACAACCACUCACAGGAAUGAAAAUUAAACUUAUAUUUAUUGGUAUCUCCAACAAAACCAGUGUUUAAAUAUUAAAAAAACAUGCUGUACAGCAGAGAUUAAUCCACACAAACGUUUAGUAGGUAGCAAUGCUUAUGUACAGUUGGUACAUAUAUGUUGUUUUAGUCAAGGUCUAGAUAUGUAUUCGCAACAGCAAGAUCGCAUGUACAGAUAACAAGUGAUCCUGAGGUGUUUAGUGCACCUAAAUGCUUUAAUAAAAAGGGUUUGAAGGUUCGAAAUAAAUCUCCUAGAAUAAUAUACUUAAAAGUUGGCAAGCCUAUUUGGCCCCUAUGCUUGUGGAGCCCCCGGGCAACUGCCUAGCAUGCCCAUGCAUUAAGACAGCCCUGCUCGAUGUGCUUCAUCUAUGAGCGGAGGGCUCUCACCGUGUGCAAUGUGUGCUUAUUGUUUGUCAUCUGUGUGUUGUGUGUGCUUUCUCUAUGUAUGCUGAGUGGCUGUGUGUCAAUGAUGCACGUGGGGGGCAAAGGUAGGCCACACAGGCCAUCAUAGAAAGGUGUCAGAUCACACAGUGCAUUGCUGCAUAUUUAGCUGGAACAGCACAUACGAUCUACGGAGGCCCUACCUUGCAACUUGCAGGACUUAAAUUUUAAAAUCUGCUACUAAUAUCUUGGUGCCAGAUACUACAGGACACGUUCAGAGAUUUUGUGUGUGGAGUCCAUGCCUUGACACAUCAGAGCUGUUUUAGCAGUACGAGGGGGACCUACUUGAUAUUAGGCAGGUGGUUUUAAUGUUGUGGCUGAUCAGUGUACAUUGACACACUGAUCUAUACACAAACACACUGUACACUGCCAUACAUAUUCACCAACUCACUGAGUGACCCAUACACAUACAAACGACACAGCACAGAUUACCAGCAGUCGCCUGGAUUUUCAGUAGUGGGUGCAGCCUGGCCUAUGCUCUCUUUGCCCAUUAAGAGCAUGUCACCCACCAGUGAGCUGCAGCUGGCUCUAGCCACUGCAUCCCGGUACACCAUUUCCAAAUGAGCAAGUCCAGCUCUGCACAUGUUGGAGAUACACUCACUGCCCGGAACCAAUUCCCCCAAGACAGCUAUGCUGCUUCCCUGCAGCAGAUCUAAAAGAAUAAUAAAAGAACUGCCCAGUGCCAAAAACACAUGUCAGGUGAUAAAAAUGUCACUUUCCUGACCAGAGAAUUGUUUGGGUGGCCAGACAGGGCUGGACCUGUGUACAGUGUCUUCUUUUGUCUUUGAAUUAUUUGUAGGAUUGUUGUCUGUGAAGCCAUUUACAUUAGUCUGAAGUAGAUUUUUACUUAUUACAAAAAUGUUUAUCAUUCAAAAAUUCAAGAGUGUGAAUCCAUUUAAAAUGUUUUUGUGUAACAGUGACAAAGCUAUACACCUGUUAUAGAGCUAUCAAACCUACGUCUGGUAAUGAUAGCCAUAGGGUCUGUAAAGAUGACCCUUCCCCUUUUUCGUAUGACUUGUCUUCCCAAUAUGUUCUGUAGAGUGACUCAAAGGGAUAUUUACAAGUAAAGAGCCCCAGGAUAGGUCUCACUUUCCACAAGUGAAGUAAAUACAAUACUACUCUAUGUAUUAUAUUAAAUUACACAUGUUUUAUAUACUUGCACAGUUACAUUUUUGGAAAUAAAAUUUUAGGUAAGUGCUGGUACUGUAUAUAUUUUCAUUAUUUAGCUUUUUAUUUAUUGGUCACAUAUUGGAUGUGAAGUAAUGUGUGCAUGGCUGCUCAGGGAUAUCUUUUGAUCACCUUAUAAGCCUGUGGAAAUCUUUCCCUUCAAAUCAUGCUUUGGGAGCACUAUAUUAAAUAUUUUAGAGACCCCAACGGGCAUCUACAGAUCAUGAGGUCUAGGGCAGUGGUUCUUUUGCCCUGUGUUAAAGAUAUUCCUGACAAUUACUAUAUUUAUAUAUACAAGGCCGGAAGUCAUCUAAUAAACUAAUAAAGUAUAGGUCCUAUAGCUGUCUAAAGAUUAUUCAUUAAUUAAUGUAAGUAAUGUUGUUGAAUUGCCAGUAGAUGAUUACUAUAAACUGCUGUUGUCAUUUAUGUGCUUAAUUGUAACAGCUUUUGAAGGACUCUCAGACCAUCUACAAUGAAUUUCUGUCAAGUAGCUCAUUGUGUCCAGUGAAUGUAGAUCAGCAGGCCAUUAUCAAAGAGGACAUGCUGAAGAACCCCUUUCCUGAUAUGUUCAAAGCACAACAGAUGCAGGUUAAAUUUCUAAUUGGCCUGUCUGUCUAUCUAUUUUUUUUAUCUAUCUAUCUUUUGAUCUGUAUUUCUCUAGGUCUAUCACUCUGUUUCCCUAACAGUCUCUCUCUUGGUCAGACUGUCUGUAUAACUGUUGGUCAGACUGUCUGUAUAACUGUUGGUCUCUCUGCCUGUCUCUCUGUCGGGUAUUUUGUUGGUUGAUCUGUUUAAUCUGUAAGUUUUUCUCUCUGUCAGUCUAUCUGUUGGUCAGUUGUCUCUUGGUUGGUCUGUCUGACUCCUAAUCUUUCUUUUGGUCCUUCUCUCUGUUGGCCUCUUGAUCUGCUUGUCUAUCUAUUCAUCUGUCUGUGUCAUGAUUAGUCUGUCUGUCUCUCUGCUGGUUGGUUUGUUUGUCUGUCUAAUGUGUGUGUGUGUGUAUAUAUAUAUAUAUAUAUAUAUAUAUAUAUAUAUAUAUAUAUAUAUAUAAUCCACUCACCUGUAAGAAGUAUGAAUGUAUAAAAGAAGAGUACACUAGUUGUGCUUUUCUCUGCACAUAUAUUUCGAUGGAGGCAAUUUAGAUAAUAUCUUAAUCUUAAGUCUUUUACUAAGAGAAUUGUUUAAUUCACUGUUGUCUUGCUAGUAACCUGGGGCAAUAGUGAUACAGUGACUUCUUCAGCAUACUGAUCUGUACUUACCUCUAUGUUUAGAUUUUCAGCCUGAUGAAAUUUGACAGCUACGCUCGCUUUGUUAAGUCAUCCCUUUACCAGGAAUGCAUGCUCUCAGAGGUGGAAGGACGUCCCUUACCCUCCCUUACUUCAUCCCCCACGACAACCUGUAUUUCCUUCUCCUCUGGGGCAGUAAAGGUAAGGCAAUGUGAUUUUUUUUAAUUUUAUUUUUUUAAUAGCCGUUUCAGCACAUAAAAGCAAGCUAUAUAAAAUGCUAAUUGGUAUACCAUUGAAAGAGUGAUUACACACAAAGCUAUCUGAAACUUUGGCCAGUGAUCUAUUGAGGCUUCUUUUAAUAUGCUCUCUGAAGAAAUUGCCAAGGUGUAGUGUGGCCAAUAUCUCACAUUUCAAAGUUUACCUAAGACCGAUGUUUUUGAAAGAUUAUCAAACAAGCAAGGAUGCAUCAGAGAGAUCAUCAUGUAAAAUAAUAAAAUCUAUAUCAUGUCAAAAAAUGUUUUGGCAUAAAAUAUGAAAAAAAGAAAAAACAGUUUGCACACUAUUUGUCUCCCACUUCCAAGAAGAAGAUACAAUCUGUAAUAAGUACAUAAGUGUAUCUCAUGUGAAGAGAUAUAUGAGAAGCCUAUCGAAGAGUUUAUAUGUACACUAGAAACACUUGAUCUAGUCACAUUCUUUGAAAAAGUGAAUGUAAAUAAAUUGUACACAUCAACAAUGCAAGUUGUGGGCUGAAAAUUAAUUUCUGGGAAAGACAGAAAUCUUUAGAAAGCUAUAGGAACACACGGAUUAGCUAGUAUAUCAGUUUUUGGUUGACGAUGGGAGGGUUGAGAGUUGGAAGCACAUUUAUUGGUCUUUUGUAUUAAUUAAAACAUGUUUAAAGUCAAUGUUUAUGUGGGCCACUAUGACCCCCAUAUUAGUAUAAAUAUAAAUUUUAAACCUUCCCGAUACCCCCACUCGAUAUGCAGCUAAACAGCCAGUGCCUGCUCACAGUAAUAAAAGACUAGCGAAAAGAUAGUAGCCAGUAACGUAGAAAGGUGCAUGGUACAUUUCCCCUGUGCCCUCACCCUCCCCAACCAAUCAGAGCAUUCUGAAAAGCAAGUUUCACGUAUUUUAUUGAGAUUAGCUUGGAAAUUUUAGGUUCCCCAUUAGUCACCCAUGAAUGGGCCUGGAGCUGCAGGACUUGGAGGGACAAUAUGUCCCCCCCAUUUAUUAUAAUUAUAGCCACCACCCCUGAUAACAGGUGGGCGGUACAGGAGGGGAUUUGUAGAAGGUCCCCCUGUAUGUUACUAGUGACUGGGCAGCAAAAGCAGCUGAUUCCCUGUCACUUUUAAUGCAGGUGGUGAUAAGAACCAGGAAAGAACUCUUUUUAGUAAUACAGGAAGACUUAUGGGUUCACCACUUCAUUAAAGUAAUUAGUAAUUAUUAUUUUUUUAUCUAAAGUUAUAUUCUCUUGCAUAGACCCUAGCUCUCUUGUCUGUUUGCAUUUGGUCUUUAACACUCCUAUAGUGAUUCCUAAUUGCAGACCUUCAAAAAUUAAAGGUCUCAACUUUUGAGAGCCGUGACUGCUUCUCCUAGAGUGGAAGCAGGUGGAGCACUGCAAUUUUUGUGCAUGCACCAUGGGUUCCUAACUGCUUUCUAUGAGAAAUGUUGGAUCAUGAUCACUCAUAAGGAUGAUCUCAACAUGGGGGAGUUACUGUUAAGAUGAGACUGUCUCAGUGCUGUAUUACAGGUGGGUUUAAAGGCGAUUUUUCCUUUCUUUUGUUUUGAAAAUGGGGGAGCCUGAAUCCAAAAAAUACAUUAAUUUUUAACGUUAGAAUAUUCAUUUAAUGCAUUACCAUGUACCAAAUGAAUUGAGAAGGGAAUUGCAAAUUUCAGGUCCUGAAAUUGCUGAAAUUGAAGGAAAGUUGAGGAAUUUUUCCAGACUGUCUAUUUUGGCUCAAAAGUGUCAAUUUCCCUCUCAGUUAACUGAAAUUCCCAAUUUAGCAAAUGUUCCAAAAUGAGAUGAAAAAUCCUUUACUUUUCAGCUGUAAUAGAGAUUUUUCUACGAUUUGGUAAAUGGAGAACCUACAUGUUUCCUCUGAAAAGUUGUGGCUUCCUGUAUGUGGAACACAAGGGAAAUGGACUUAUGGUCUAUUUUUACUUAACAUAAAAUGUGUUUCAAAUACCUAGAAACACAUCUAAUCAUAUUACCAUAUAUAGGAAGAGUUCUGGAUCUCACUCAAGUCUGGUCUGAAAAAAUCAAGCAUUAAUGCUGUCUGUUAAAUGCAACAAAAUUCCCCUGAUCAAAAUUGUAGCUUCCUCUAAGUGGAACCCAGGGGAACUGGGCUUAAGGUCACAUUAAACUUCUGUUUGAAGAACAUAGACACCAUAAUACCAUAUACCAGGGAUAGGUGACCUUCAGCACUUUAAAUGUUGUGUACUAUAUCUCCCAUCAGGACUAGAUUUGCCAUAAGAUCACAGAGGCCACGGUCUCGGGGUGGGAGCAGGGCUGGCGCUACCAUAAGGCAACACAGUUGGCCGCCUUUGUGCGCACCGAACCCGAGGAGCGCAAAAAUGUCUGAGUGUCAGGUGGCAGCAAUUUACCCAUCUGGCUGUGAGAUGGGGGGGGGGAGGGGGAACAUGCAGCCACUGAGGGAGGGGGGCGGAGCAGUGAGGAGCGACUGCAGCCAAUCUCUUCCUGAGCUAAAGGCCGCUGGGAUACAUGACAUCAUAUCCCGGUGGCCAACUGCUGUGGAGAGCGGAGGAAAGCUACUGCAGUGCAGCGGGACAUCUGUUUAGCAAUCAUUAGAACAGUAAGUCUGUGUGUAAGAGUUAGUGUGUGUGUGUGUGUGUGUGUGUGAGAGUUAGUGUGUGUGUGUGUGUAAGAGCCAGUGUGUGUAAGAGUUAGUGUGUGUGUGUGUAAGAGUUAGUGUGUAAGAGCCAGUGUGUGUGUCUGUGUGUGUAAGAGUUAGGUGUGUGUGUGUGUAGUGUGUGUGUGUGUGUGUGUGUGUGUGUGAGUAGUGUGUGUGUAGCCAGUGUGUGUGUGUGUGUGUGUGUUAGAGCCAGUGUGUGUGUGUGUGUAGAGAGUGUGUGUGUGUGUGUGUGUGUGUGUAAGAGCCAGCGUGUGUGUGUGUGUGUGUAAGAGUUAGUGUGUGUGUGUAAGAGCCAGUGUGUGUGUGUGUGUGUAAGAGUUAGUGUGUGUGUGUGUAAGAGCCAGUGUGUGUGUGUGUGUAAGAGUUAGUGUGUGUGUGUAUAAGAGCCAGUGUGUCUGAGUGUAAGAAACUGUGUGUGUUAGAGCCAGUGUGUGUGUGUGUGUGUUAGAGCCAAUGUGUCUGAGUGUAAGAGACUGUGUGUGUUAGAGCCAGUGUGUCUGAGUGUAAGAGACUGUGUGUUAGAGCCAGUGUGUCUGUUUAUAAGCAGUGCGUGUGUAAGAUACUGUGUGUAAGUGUGUUAGAGCCAGUGAGUGUGUGUGUGUAAGAGUUAGUGUGUGUGUGUGUGUGUAAGAGCCAGUGUGUGUAAGAGCCAGUGUGUGUGUGUCUGUGUGUGUAAGAGUUAGUGUGUGUGUAAGAGCCAGUGUGUGUGUGUGUAAGAGCCAGUGCGUGUGUGUGUGUAAGAGCCUGUGUGUGUGUGUGUGUAAGAGUUAGUGUGUAAGAGCCAGUGUGUGUGUGUCUGUGUGUGUAAGAGUUAGUGUGUGUGUAAGAGCCAGUAUGUGUGUGUUUAAGAGUUAGUGUGUGUGUGUGUGUAAGAGUUAGUGUGUGUGUGAGAGCCAGUGUGUGUGUAAGAGUUAGUGUGUCUGAGUGUAAGAAACUGUGUGUGUUAGAGCCAGUGUGUGUGUGUGUGUGUGUGUGUGUUAGAACCAAUGUGUCUGAGUGUAAGAGACUGUGUGUUAGAGCCAAUGUGUCUGAGUGUAAGAGACUGUGUGUUAGAGCCAGUGUGUCUGUUUAUAAGCAGUGCGUGUGUAAGAUACUGUGUGUAAGUGUGUUAGAGCCAGUGAGUGUGUGUGUAAGAGUUAGUGUGUAAGAGCCAGUGUGUGUGUGUCUGUGUGUGUAAGAGGUGUGUGUGUGUGUAAGAGCCAGUGUGUGUGUAAGAGCCAGUGUGUGUGUGUGUAAGAGCCAGUGUGUAAGAGCCAGUGUGUGUGUGUGUAAGAGCCAGUGUGUGUGUAAGAGCCUGUGUGUGUGUGUGAGAGUGAUGUAAGAGCCAGUGUGUGUGUGUGUAAGAGCCAGUGUGUGUGUAAGAGCCUGUGUGUGUGUGUAAGAGUUAGUGUGUGUGUGUGUAAGAGUUAGUGUGUAAGAGCCAGUGUGUGUGUGUCUGUGUGUGUAAGAGUUAGUGUGUGUGUAAGAGCCAGUAUGUGUGUGUGUAAGAGCCAGUGUGUGUGUGUGUGUAAGAGCUAGUGUGUGUGUGUGUGUAAGAGCCAGUGUGUGUGUGUGUUUGUGUGUGUGUGUAAGAGUUAGUGUGUGUGUGUGUGAGAGCCAGUAUGUCUGAGUGUAAGAAACUGUGUGUGUUAGAGCCAGUGUGUGUGUGUGUGUGUGUGUGUUAGAGCCAAUGUGUCUGAGUGUAAGAGACUGUGUGUUAGAGCCAGUGUGUCUGUUUAUAAGCAGUGCGUGUGUAAGAUACUGUGUGUAAGUGUGUUAGAGCCAGUGAGUGUAUAAAGCUGUGUGUGUGUGUUAGAGCCAGUGAGUGUGUACAGCAGUGUGUGUGAGAGACUCUGUGUGUGUGUGUGUUAGAGCCAGUGAGUGUGUAUAAGCAGUUUGUGUGUAAGAGACUGUGCGUGUGUGUGUGUAUAAGAGCCAGUGUGUGUAUAAGCAGUGUGUGUGUAAAAAGCAGUGUGUGUGUGUGUGUGUGUAAGAGCGAAUGAGUGUGUGACACAAGGGGGUAAAGAAUGGUAGGAUGAAGACACAAAAACUUAAAAAAAGAAUGCCAAACAGGGGAUACAAUAUACAAAAAGGGAAAACGAGAAAGAAAAAGGUGGCAAGAUGCACAAAAGGGGCAAAAGAAUGGGUAAGAGGGGCAAAAGUGGUAAUAUUAGACAGACAGGUGGAGACAAAUUUUGGGGGCAGCAAAAUGUGUCUUCGCCUUUGUAGAAAGUCCUGGGCGGGAGGCAGGAAAGGGGCAGCAUGGCCAGUUAGGAGAUCAAAGAUCUCCCUUACCGGACACCCGAUUCUCCUGCCAUGAGGCCAAACAAGCCGACGGGGGGAUCUCCGGUAGGUUUUGUGCCCUCUACUCUUAUAUUGAAUCAGAGCUUUUCCACUCUGAUACAUUUCCCGGCACCGGGCUGGAAGGAGCUGACUGCACCCACUGGAGUGUAGAACGUAACAUCACCCAGCGGAUGACAAGGGAUCAUGUUCCACCCUCCCUGGCCCAAGGUAAGGAGCAGGGUUUUUUCUUUAAUCAAAAAUGCUUUUUUUUGUUAUUUUUUUAAGAAGCUCUCAGCCUCUGUCUGCCCACUACAGUUCCUAUGCCCCACACUACAGUCCUCCCACAAUAGCACCUAUCCUAUUGCCACUUUCCUAACACCACUGUCCCCGCCACCACAGCCUCUACCCCCCCACUACAUCCACUGCCCCCCCUCCUAUGAUGUUCAUGUUGAGACUCAGCAUUGUUUAAUUUAUGAUUUGCAUGGGGUGUGGGUCCUUCUUAUUUCUCUAUUCAUGUUUCACAUUUCUGUAAAUGUGAUGACGUAAUUGCCCCUUAUCAGAUUUUGAUUAGUCACUGCAAUGAGGAAGUUUGUGAUGGGCAAAAAAGGGCAAAUCAGCUUAGCUUCAGAAGUAAGCUCUACCUCUAAGAUAAAGUAGAAUUUUAGGCAGUUAGGAAAUUAAUUUUGAAAAAUAAUAAAUGUAUUUUUGUUAAUCAUAGUCUGUAUUUAGAGACCAUUCAUAUUUAUACUACAGCUCCAAUUAUGUCCAUUAUCCUUUUCUACAUUGUAGAAAAAUUCAACUAGUCUGAACAAACCCAAAAAAUAUAAAAGAUCUUUACUUCUGAGUUUUUUAUUGUUAUUUAAAACACACAAAAAACAUUUUUCUUUAUACUAUUUUAUUUUUAAUUUAUUUUUUUUUGUAGAAAAAAUUGAGACCAGGAAAAUCUCUUCCACUUGGAGUUGAAGCCACAGGAGUAGACAACACCAGCGAUUUCAUUUCCAGACCCAGCAGGAGAUCUUUUAAGAAGAAAGAUAAGAAAGGAUCAUGUCGAGGUAAAAAGAAUGAAAUUCACAUCAAAUAGUUGACAUUUAAAAGAUAAGUAAGAGACAUUAAAUUAACAUUGAUGUUAAAGAAUUUAAAAAAUCUUUUAUCACAAUGAAAUGAAAACAUAAUUAAUCCUGUACGUCCUUUUCAGAAAAGACUGUGGAUUCUGUUGUGUAUACUUCCAGUAAUUAUCCAAUAUUUCAAUACAGCCAUGGUUUAAAGCAAGUUCUUUUAAUCAUUGGUUGGCAGGGGUAAACUCAAAGUCAUUACACAACUAGUAUGUAACUAGUGUUGGUUAGAAAUUUCAUAUGCAGGCAGUAUCUAUGUAUACUAUAUGGGCCCCGCCAGUGUGACAAGUGAUCAGAUACUGGUACAUAGGUAUCCCUGUACCAUCUUACUCUCUAUGAUCUUCGUCUCUGUGACUUUGAGAGCCAGGCAACCAGAUAGGAAGGGAUAUUGUCAAGCUUGAACCUUCUAUUCUCAGCAAUAAUUUAGCUUGUGACUUAAGAGAGCUUUUAGUGCCUCUAAUGGGCCUAUAGACUUGAAAAGCCACCACCCCAGAAACAAACUUGAAGCCAUUUUUCUAAAAGGGGUUUGAUUAUAUUUUUUAAAUCCUUAUUUUUGUUGUACUUUGUGGUGACAGUAUACAUGAGAAACGUUGCGAUGAAUUAGACAAAUCAGAGCAGAAUAGAUGUAUACAGUUUUUAGCACAUUUUUUUCAUUUUUUAACCCAGUAAUUUACUAUGGUCACAGCCCAGGUUGAAACGGGAGUCACUUCCCUGUGUCCAUGGGUCCCCCUGCUCCGUGCAGUAGGACCGUGGGCUCUCGGGAGCUCCGAAUCCCGUUAGCCCCUCCGCAUAUAUGGAAAAUGGGUAGGACGUGCUUCCAAUUGGACACCUAGCCCAGAAAAGGAAGGUACAAUCCCAGCAGAUGUGAGGUUCUGAGGUUUGGCAUAGGAGGUAGAGUGGUGAGGUUGGCGCCGGAGACUUGGCCCAGCAGCCAUUUUGCGUGCUCCGCUGGAACUCUGAGAUGAGUUGUCACCACGAGGUUCCUAAGGAUUUUUCAUAAUAAAGAGAUAAUAUAUAUAACGCAAGCUAGAAGGGGACCUCGUGGUUUUUCACACUGUGGAUUCAGAACAGAUUAUACCGCAGUUGUUUUAACCACUGAGCACUUUUUCUCUUCUAGCUUGUGUUAUAUAUAUUAUCUCUUUAUUAUGAAAAAUCUUUAGAGACCCAGUAUUUCAUGUCAUGACGAAAUAUAUGAAUUAGUAGUGUACUUUAGCGAGUUGGAGAGUUUAUUCACUUUUGUUGAUACAUUUGGUUCAGUAUGCUUGCAGCAUUGGCAACAUUGUAUUCAUUUCCUAUUUGAGACAGUGUUACUUGAUAUGUUAGAGGAGAAGCCUCUAUCGGAUAUUAUUUGGAGGCUUAUUCUUUCAGCAUAGGUGUAUUGCAAAACAUUUUUUUGCACACACUAUUGGUUGUUGGUCUCUGAAAACUUUUGAACAGAACCACACCAUUAGCCUGUUUUUAUUCUUUAGGAAUGUUCUUUGGAUAAUUAUUUUGACUUCAUUUUAAUAGUGAAUUCACUAUAUACAGUCACUAGUUUUGUGACAAUUUAUUUUAGAGGAUCAUCAAUAAAAUUAAAAUUUUAAUUUAUGGUCUAUUACAUUUUUAAAAGUAUCCCCAGCAGGGACCGAAAACCCCCCGCCGGUAAAAAGGAUGGGGCAGCAUGGCUUCUCUGGUGCGAACGUGUCCCCUGUAUGGGGAUCGGCCACCUCCACCAGGCUCCAGGCCCCUCAUAGAACUAGGCUGCAUGGCCGGACUAGGCAUUUUUGCAGCGUACCAGCUGGAAAUGGGUAUCCCCAUUGUCUCUGAUGGUUUCUUCUCAGUCCUCUGGGCACCCAGAGCUGCUUCCAGUGCUGGUUUGGUCAGAAAAAGCCUUGUUUUUGCUCAGUAAAGAGAAUGGAUUCCAUAUUAUCACAAAUAUGUGUAGAUCACAUAUGAAAUAUAAAGGACGAAAGUUAACCUAUAUUAUAAAGUAUGCAUUGAGACAAAUAGUUAGAGUCUACACUGUUAUCAUUUCAAGUGGAGUUUAAAAGAACUUAAGACACAGCAUAUGUACAAAGAUCUUGGCUAAAUAUAGUCACACAUAAUGCAGAACCUAGGACCAUUUCUAUUCAUAAACAGGGCUAUACAUAGGACACGAGGUCACACAUUUAGGCUGGAAGAAAGGAGAUUUCAUCUAAGGCAAAGAAAAUGUUUUUUUACAGUAAGAACAAUAAGGAUAUGGAAUUCCCUGCCUGAAGAGGUGGUUUUGUCCGAGUCCAUACAGAUGUUUAAACUAAAAUUGGAUAAAUACUUACAAAAACAUAACAUACAUGGAUAUAAUUUCUAAUUAGUGGGGUGAUAGCUGCUUGAUCCAAGGAGACAUCUGACUGCUAUUUUGGGGUCAAGAAGGAAUUUUUUCCUAGUUUGUGGCAAAAUUGGAAGCGAUUCAGACCAGGUUUUUUGCCUUCUUUUGGAUCAACAGCAACAACAUUUGUGAGGAAGGCUGAACUUGAUGGACGCAAGUCUCUUUUCAGCUAUGUAACUAUGUAAUUUCCUGGUCUAUUUCUAAUGUGCUUUGUCUGCAAAUAUAUGGUGUGCUCACGCUACGCUUUCUGUGCACAGUUCUCUGAUGUCUCCAAAAGUGGUAGAAAGUCAUAACUGCGAGACCGGACAUCGGACAGACAGAGACUGCCCCACCAAAAUCGGGAUGGUUGGGAGGCCUAGUGAAUGUAGUCAUACAUAUAUACAUACAAAAAAUGUAUUCCUCUCUGAUACAUUUAGUAUUCUCAUACUACAAGAUGUCUAUGAAUUGCAAAAUAUAACUACAUGACAUAAGCUUAUCUAAAAGAAAGGAAAACUGAACCAUAGCAUAAUGGAAUGGUAUUCUGAUACAUAUAUAUAAAAAUUAUAUAAAUAGAUAAUCAUUGCUUUUGAACUCAGGUUUACAAAUAUACCUUACUAUGAUCAAUGGUAUGCAUGCAGAAUUGUAGCAGCAAAUGCUGUGUUUUUCAACUGCACAAAACAACUAACUUCAAUUUUGGUAUCAGUCAAAGUUAAUUCAAACUAAACAAUGGCAUAAUAGCAUACCUCCCAAUUUCAAAGACACAGCCAGGUCCCUGACUUUCUCGGAUCCUCAGUCAAUGACCAAAGCGCUGAGUGGUCUGUCCACGGCUGACAUGCAUCAUCAGCAGCUCCUGCACAGUAUGCGCACUGGAGUCCCAAUAACUAUUCUGUUUUCUGUCCUUUCUCCUGUGAGGGGUAUACCUGGUAAUAAAUAUUACCUUAAAUAAAUAGAGUUGACACAAAAAUGACAGAACAGAUCAAUUUAAUUUAUGGUCUAUUACAUUUUUUUUUGUUGCAUUAACAACCAAACUUUACUUUAGAAUUACCAGAUUCAACAUACUAACCUUUGACUUUAUUAACUACUUCAUAGCCGUUCAUUUAACCUGACUACCUUUUAACACAGAUGUAUAUAAAAUGCGUCCUCUAUUACCUUAACCUUAAGGAUGACUGUACCCCUGUACAACAAAUAAACAUCACAACAAGUAGACACCAUUGAAAGGAGUAAGAGUGUGGAUUCCCCAGCAUAGGUCCUGAUCCAGAUUCUUUUCAAGCAGCCUGUCCUGUUCUCUGCAGCUAUUUAAAUGAACAUUAUAGUGUUAGAGAUACAAAAAUAUAUUUCUAACAGUAUAACUCUCACUUAUUUCCAGUGCCAAGGUCCCUCGGCGCUGGCUCUGUCUCCACCUCUUCAGACUUCGGUGUAGAGGGGAAAUAAUUAAAGGACCACUAUAGUGCCAGGAAAACAUACUCGUUUUCCUGGCACCAUAGUGCCCUGAGGGUGCCCCCACCCUCAGGGUCCCCCUCCCGCCCGGCUUUGGAAAGGGGUUAAAACUUACCUUUUUCCAGCGCUGGGCGGGGAGCUCUCCUCCUCCGAUCUUCCUUCUCUCCUCCACGUCGGCUGAAUGCGCAUGCGCGGCAAGACCUGCGCGCGCAUUCAGCCGGUCACAUAGGAAAGCAUUAUCAAUGCUUUCCUAUGGACGCUGGCGUGCUCUCACUGUGAUUUUCACAGUGAGAAUCACGCAAGCGCCUCUAGCGGCUGUCAAUGAGACAGCCACUAGAGGAAAUAGGGGAAGGCUUAACCCACUGAUAAACAUAGCAGUUUCUCUGAAACUGCUAUGUUUAUGAAAAAAUGGGUUAACCCUAGAAGGACCAAGAACCCAGACCACUUCAUUAAGCUGAAGUGGUCUGGGUGCCUAGAGUGGUCCUUUAAGCCGUCCUAAUUUGAAGACGCUGGAUGUCCUCAUGCAAAGUAUGAGGACGUCCACUGUAAUCUCCUUGAAACAGUAGGAAGUGCCUCUAGUGACUGUCUGGUCAAUAUACAAGACAGAUACGUGUCCUUUUAUAACUGCUCUGCUCUUAAUAUAACCAGGAACGUGCUAUACAGAUUCAGAACAUAUCUGAUGCUUACCAUAAUUACAUAUGUUUGUUAAAUACACAUUUUGCAACUAUUUCUAUAAAACUGUCAUCACUAGUUUUUCCAGCAGUCUGCCUUGGGGAGAAUGCACUUAUAGGCUGCUAUUCAAGUGCGACAAUGAGCAAAACACACCUGUCAACUUCAAAUAUCGUGGUUUAUUAGACUAAUCUGUACUUGAGAGAGCAACAGGUGGGGAUCUGCAAACCAUUGUUGUUGAAAUGAAUACAUCAUUAUUAUAAUCCUUUGUAUAAACAAGUCCUUAAAAAAAUAAUUAUUCACAUUAAACAAUAAGGACUGCAUAUGACAUUACUCCGUACCAAACCACACGCACUGUGUAGGAAGACUAAUAGAGAGAUAUGGAAAGGCAGCAGGAGGUUAGGAAGGUCACUAUGUGACUGAAUUUAUGUUGUAGGAAGGAGAGUGUGGGCUUUUUAGAGCACUGAGCUCAUUUUGCACUUGGGUACAAGGUCUAAAGUUGAGGUGGAUUUCAUCUUAAUGGAGGAGGGUUUUUUGUGCCUAUAAUUGCUAGAAGGUUAGAGGAGAUUUUAAAUCAGAUCAGAAAUGCCUCUCCCUCCCUGGUACACCCUGACUUGUAAUAUAUUAGUUAUAUAUUUGAGUAAAUUUCUUUAGUUAACACCUUAAGGACUGUGGACAUACUAGGUACGUCCGACAAAAACGGUCCUUAAGGUAUGUCCGCGGUACUCCUUAGUACUUACCCGAUCGCCGCAAUUAGCCCGUCGGCGAUUGGUGUUGCUCCCGGUCUGGGGGGGAUUGCCUGACAGCCCAGACAGUCCCCCCUUGGCAAAUUAGGCCCCCGCGGACCAUGUGAUCACUCUGAAAGAGCGGUCAAAUGGCCGCAAUAGGCGUCCAUAGUGCUGCCUGCAGGGGGACUGCCUGAACUUACAGGCAGUCUCCCUGCAUCUGUAGAAUAAAAAAAUAUAUAUAUUUGUAAAUAAAGUGUUAUUUUAUAUUAAUAUAUACAUAUAUUAAAAUAAAAAUACACUUGUAAUUAAAUUACACACACACACACACAUAUAUAUAAUAUAUAUAACUAUAUAAGUAAAUGAAAAUAAAUACAAAAUGUAAAAAAAAAAACAAAUUUAAAAACAAUUUUAUAUAUAUAUAUAUAUAUAUAAAUAUAUACAUAUGUAAUUUUAUUCUAACUGUAUUUUGAUAUUAAUAUAUAUUUAUUUUAAAAUACACUUAGAAUGAAAUUAUAUAUAUAUCUAUGUAUAUAUGAAUAAAUAAAAAUAUUAUGAAAUAUAUAUAUAUAUAUAUAUAUAUAUAUAUAUCCAUAUACAGAAUUACAUAACUAAUUUUAUAAAUAUACAUGUAGACUUCAAAUAUAUAAAUAUGUGUGUAGCAAACUGGGUCCUAUACCAGAGUACGCCCCAGUUUCCUGGCGGGGGCUGAUGGCUCACCUCCUGCCCAGGGAUUAUGGUCCCAGAAAAUUCUUUAAGUACAAUGGCUGGGAUUAAUGGGAUUUUGAAGGGCACUACUGGCCCUUUAAGAGCCAGCCAAGGACAUAGUAUACUAUUACAGAGACUUCGGACCAUAUACCUUAUGCAGCAAAGGACAUUGUGCUAUCUACCAAAAUUCGUUUCUUUUAAUAUAUUUUCAUGUAUUCACCUGUAUGCAGCAUUCGUCUGAUUGUUCAGUAGAAUCACUCCAGUUAUUAUGAGAGUGAAACUACCGAACAGUCAGACCACCCCAGUAGUAAGUGUGCCUCCAAUUACCGUUUGCAACAAUGUUGCGAACGGGUAAUUGGCCCUCCGUGUAGUGGGUUCUUUGUUCUCUGGGUGGCCGCCAUUCGGGAGACGAACACGUGGCGGCGGCCAUUUUAAACUCCCGAACAGCUGUGUUUUGCUGUCGAGUGUCUGGAACUCAAAUCGGACACUCGGCUAGGCAAACACCGCUGAGACCUCCAUACUGCCUUAAAUUCGUAUAGAAACUACCGAACGGCCACCCGUUCGGUAGAAAGAAACAUCCGAACAAGGGGAUUUAUGCAAACUCCCCCUAGUCUCCAUAGCAUAAGUCAUUCAUGUGUUUCAUUCCCUUUUCUGUGACCGACCGCAGGGCCAAAAUACAUGGAACCCUUUUCGGCUGUUAAACCCAGUGCGGUCGGUCUUUUUAGUACUUCCAUAAAUUUCCCAAACCCCUGGUCCGAUCUGGGUGAUUUUUGGAUAUGUCUCUCACCCAGAUCAGGGCUACCAGGGGAUGUAACAUUUAAAGGGGUACCCCUAUGUUUAGGGGUACAUCCAGAAACCCAGGGAAUUUGUGUCUUGUAUAAUGGGAUUAUGUGUCACACUAAAGGGAGGGGAUGUGUGGGUGGCAACUUGUAUAUGAUUGGCUACUGCAAUGAUUAUUGUAAAUUCGUCCCUUACAUGGGAGAAUGCUUUAUAAGGAAGUUGUGUGGAUUAAAAGUCAGUUCUACUCCUGAUACUGUGUGUCGUCCAGUGAUUGGGAAAGGUGAUGGGAUAUUAUUGGAUUUUAUUGCUGAUGGUGAUUACUAUGCUGUUCGGUUAUUCUCUCGGUGUGGAUAUUGUGCCUGGGAUUAUUGCUGAUUCCUGAGCCACACCUGGACUACCAGCGGAAAUAGUCUGUGAGAGACCAGCGUUCCGUUACAAUGUGAAUAUAUUUAAAUUCUACGUGCAUGUUUAUGUAAUAUUUUUACAUAAUUAAGUAAUUUUAUUGAUUGCAAUUUGAGGGACCUGUCUGACAACCCAGGCUGAAAGUCCAGAGAAUUUAAUUUGUUAGCACUGAAUUUAAUCCUAUAAUUUGCCAUGACACCCUAAAACCUGUACAUGGGGGGUAGUGUUUUACUCGGGAGACUUCACUGAACACAGAUAUUAGUGUUUUAAAACAGUAAAACAUAUUACAGCAAUUAUAUUUUGGUAUAACUCCCAGAUUAUAUGAAUAAUCUCUAGGCUAAUUUUCAGAGCAUUUCUAAGUUUGCUCUAAACUAUGAAGGCAGGAUACAUCAAUCAGAUGUGCAUAUAUCUGUGCUCGGUCCCCUCAGAAGAUGUUUGUAGUUCUCUGUAGAAUCAGUCAGGAACCAGGAAGCCAGAUGAGAAGAUAAACACUUUUAUUUAUACAGAAUAAAAAAUAAUAAAAGGAUAAAUAGCACAACGCGUUUCGACCCAAUGCAAUGGGUCUUCCUCAGGUGCAUAUGUAGUUACAACUGCAUCCGUUUUCAUUUAUAUAUGGCAAACAUCUAAAAAAAAACAAUUACAGGUGUGUAACAAUAAUCCCUCCUUCUCUUCCUUAUAUGGAGUAUUUCCGGCUUCUUUCUUAUAUUGUUGUAUGUGCAAGAAGCCAUUUUAAAUCAGCGCACAUGUAAAUAUAUAAUAUAUUUUUCUGACCCCCAGUAAUCCCAGUGUCUGCUUGGGGUCUGAUUAACCCCUUAGUGACCUACCGUUUUUCAAUUUUCUUACUCUUAAGGGCUGUUAUUACAUUUCUGCAGUGUUUGCGUUUAGCUGUAAUUUUCCUCUUACUCAUUUACUGUACCCACACAUAUUAUAUACAAAUUUUGUAUUAAAUGGUCUUUCUAAAGUUACCAUUAUUUUCAUCAUAUCAUAUAAUUUACUAUAAAGAAUUAUAAAAUAUGAUGAAUUUCUUUUUUCAAAAUCCCAUUAAUCCCAGCCAUUGUACUUAAAGAAUUUUCUGGCAAAAGUUAUAGUGCUUAAUUCGAUCUGAGAAAGGUCAUAUUACAAAUAGUAUUAAAUGGCUUAACGAAAAAAGAGGUCUAUGAUCACAGAAAAUUAAAGUUAAAUAGACUGUAGGAAAAUCUUAGGAGCGGGUUGUCAGUGAGCUAAAUAUCAGUGACCCAUAAACAGAAGUGAUAGUAGUGUAAAUAGUAGAUAGAGUGCCACUGAUACAUGCAUAUACAGGGGGAGAAAAAAACCCACAACCAAUUGUAUAUAGAGUAUUAUCACUUAUAAGACAAAGUAAGUACUAUUUGUCUUAUGGAGGUUUACUACGCCUGACCAUCUCUGACCAGCGGAGGAGCAAAGUGUGCUUCAUUUCCGGUGGUCAGAGAAAUUUCUAAGCUUUCCUCCCUGUUCCCGCGAUGCUUCUUGUCAGUAUUCCUGAACAGGACGCCGGCGGAACUCCCAAAUUGCAUCCUAACACAAUGAGAACAGUUUGUUCAUUCAUGUUAGGACACAAUUCGGGACUUUGUUCGUAUCGGAAUUUAAUUCUAAUAAAUGAAAUUCCGAUCCUAUUCCUGCCGCGGCUGCAUCUUGGUCAGAGACACUUUCCCACAAUUUUUAGCUUUCCUCCGUGAUCUCGUGACGCCUGCUUUCCGUAUUCCCGAACGCCGGCAAAAUACAGAAUUUCGCCCUAACAGAAUGAGAGCAGUUUGUCCAUUCGUGUUAUGACGAAAUUCAGGACUUUUUUUCGGUUCGAAAUGUCAUUUGAAUGAAAUUACGAUCCGAUUGCGGCUGCAUCAUGCAGCCGCUUAGUAGAUAGCUCCCUAAUUCCCACAGUAUUAAGGAGUUAUCUACCAAUAGGCUGAAAGACCAAGCUUGGUCUUUCAGCCAACUUUACUAAUACCAAGUAAACAUUUUACUUGUUAUUAGUAAUUAAUAUGCCCCUACUCGCUAUAUUGCUCUAUUAAAAAAAGAAAGCAACCAAUCAGAGAGUUAUGAGUCAAAUUACACAGCAUGGGAAAAGUCCAAAGAAAUUUCCCACGCUGUGUAAAAUGACUCCGAGCACUCUGAUUGGUUGGAUUUCAAGCCAACCAAUCAGAGUGCUGUGACAGGUAAAUGUAGAGACUUACCUGUCAGUCUCUUCAUUUACCUGUCAGAGCACUCUGAUUGGUUGGCUUAACCCUCGUUGGCUGGUCACCACAACAGCUGGUACAGGCUUGUCAUAACGCAGAGUUUAACAGAUGUGUUGCAUUGGAUAACAGUGCACUUUUUUAUAUAGUAUGUAGCGCUUGAGGUAUAGAAACAAGCUAAGUCUAUAGUGGCUUUGGUGCGUGAAGCUAUCACACGCUAAGGUUGUGUAAACUUGCCGCCACUGAUAGUAUAAAUGAAGUCGUUAUGGACCGCGUGGGUUCACUUGCUUCUAUAAAACAUGCAUGGGGUUGCAGCCGUUAGCAGACAAUAUGGGGGCAGAUUCCAGCUCCUCUGUACCUUCUUUGUGGUAUAAUCGAAACUAAUGCUGAGGUUACUGCUUAUUGGGGAGUAAGACUAUAGCCCGGGGUAUGUGUUCUAUCUCACGCUAUACGGCCCCUAACCAAAGAGGGCCACGUUGCAUAUGGCACUGAACAGAAUGCUCGCCAAAGCAAGGGGACCCACAUUGUGGUGUAUGUAUGUCUGACAAGGUAACAUUGCAUCAGAAACACAAGUGAGGUAAAGAAAAGGAAACAAGAUAAAUCAAACAUAAUUGCAUGACACUUAAAACAAGCACAAUUGCAUGAUAGAACAGCAUAACUUGGGAGAUGCCACAUUGUUAGAGUGUAAUUCGGGUAGGUGCCCCUAGCCUUUCUCCUCUACGUUGUGCGAACGGGACAGUCUUUGCAGGGUCCCACUUAUGUUACGUGGAGGGUUCCGCUGUAGGUGCCGGCUGUGGUGGGAGUCCCAGAGCUUGCAGAAAGGAGGCAGCUUCUGACAGGGAGGGGAGUCUAAGUUUGGCAUCAUUUUUAACCACCAUCAGAGACCUAGGUAUGCCCCUUCUAUACGCCACUGUACGUAGUUGAUUGGUGAUCGGGCCUAAGGAUCUUCUCCAUUGCAGCGUGUUUUUGUUUAAAUCCUGGAAGAGCGUGAUACAGGAUGACUCGAAGUCGAGCGGGUUUUGUUUUUCAUCGAUGUCAUUAUUAGUUUUUGUGUCGGAAAUAGAGUAUCAGCAUAUGAUCACGUCUCAGGUGGCUGUAGAUUGUGCCUGUGCAGGCUUGUUGACCCGAAAGCAGUUAUCAAAAGUUAGCUUUUUGGCCUGUGUGUGUGGCAAGAUAGUGGUUAACAGGCAUCGGAGGUAGUGGGGUAGUUCCACCAGGCUGAUGUCGUUUAGAUUAUCUCUCUGGUUGCGAUCUUCUGCAAGAUCUAGCUUAGUGAGCAUCAUAGCGUGGGAGGUUUGUAGUUGGAGUAAAGAUUCUUUGAGUACCUCCUGUCUCAUGACCGUGACAUCCUCCUCGGAGGCCUGUAUCCGGGCUGUCACCAUCUAAACGUCAGUGCGUAGCAGGUCCACAUCAGUUGCGAACAUCUGUCUCAUCUCCAACAUGAUAUUGCGGUUAUCUUCUUUCGUGGCGAGAUUCCACGUGUCCCUGUCCGACGAUGUUGCAGAGAGUGCCAUGGGUGUUGCGGGUUCUGCCAUUGUCUCCGGUGUUAAAUCGGAUCAUGUGGAGCAGGCCUCUGGGUCUGGGGGAUAGCAGGUCCUCAAUAUCACGGGUGUUUCCACCUGCUUGUGGUUUUUGGAAUCGUCAGCCCAUUGGGUCAGUGCUGCGUAGUUGAUUCUUGUUAGGCAGAGGGCGCAAUGCCUCCAGGAUCGUCGGCGAGUUCUCCUGCCUGUCGCAUUGUACAGGAAUGGCAUGUGCCGGUAGCCCGCUUCUUCAGGGAGAGGAGGUAUGUUGUCUCUUUUUCAGUUUUCUAUGAAAAUCAAGAUUUUUUUGUGGUUUUGUGCCCAUGUCGCCGGAGUUCAUGAGAAUGGCAUCCGAGCUGUUCAAGUGUCAGGCUCCGCCCCCCCAAAAAGAGAAUACAUCAAAUGACAGUAAAACCAAACAAAAAAAAUCAAAACACUUUUUACACUAAACCUCUAACCUCUACAGUUAGAUGACCAUUAAACAUUCCACAUGCUGAAUAUUCCUUCACCUGCAUUAAAACAUUAAUUAAUUUAUACACAACAUGCAAUUUGUUUUUUCAUGUUUCUCAUUGUGCAUUCCAUUCUAUAUGUGGUUAAUUAGUGAAGUGCUUUUUCUGAUUAUUCUAAUAUUAGCUGUAGUGUAAGGGUACACACAUGAUGACAAUCAAAUCAUUUGUUAUGCUUUGCUCUUGCCUGCUGUGUUAUUUAUGGAGAGUAUUGGUGUAUCCCUUUAAGAUGUAUUUCAGGAUUUUAAUGACUCAUUUUCCUCCAAUAAAGAAAAGUACAAUAAAACGUUUUCAACUAAUAAGGUCAUCAGUCUUAGAUUUUUACAGUGUUAUAGAGGAGCGGUUAUGUGUGUUUGUUGAGCACAGUCAAUAUCUCAUUAAAAUUAUUCUAUUAAUACAAAUUCCAUCACAUACCUAUUGCACAGGCACAGCAUGGUACCUUUAAUUUAAUUUCCCAUGAUUGCCUGCCUGUUACAGAUGGGCACACCUGUGUAUGCAAGGAUUAAUGGGAACAAGAUAGCCUGGAUGAAGAUCCAAGAUGGCAGUGUCUACUCUCUUCGAGUGGAUGAGUUAAAUAUGGUUUUCUUAUACCUGUUGCAUAUUUCAGUUCGAUAAUGUUUAUAGAAAAACUAAAGUUUCUUUUUAAAUUUUAUUAUUAUUUUUAAGUCUCUCAUACUUGUGUUUAAAGCAUUUAAAAAAAAAUAAAAAAAAAAUAUAUAUAUAUAUACAUAUAUGUAUAUAUAUAUGUAUAUAUAUAUAAAUAAUAUAUGCCAGUUCAGCGUUUUCUCAUGACUCUCUCUAUUCUCUGGCAGAAUUAUCUGAUAGCAAUGAAUUAUCAUCUCGUCGUGAAUCUCAGACGUCACUGAACUCCACCACGAGUCUGGACCAUAAUUUGAUUUCUUCCCUAUCAAGCAAAUUUGAGGUACCAACCAGACAGUUCUAUUUGUCACAACACAAUUUAUGUUAUGCUUGCCUUCAGCUCUGGUGAAUGCCUCCAUGGCCAACUGUUAUUAUAACCAUAACGCUGGGAAAUAUAGCCUUAUUCCAAAACAUCCCAGGUCAACGUUUAAAAGAACCAAAAAAAUUCCCGAGGGUGCUUGCUAUGCGGUGAUAGAAUGGAGAGAUGAAGAAUUUGUUGAUCUACACUAUAGAAAAACAUAAACCUUUAAACUGAAGAGUCCUCCUUGUAGUUUAUCACAUACAGCGUGUAUGUGAAAGGCGUGAUUGCCAUUUCAUUUCUGUAAUCUCCAGGGGUGAAUUUACAAGCCUAUCCAUCUUGCUUGGCUCAAUGGCCUUCCUUAGGGGUGGCCCAGACAGGAAAAGGUUAUCUGGAGGUAGUAAUUUCAAAAACCUUAUUUUGUCUAGAUCUAUUGAUGGCAUUACUAAAUUCCAAACAUUCCCAUGUUACCCCCACGAGAGACGCUUUACUCCUCAUUUACAGAGUCUGUACUUCUACUAGAACGUGUGUAUCAAGUAGAUGGAAAACCUCAUUGCCUUAUUUAGAAUACCUCCACAGCAGGAUUAAAUUUAUAAAGAAUAUGGAAUACCUUACGCUAGGUAGCAGGACCCAGUACAGAAAUACAAUAUGGGCCCCUAGUUGUGCUACAACAUUCCAGCUCCACAGCGACAUUUUAGAUGGACGGGAUAUUGAAAACAAAAAUGUAUUUAUAAAAUAUUUUACCAGGAAUGUUCAAUUGAGAUUUCUCUCGUUUUCAGAUAUGUUUAACAUCUGACUGUUUUUUUUACCUGGCCACCCCUUGGGGCUCUGAUAUCCCACAUGUUACCCAUCCUCUUUCUCUCUGUCCACUCCUUCCUGCUCUUUUUUUCUCUAGUUUUUUUUUUAGUAUCUUGAAACCUUUAAAAAUAAUUUAAAAAAAUGUGAUUUUAAGGUAUUUCUUUGUUGACAUAGAGUUACACUAUCAGUUACAUUUAAAAUCUUGGCACAGAGUACCUGAACUGAAAGCAUAGCUGACUUAGAAAAAUUUUCCAUUUCAGAAAUAUUAUUUGUUUUAAUUUGAAAUUCACUUUGAAUUCUCAAUUUAGUGAAUAACCUGUAUAUGUUUAUUAUAUUAAUUGUUGUGGGUAAUGCUAAUUUUCCCCUCUGCGUUUUACUUUUAGAAUGACAGUGCAAGCUUGGGAAGUAUAGAACAUGAUAGUGAAGCCAAGCCAAUGAAAUAUUGCUGUGUCUAUCUGCCUGAUGGCACUGCCUCACUUGCAGCAGUGAAACCAGGCUUAACCAUCCGGGACAUGCUUGCUGGGAUCUGUGAAAAACGAGGUUACUGUGUUACAGAUGUGAAGGUCUACUUGUCUGGAAAUGAACAGGUAUUGAUUCCUAUAUCAGGGGUAGGCAAGCUUCGACACUCCAGACAUUGUGUAUUGCAUAUCCUAAGAGGCUUUUCCACACAUAAUGCUGGCAAAGCAUCAGGAAAGGUGUAGUCCACAAACCCCGGAGUGACUACCCCUGCCCUAUAUAAUAUAACCUUACCUUAUACUACUGCAACAUAUAUACAUUUCAGAGUCUCCAUGCUCAUUUGUUUUUUGUUUUUGUUUUUUCUUAUACAUUAUGGCCAAUGAUUUGUGUAUUUCCAAUAGCAUAUGAAGGAUUAGGCUUGGUAUUAACAUCAAAGGUAGCUGAUUUUCACACACAGAAUGUUUCUGUCUCGCAAUCAGCUUUUCUCAAGCCAGAGAAGGGAUCUUUGAGAGUGAAACCAUCAGGACUCCAUAUGGAAUUCAACCGAUGAGUUUGACCUCUCCAGACUGUUCGGCACCAGUAUUUAAAAAAGACAAAUCUCUAUGUUUGUUGAUCUAUUGUCUAUCUCCAAUGACAUGCUUUAAGUAUUUGUAGUAGAUAAGAAUCUCUGAAACAUUAUACCACUGCCACAAUCUCUCUAGACCUAUCUGUCUAGUUAUGCAUGUGACAUACAACAUUACACUAAACCUCUACUAAAACUCUUAAGGUAUUUGUUUUUAAUAUAUAUAUAUAUAUAUAUAUAUAUAUAUAUAUAUAUAUAUAUAUACACACACACAUAUACACAUAUAUAUAUACACACACACACACACACACACACACACAUACAUAUAUAUAUAUACACAUACAUAUAUAUAUAUAUUUCAUAUUUCUCAAUACAAUUAAAAGGUUUAUUUCCUGCCGCUCAGUCAUACUAACGAGCUUAGUGCAUUAUUAAGAAUAGCCCUUUGCAAAAAAACAGAAAGAUACUGGCAAAAAAAACCCACAAGUUUAAAAACAAAUUCAGGAAAGCCAAUCAAGCCACUACAUUAAAUGCUAAAUAGAUAUAACUGCUACAUCAGCUGGUACUGGGCAUUUACGGAGUAAUAAGAGCGGCUUUUCCUCCACUGCAUAUAUUUAGAUGGACUUCCAGUCAGUUUACCACCCAAUAAGAAAGGAGGAUUGACGGGGGCGGGGCCUGGCCGCCGAGCUGAGUGGACAUGGGGCGCCUCAGCUCCCUGACAAACCCGCAAUAACCAGCCUCAAAAUGCCCCUACUCGCCUGGAAAACCCUCAGCUGCUGUGAGAGGGCAAAGGGGACCCGACCACCAACCUUUGGGGCAAGUACCAGCCCCCACUCCGCUGGCGAUGCGGUCUGGUGGGCGAGUGGGAUUGCGGCCUGCUGUGAGGCCCUGGCGGGAGAAGCGGCCGAUCUCCCGUGCUUGGUCCGGCGGGACCUCCCACCGCCUGCUAAGGGCCCCGUUACCCCCCCCCCUGUGGGCCGGGGGGGUUAUCCCGGACCCCACCGGGGACGAAGCGCUCGUUCAGGGCAUACAGGCUGAAGGAGGACUGACUGGGGACCGCAUGGAAAAUCCAAGAUGGCUGCCGCGAUCAUUGUGAGUCGGAGAAGUGAGGGGGAAGUACCAAAGCAACGGCAGACAGACUGAGUGCUCCUUCCACCCACAGGAUACCAGCAUGAGGGGUAUACUCCACAAGCAAGCCCAGCUCAGCAUAAUAACCCUCACACCAACAGAGGCAUCACCUCCCAUUAAUACCAGUGGAUAUAACUGACUCUGCCUGAGUACAAGGUAACAAUGAGAAUGGGGGACAAGCUUCACUCCACUGCUAACUGUCAAGCCCCUGCACACUAAAACAUCCAGCUACAAGCACAGAUCUAGCACAGCUGCAAGAGAGAUCAAGGCUUCCAACCACAUAUGCCUACAGAGAUAACCAGGGCCGGACUGGGAAAAAAAUUCAGCCCGGGCAUUUUUUUAUCACAGCGGCCCACUAAGAAGGGGGCGGGGCAGAGAGGGUGUGUUUUGUCAUCACUCAUGAAAACACGCCCCCUCUCAAAGUGAGCAUGUUGGUUCAAUGCUCUUCCAGGGCAGACCAUGCGCAGAGCUCUGCUGAAGAGCUCUAGCAUGAGAAAAAAGCCCUGUAUUUGUUCUGCACAGUGCAAGCAAAUUUAAUAACAUGCUUGCACUGUUUCCUUGCAACUUGUCUCUGGUGUCUCUAUAAAUGGAUACCAGGAGACAAAAGGGCCAGGAAAGAGUAUUGUGCAUGUGUUUGGAGCCUGUUUGUGGUAUUACGUUUGUGCAGAGUGAGCUGGUCAUGGUGUGGUAUUGUGUAAUAAGGUCUGUUUUAGUCGUGUUGUGUUUGUGGUGUAAUGUAAUGCAUAUGUGGCUAGGGGCUGUAGAGAAUGUGUGUAUAGGGGAUGUAGCAAGUGUGUGCAUACAGGCUAUAGUGUGUGUGUGUAUAGGUGAUUUAGUGUUUGUAGAGAGUGUGUGUUCAGGGAAUGUAGUAUGUGUUUGCUUACAAGGAAUCUAGUGUGCAUAUAGGGGAUCCAGAGUGUGUGUGUGUAUAUGAUCCAGAGUUGGCUAAAGGAUCUAGUGUGUGUCUGGAAUGUAAUGUGUUUAGGGGUGCAGUGUGUGUGUGAGGGGUGUUGUGUGUAUGUGUAUAUAUAUAUAUAUAUAUAUAUAUAGUUUAUAUAAAUAUGUUUGGAAGUAUUGUGUAUGUGUGUGAUGCAGUGUAUUGGGGGUUGUGUGUGUAUGUGAGGGGUGCAGUAUGUGUGUGUGAGGUGUGAUGUGUGUGAGGGUGCUGUGUGUGUGAGGGUGCUGUGUAUGAUGUGUGUGAGAGUGUUGUGUGUGUGAUGUGUGUGAGUGCUGAGUGUGAUAGUGCUGUGUAUGAUGUGUGAUGUGUGUGAGAGUGAUGUGUGAGAGUGCUGUGUGUGAGUGUUGUGUGUUAUGUGUGUGAGUGCUGAGUGUGAUAGUGCUGUGUAUGAGUGUUGAGUGUGAUAGUGCUGUGUAUGAGUGUUGAGUGUGAUAGUGCUGUGUAUGAUGUGUGUGAGUGCUGAGUGUGAUGUGUGUGAGAGUGAUGUGCCUGAGUGCUGAGUGCUGUGUGUGAGAGUGCUGAGUGUGAAAGUGCUGUGUGUGAAAGUGCUAUGAUGUGUGUGAGAGUGCUGCGAUGUGUGAGAUUGCUGUGUAUGCUGUGUGUGAGAGUGCUAUGAUGUGUGUGAGAGUGCUAUGAUGUGUGUGAGAGUGCUGCGAUGUGUGAGAUUGCUGUGUAUGAUGUGUGUGAGAGUGCUGUGUGUGAGAGUGCUAUGAUGUGUGUGAGAGUGCUGCGAUGUGUGAGAUUGCUGUGUAUGAUGUGUGUGAGAGUGCUGUGUGUGAGAGUGCUAUGAUGUGUGUGAGAGUGAUGUGUGUGAGAGUGCUAUGAUGUGUGUGAGAGUGCUGCGUGUGAUGUGUGUGAGAGUGCUAUGAUGUGUGAGAGUGCUGCGCUGUGUGUGAGAGUGCUGUGUGUGAGUGUUGUGUGUUGUGAGUGCUGGGUGUGAUAGUGCUGUGUGUGAUGUGUGUGAGAGUGCUGCGUGUGAUGUGUGUGAGAGUGCUGAGUGUGAAAGUGCUGUGUGUGAGAGUGCUAUGAUGUGUGUGAGAGUGCUGUGUGUGAAAGUGCUAUGAUGUGUGUGAAAGUGCUAUGAUGUGUGUGAGAGUGCUAUGAUGUGUGUGAGAGUGCUGCGAUGUGUGAGAUUGCUGUGUAUGAUGUGUGUGAGAGUGCUGUGUGUGAGAUUGCUGUGUAUGAUGUGUGUGAGAGUGCUGUGUGUGAGAGUGCUAUGAUGUGUGUGAGAGUGCUGCGUGUGAUGUGUGUGAGAGUGCUGCGUGUGCUGUGUGUGAGAGUGCUGAUGUGUGAGAGUGCUAUGAUGUGUGUGAGAGUGCUGAGUGUGUGAAAGUGCUGAUGUGUGAGAGUGCUGUGUGUGAGUGCUGGGUGUGAUGUGUGUGAGAGUGUUGUGUGAGUGCUGAGAAUGCUGAGUGUGAUAGUGCUGUGUAUAAAUGUUGUGUGUUGGGGGGUAAAUAAACAAAUAAAAAACUAAGCAAAAAAAAAAACUAAACCCCCCCCCCCUCCCUUCUUACCUUUAACCUGGGAGGGGGGGACAUGCACGUGGUAGCUGGGAGGGGGGGCACCGGCACUCGCACACCAUCCCUGGUGGUCCAGUGGUGAGUGAACUCUCUCGCGAGAUCGGGGCGUUGCCAUGGCAACGCUCCGGAUCUCGCGAGAGAAACCCGGCGGAGCUGCAAGACAGAGCUCCGCCGGGUCCUCUCCCUCCCUCCCCAGCCGCAGGUCUAUUUAAAUGGGCCGGUGAGGGAGAUCUUUGAUCUCCCCAUCGGCCCUCCAUGGAAGACAGCGGGGCCGGCGCUCGGAUAGUGCCGGCCCUGCAUAGACCGGCAGGGGAGAUCCUGGGACCUCCCCUGCCGGCCUCGGCCCCACGGACACCGCGGCCCACCGGGCAUUUGCCCGCUGUGCCCGAUGGCCAGUCCGGGCCUGGAGAUAACAGACUAUGGUGUACCUCUUAAUCCAGCACCCCAUCCACAAUUUUAAUGUGUGUCUUCUGCAUCGGACUCUCUUCCUGCAGUUAGAAAGUAAUCCAAAUGUCUGAGCCUGCAUGUGUGUCCGACGCUCUGCUGCCCCCUGGUGGUUAAACCUAAUUAAGCUUAAAGAAAUCUGUUCUUGAUGAUAACCUUAGCUUCUGUUUUAAUGUCAAAAAUAUGCUCACUGUUUUGUUUCCCACAUAUAUGCCUAGCACAAAUGCCGAUUUAGACAGGUUAAGCAUCAACUAUCUCGCUGUAUUUUAUGUAACUUCACGCUAACAAUUUAACUGUUUAGCCAAGCUUGCUAAAAAUAUAAAAUUGUGCAGACUCUCAUGCCACUGUUUAACCAUUGUAUAUCUUGCAAUACGCUGUUGUGGCGUCUGUUGAUUCCUUGUACCCACCUGCACAGCAAAAAUAAAGAAUUACAAAGAAAGGAGGAUUGAAAGGAACAGAAACAAUCCACAGCAAGAGAUCUCAAAUAGUAGAAACAUGUAUUAUUCAAUAAAAAUACAUGGUAGGCAAAAAUAGGAGAGCACAAACCCAUAUGUACAAAAACCAGAAUACUCCUAAUGCAGUUAACGCCUUGUGUGGUACUUACCCAUAGAGUAAGAGUCUAUUGAGGUUUUUCACCUGGACUGCAAUAUCUAGACAUUGAACACGCUAUUCAACAAUGUCCUGAUCCGAACUGGCCCUUAAAUCUGUACCGAACACUACCAGAUGGAUGAAAUCCAGACCCGAAUGCUUCAAAUCUUCCCACUGGCAGGACCAGCAGCCAAAUAAUUAAAAACCUUUGGCAGCGCAAGGAUUUGGGGAGGGCAAAGUCUUUAAAAUAAAUCAUGGAGGUAGAUAGAUCACUACGCUUUUGCUCGUAAGCAAAACACAUUUUAAGGAGUUUGUGGUUUUAUAGAUAAGUAAUGCAUGUUUCCAAUUGUAGGAACUUAAAACAUGAAAAAACAUUGCUUGCGGUUUAAUUAACGAAUACAGGAAUUUAGAAAAUAUUCUGGGCCCAGUACAUCUGUACUGUAUGUAAUAUGUAUUAUUAGUCCAUGUAAGGGCUUUUUCUAGCAUUUCUGUGCCAUACUUUUUUGUCACUGUGUCAUUUACCUAAACAUUGGCAAAGAUCCAUUUAGCAACAUGUAUUGUCAUAAAUUGACCACUAGGUGGGGCUGUGUCACUAUUAUGGAAACCAUCAAGGACUAUUUAUAUAUAAGUGACAUUUACCUUUUUUUCAGUUGCCAGCAGUUGAACUGCACAUUCCUGAAAUGAAAAGGUUAAAAAUUAUAAGGAAAAAGGCAUAAAUGUUCUUAAAAGGGUAAAAGGAUAAAACAGACGCUUAAAUACGCUAUUGUGUUCAUAAGCAAAACACUCUUUGAGGAAUUUGUAGUUUUCUAGGUAUGCAAUGCUUGGUUCCAAUUGUGGAAGCAAAUACAAAUACACAAAAAAAAAAAAACAACAAAACACUGCUUGUUGUAUAAUACACAAAUACACGUGAAUAAAGAAAAUAUUCUGGGCCAGCACAAUGCCCAGUGCAUUUAUUUAUAACAGUAAUAUGAGUUUGUCCAUGUCAGAGCUCAUUCUAUCAUUUCUAUGCUAUAAAAUAUUUUUAAACCUACUAGUUCAGUGUCUCUUAACCUUUUGACAUUCUUCAAAUUGUGUACUCAACCCAGUGACCCAUUCUUUCACUGUAAUAGAACAUGUACCAAACCCUUUCAUUACACUAUGCCUGGUGUCAGAGGGAUCUAUACUGCCCUGAGGAAGGCAUAAUCUCUGCAUUUAGCUAUGUAUUAUAAGCUGUUGCCUAGGGCCUGAUGAAUUUGAGAUGCUUUUCACAGCCAUGGGGGCACCUUAGUACUACACUAUCAGCCUUUAUACAUGUUCUCCCUGUAAACUGAACCAUGCACUUAUUUAUCACUAAACAAACUACACAUUUUCACCUCUUCUGAGUGUUCUGAGCUCAAGCUCAAUGAUUGACAUCAUUGGGAAAUUUUCGUAUUAUGGCCUCAAUUUUAAUAUAUUUGGAUAAAUUUUUUAAAUGAUUUAAUAUUUUUUGGAAAAACUAUUAACAUAUCCAAGAAUUAUCAUAUAUAUAAAGAAAAAUAUUGAAAUAUCAAAAAAACUAAUUGUUUUUUCAACAUAUUAAAUAAUUUUAAAAAGCUCAUCCAAAAAUAUAAAAUCAAGGUCUAUGUUUGCCAUCGAUUUUACCAUAUGUACAUUUAGUUUAUUCAAUAGACUGGAAAUGUGGAAAACUGAAUAUUUAGGGCAAUAUACUAGGGCAAGAAAAAUAGCAGAUUUGGAGAAUUUUCCCACUUUUUCCAGUUUUACCUAAAAUUUUCAAGUUCUUGUUAAUUCUCUACAAUUCCUAGUUUAGUGACUAAACUCUUGGUUUUGUUUGCUAAAUCUAUUUAGGGCUAUUCACAAAACUAUGAAUUUUACUGGAUUGAAUCCAUAUGUCCAAACCACUUACAAGGCUAUUCAUCAAAAUUAGAAUUGUCAGGAAUUUAAACGACCACUAUAUUAUAUAAUUUAAAGGACCACUAUAUAGUGUUAAUAGGUCCCCCCCACCCUCAUGGCCCCCCUCCUGCCGGGCUGAAGCGGGAGGAAGGGGUUAAGAUCUUACCUUUCUCCAGUGCCGGGCUCCCUCCGUGCUGGUGACUCUCCUCCUCCUUCCGACGUCAUUGCUGAAUGCGCAUGCGCGGCAAGAGCCGCGUGCGCAUUUAGUCAGUCCAUAAGAAAGCAUUCUCAAUGCUUUCCUAUGGACGCAGGCGUCUUCUUACUGUGAAAAAUCACAGUUAGAGGCGCGGAAGCGCCUCUAGCGGCUGUCAAUGAGACAGCCACUAGAGGCUGGAUUAACCCAUAUGUAAACAUAGCAGUUUCUCUGAAACUGCUAUGUUUACAGCAGGCAGGGUUAACCCUAGAUGGACCUGGCACCCAGACCACUUCAUUAAGCUGAAGUGGUCUGUGUGCCUAUAGUGGUCCUUUAAGGCCAACUGAAAUCAUUUAGGGACGCUAUAGUCACCAAAACAAUUUGAACUUAAUGAAGCUGUUUUGGUGUAUAGAUUAUGCCUCUGAAGUCUCACUGCUCAAUUCACUACCAUUCCGGAGUUAAAUGACUUCUGUGUCUAUCUUUGCAUCCCUAGCCACACCUAUCCUGGCUGUGACUGACACAGCAUGCAUGAAAACAAAAUGGUUUCAUUUUCAGUCUUUUUUAAUUUACUUUAAAAGUUUCUAUCUCCUGCUCUGUAAAUUUGACUUUAAUUACUUACACAAGACUUCUGUGGGGUCUAUCAAGCUAUUAACAGAGCAAGAGCUAAAACAUCCAAAAUUAAACAUAAUUUGCAAUAAGGGAAGUGUAAACAUUAGAUUACUCUUUACAGGAAGUGUUUAGGAAGGCUGUGUAAGUCACAUGCAGGGAGGUGUGAAUAGAGCUGAAUAAACAAAGUGCUAAAUGACAGAGAAUUAAGCAGUUAAACUGCAGGGCAUGAUCUAUACACCAAAACUGCUUUAGAUAAAGUUGUUUUGGUGACUGGAAGAAUCCUCCAAGGCAACUAUGCUUCCUGGUAGGCUACUUUGUCUGUUAGUUUUAAUUCCUGAUUAUUUUCACUUUAGUGAAGAUUUCUGUGAGGCUAAAAUAGUAAACUGGGGAGUCUGACUACCAAAGCGAACAGUCGCAUGCUCGUUAAUCUCCAGAAAACGAGGGCCCUAAUUGACACAUUCCUGCCUUUUAUACCAGUUUAACUGGCACCAGGGGUUCCUAAAGCUUGUCUGGACCUCAGGGGAAGAAAAUGAAAAAAUUAAGGCCUUAUAAACCCCGAAUGGAGAUAAAUACCGGGGACAUGUGGCGGCAGGCAAACAGCACUGUUGCGUCCAAGAUGGCGUCCCUCACUAGGGACUGCUCGGAUCUCUCUGAUGACCUGUCCAACGAGGCAGACGAGGGGUACUUACCCACACCAGCAGUCACGCCACUGACUCCACGGCCGAAUCCGGACUCUGCUCCAGUGACAACAGAGGUCCUGAAGGAGCUCCUAGCGGACCUGCAACAGAAUUUAAUUGUUGACAUGGCCACCAUACGUAGGGAUUUACAGGGCCUGACAGGCCGCCUUGGAGCACUAGAAGCGGCAUCCAACACAGGCACAAAGCAAAUCACAUCCCUGCAACAAGCGGUGCACGAAUUGCAGCAACAAUUCUAUGGAUGACUUAGUCUAGGAAGGUGUUUUCCCUGGUAGACGACAACGGCGAGUGCCAGAUAUGUCAGCCCCUUACUAGGGGAAAUGUGUUCCAUAAAUGACUGGGACCAGGGGCGUAUUAGCCGCGAGGCAAACAAGGCAUUUGCCUUGGGCGGCAUUUUUCAGGGGGCGGCCCAAAACCAGGAUACACCACUGACUGGGACCCAGUGGCGGAUCCAGAGCCUGAUCUCGGGAGGGGCACUUGUAGAUUAUUUAAAGAAAUAAUCCAGACACAAUAACAACUACAGCUCAGUGUAGUGGUUAUGAUGUCAAUAGUGCCGGGACCCCCUCCCAGAGUAAGUUUGACAACUUACCUGAGGUCUGCUGGGAAAUGGGGCAGUAGUAGGGCAUAGGAGCAGUGGUGUGUGUGAGUGGUGCAGUGUGUGUGUGUGUGAGGGGGACAGUGUGUGCGCAGUGUGUGUGUGAGGGCGGCAGUGUAUGUGUGGGACAGUAUGUGUGUGUAACAGUUGCAGUGUGUGUGUGAGUAUUGCAGUGUAUGGGGCGGCAGUGUAUGGGGCAGUGUGUGUAUCGGGUAGUGUAUGUGUGUAGAGUGUGUGUAGGGGGGCAGUGUGUGUAUGGGGCAGUGUAUGUGUGUAGAGUGUGUGUAUGGGGGCAGGGCAGUGUGUGUGUAUGGGGGACAGUGUGUGUAUCGGGUAGUGUAUGUGUGUAGAGUGUGUGUAUGGGGGGCAGUGUGGGUGUAUGGGGGGACAGUAUAGGGCAAUGUGUGUGUAUGGGGGGGCAGUGUGUGUGCAUGGGGGGCAAUGUGUGGCCAAUGACAAUGUAUGGGGGCUGUAUGUAUAUGGGUGUAUAGGGGGCAAUGUGUGUGUAUAUAGGGGGCAGUAUAGGUGUGUCAGUAUAGGGUGUAUGGGGGAGACAGUAUAGGGGGCAAUGUGUGUGUAUGGGGGGGCAGUAUAUAGAUUUGUAUGGGGGGCAAUGUGUGUAUGAGGCAGUAUGGGGGCAAUGUGUGUGUAUGGGGGGCAAUGUGUGUGUGUAUGGGGGGGCAGUAUGGGUGUAUGGGGGGGGGGCAAUGUGUGUGUGUAUAGGGGGCAGUAUGGGUGUAUAGAGGGGUAGUAUGGGGGCAGUAGCCAUAGAGCAGAAGGUAACUAGGGGCAAUGUGUGUGUAUAGGGGGGCAGUAUGUGUAUGUAGGGGGCAGUAUGGGGGGGCAAUGUGUGUAUAGGGGGCAGUAUGGGGGGGCAGUAUGGGUGUAUGGGGGGCAAUGUGUGUAUGGGGGGGCAGUAUGGGUGUAUGGGGGGCAGUAUGGGGGCAAUGUGUGUAUGGGGGGGCAGUAUGGGGAUCAGUGUAGUGUGUGUAGAGUGUGUGUGUGAUAAGGGUAGGGGGGCUUUUUAAAAAAUAUAUAUAUUUUUUUAUUUAGUUUAAUAAAAAUAAUCAUUAUGUCCCCCCUCCCUUCUUACCUUUACUGGGGAGGAGGGGGGACAUUUCCCUGGUGGUCCGGUGGGGGAUUCCCUGGUGGUCCCAGUGGUGAUGAGUUAACUCUAGCCCGCGCUCCCGGGCUAGAGUUCACUCUCGCGAGAUUUGGAGCGUUGCCGUGGUAAUCGCGGCAACACUCCAAAUCUCACGAGAGGAGGACCCGGAGGAGCUGCAGACUGAGCUCCGGGUCCUCUCUCUCACUCCCUCCCUCCCUCCCCCGCCGGCCGCCAGCACGGUGCCUGCGGACCGGGGAGGGAGAGCUCUGAUCUCCCCUCCGGUCCGCAGGCACAUUGCAGGGCUGGCACCUGCAUGUGCUGCUGGCAGGGGAGGGAGACCGGCGGAUUUCUCGGGGGGGGGGCAAUUGCCCCGUUGCCCCCCCCCCUGGAUCCGCCACUGCUGGGACCCAUAGUUGUAUUUAUUAUUUAUUAUCAUUUAGCAACUGUUAUGCAUUUUUACACUCUUUACAAAUAUUGCUCACUUCCUAUUCACUGAGCCACGCCGACUCACUCACAGUACGACCCAUGUACCUCUUACAACAGCAGUCUCAGCAUGUGUAUAACUAUAUACUUCUUGUGUUUUUGAUAUGAAUACCUCAUGUCUAUCUGUGGCAAAAUAUAAAGAAUUAAAAAAAGAAAGAAAAAAAAAUAGUUAGAACACCAAAAAGUAAAUAAAAAUAGUAAACUGCUUACAAAGAUGUAGAUUGUUUUCCAAAUCAACGAUUUUAGUCUCAGUUUUGCCAUUUGGACUUAAUUUGCUAACAUUUGUAUCAUAGUGGAUAACUCUCUUAUUGACUGUCAGUGCUCAGACUGAAUUCACUGUCUUCUUCUCAUUAUACUUUUGAUAGAAGCCUUUGGCUCUUGACCAGGAAUGCAAAGUGCUUGCAGAUCAAGAGGUGAAGCUGGAGAACAGGAUUGGGUUUGAGUGAGUUUUUGUUUCAUUUUUUAUCCCGGUCAUAUUGAAGAAAGAUCGAUGUUUAUACUUUUACUAUAGAUAAAAACCUCAUCAAAGAUUAUGAGAAUACAUACGGUUUAUGAACGCUGUACUAUGACAUACUUUUCAAAAGACUUAAAACAAUUACACGUGCAUUUAUUCUCUGCUUACACUUUGACUAUUGUUCUGACAGUGUUUAUGUAACAUUGAACCAUUAUCCAGAGCUGGAUUGCAGACUGACUGGCACCUUGAAUAUAAAUUAAAUUGUGCACAUUUCUAUUCUUCCAUCUCAUGAAAAUGCCAACCAAUCAAAAUAUGUUAUUGAUGUUCAGAGAACUGGCUAGAAUGAGUUCUAGUUCAGCAACCAUUCGCUCCCCAAUUAUUGAAAGAUCCCAUUUCAAAUUAGUGACCUGUUUCUGUCAAUAUUGGUCACAUACCAAACAAUUCAAUAAGCAGGGGUACUAACGAUGCUGUUUGAGGAUCUUAGUUCAUAAGUCUUAAAUGAAAAAUAUAUAGAUCUCUAUUUGGAGAAUUAAACACUGUGUUAUCUAGAAGAUCGAAAUUAUCUGAAUAACAGCAAUGUUUUUGAAAGUAUUGUCUGAGUCACCAUAAUUUGCAAUGCCUGUCAGUCAAUGAUUUUUGACUCAUACAUGUUAGAACAUCCUUUCUAAAUGAGGAAUCUGCAAUUCCUGUCCAAAUACAGCACAUUCCUGAACCCUGAUAGUCACAAAGAAAGUUACCAUGUUAUCUAAAUGUUAUUAAAGAUGAUGAGCUUGAACAUCUAGAAUGAAAGUGUCCAGCUCUAGUAAUCUCGUGCUAUCCUACAGAUGUGCCAGAAAUGUUUAAUGUUUAAUAAUUUGUAAUAAAAUUGGUGGGGCAUAGUUGUUGCAAAUAACUCUAUAGCUUGGAAUAGAGGUAGGCAACCUUCAACACUUCAUAAUGCUGGCAAAGUGUCAGGGAAGAUGUAGUCCACAACAUCUGUAGUGCCGAAGGUUGUCGACCCCGGUCUAAAAUGUCCACACUCUGAAAAGGCAAGGAAUCUUAAUCGCGUAACCAUGUAAAUUAAAAGUUCAGCAGAAGGCGACUUUAUGAUUUCCAAAUUCAGUAGACUUCACAUGUUACAACCAGAAGUUUUAAAAAACGUGUAAUAAUAAUAAUAUUAAUAACUCAUACUGAGUUUUUUCGCAUUGGACUCAAAGCACUUUAGACAACAUACAAUCAUGUAUUUAAUGAUUCUAUUCCUGUAGCGCUUGUGUACACAUGUAGAUCUUGAGUCUUUCUUUAAAAAUGUCCAGGGAGGUGGCUUCUAACACUGUGCUAGGGGGGAGUGUUCCAUAGAGAUGGGGCGACAUGGUUUAAAGCUCAUAAAUCACAUUUUUGUUGAAAGUAGACAUUAGUCAAACCGUAAAGUGUGUUUAAUACUUUCUUUGUCUGGUGUAUUUGUAGCCUACAAAUCAAACAUGUGAAUAAAAAUGUUCGUAUUGUGUCAAAACCCACGAAAACCAUACAAGAAGCGUUACAACCAACUUUGAAGAAAUAUGAACUUCAGAAUUGCCACAUUGUUCUUCAUAAGGUAGGAAUUUAAACCUAUUUUGUGAUAUCAUAACUUCAAAAAUGUAUCCCUGCCUGUCUCUUUUACCUGUGUAUUUCAAUAAGCUGUGGACUUAAUCAAUAGCAGUCAACAUUGUGACUAAAAAUAGAUGAAAACAUUGGAAGACAUCCCAAGAGACAUUUUCUGAAAAAAGCCAAACACAGUUUAAAAAACAGUUAUUACAAAACCUAUAAAUUAGCAUGCUGCAGGAGAUAUUUUGCCUAUUACCUCAUGCCAGAGCCAGAUUUACAUCCCCAGUGGCCAGAGUGGAAAGAGUCAAGCUUCUGCCCUCUCACGUACUCUUAUGGUAAUAGUGCCGCCAGUACACCGGCCACCGGUGAUAUGCCAAACUAUUUACAAAUGGAUUGACUCUUAACAAGCUGUGUCGGCAGUGGUGUAUCCUGGUUUUGUGCUGCCCUAGGCAGGACAAAACUCAGGCGCCCCCCAACCCCUCCACGCGCGCGCGACCCCCACCCAUCCCUUCCCCCCGCCCUGCCUUCUAAAUACACACACACACAAACUCACUGACACACACAGACACUCACUCACUCACUAGCAGACACACACACUAGCAGACACACACACAGUCAGACACACACACAGUCAGACACACACAAACACACUCACUCACUAGCAGACACACUCACUCACUAGCAGACACACACUCACUAGCAGACACACACACUCACUAGCAGACACACACUAGCAGACACACACUAGCAGACACAAACACUCACUGACACACACACUCACAGGCAAACACACUCACACUAACAGUCACACACACACUAACACAGACACACACACACACUAACAGACACACCUACACACACACACACACACACACACUAACAGACACACACACACUAACAGAAACACUCACACACACACACACUAACAGACACACUCACACACACUAACAGACACCCUCACACUCACACAUUUAUUUUUUUAACCCCCCCUUCCAGCCUCCUUACCUUUGGGAAUGCUGGGGGUGGGGGGUUCCCUAUUCCCUGGGGUCCAGUGGCUGCUGGGCGCUGGGCGGGCGGCUGGCGAGGGAGCUCUUCCUCUGAGCACUCUGCUCAGCUCCCUCGCGCGUCGCAGAGUGAGGCUGGGAGACGGAAUAUGACGUCAUCUUCUGGCUCCCAGCCUCACUCUGCGGCGCGCGAGGGAGCUGAGCAGACAGCUCAGAGGAAGUGCUCCCUCGCCAGCCGCUCGCACAGCAGCCAGCGCCGCCCAGCCCGACCGGCAUGUCUGUUAGCCGCAAGGCUAACAAGGCAUUUGCCCUGGGCAUUUGGGGGUUGCGUUUUUUGCCGCCCCCUGAAAAAUGCCGCCUAAGGCAAAUGCCUUGUUUGCCUCGCGGAUAAAACGCCCCUGUGUGUCGGGUGUUAAUGGUCCUUCUGAUCUAAGUGGUUUGAUGAAGUGGAAAUUCGCAUUCAUAUAUUUAUGCUGCGAUUUCUGGCAAAUCUAUAGAUAAGUCCCUAAUUUGUAUUAAAUUAAGGAGGGAGCUGAGUUUAGUACAUAGCUCCCUAUUUUGGUAUCCAUAAAUAUGGGAAACCCACAUAAGGAAAUUUGGGAGCUUUAUACUAAGCAGCGGAAAGAUCAAAAUUUACAAAAAAGAAAAGGGCUUCCCUUAAUUUUAAUCUUUCAGCUGUUUAGUUGUUAACUCCCUAACUAAGAUUGGUACACUUAUGUGGGAUAGCUAUAUAUUGAUGUAUCAAAUUAGGGAGUUGUUUAGCAGAUAUAACUAAAUUUUUUGGUAUCUCUAAAUAUGACAAAUCCACAAAAGAAUACCAAAUUAGGGAGCUGUCUACUAAGCAACUGAAAUAUCAAAUUUAAGAAAAGCCCUUUUCUUCAUUUGAACUUUCAGCUGUUUAGUAGAUUGUUAUAAUUUGGUAUCCUUAUGUGAGAUUUACAUAUGUAAGAUACCAAAUUAGGGAGCUAUAGACUAAAUGCAACAUCUCCCUAGUUUGGUAGUGGUACCCAAAUUGGUACCUAUUUUACGCAAAGGAACUAAUGAAUGAAAAUGUUAGUUUUGAGCGUUUUUGGUUUUUUUUGAAAAUCUUUUUAUUUUGAUUUGUUGGAGUUAUGACAUACAGAAACAUAAAGAAUCAAACAUUGGCACUCGCAGGUCCCAAUCAAAAUGUUAGCAUUGGUAGAGCACAUAGAGUGUACACAGUGUCAUUGAUAGAUAUCAAGGUACAAUGUAAGUGUGUUGGUGUCAUGAGACCUACAGGACACAUUCCCACUUGACCACCUCUAACCUGGAGACAGCUACACCAAUAGUGGAAGUUAUCCAAUCAUGUCACUUCAUGGUGUUAGUCAAUGUACACUUGAUCACUCCCAUGCACACCUUUCCCUUCCGUGACCCCCGUCUGUGAAGUAUGGCGAUACCGGUAUGCGUGGUGGGAGUGACAAAAUGGCGUAACAAUAAUAAUGCCAGACAUAUUUUACAAAACAUUGGGUACAACAAUACAUUGACAUCAUGAAUGGGGUCUGGCAAGCCUUAGUUAAAGUGCGUGGUGUGGAGAAAGGACGUGUCUUGGUUUCCUGUUUACGCCUUUUGUCAUGAUAAUGAGCUCUCAGUUGUCGUACCACACAAAUGUGUCGAAGCAGGUAUACGUAAAGGUUGUGGGGUAGUCUACUGUCAGUUAGCUAUGUCAGGGUGUCGUCCAUGAGGGUAGUUUUGAGCAUUUUGUUCAUUAGUUUUCCAUUAUGCAAUUUGGAAUUUGGCAAAUAGAUCAACGAGACGAUUUUAUUCUGGAUUGUGAUUCUUCCAAUAAUGAAUGCUAAAGUCUACUAAAUAUCACUAGUUAUAGGAAUUUAAUCAGGAGCUGAAUUCAAUUGAAGUUUUGGGCUUCAAAUGUUCUGUUUCCCUCUUAUAACCAUUGGUGGGGCUGAUACAGUACUCAUUACACUAAUAACUAAAUGUGACCUUUUCAUUAGCUUGUGUAAUAUUAGCUUACUCAUAAUAACCUGCUAAAUUUAGCUGAAGUAAAAAUAGCUUGCUUCUUUCAUGUAAACAUUUUUAAAAUUGCACAUGAAUUGCACACGAACUGUGGAAGCAACUGUUCUUGAGAUUGCACACUGAGUAUUUAAACCUCACGUGCUGUAUCUGUCGAACACUCUUAAUAACAUGAGUAACUGCACUCACAGCAGCUAUCACAAACACUUCUUGACAAAAGAUACAAUAAAAAAUGUAACUGGCCACAUUGCUUACAGAAUUAUGAAUCAUUGAUGAUUCAGAGACGAGCACAGAUCAUCGGGAGCCUGUGUUAUUUUUCAUUUAUCGUUUCUAAUUGAUUAUUCUCUGAUGAAGGUCAUUUAAUGGCACACCAUAUAAAUAUCCGCUUUCCACUAAUUUGCUACAAGUGUUAGAAUAAAUGACAUAAUCAAAAACGGAAUUGCUUUUUCAUACUGUGCAAUGUUGUAGUGAGCUAGUACUCGUUCGAGAUUUAUAAUCAGGUACGUACUAUAAUCAAAAAUAAAAUGUUGUUAGCCAGUAGAAUGUAAAGGUUUUAAGAGCAUUUUAAAACAAACAAAAAAAUGACAUCACUGAUGUACAACUGAUACCGUUUAUGGAUGCAAGCUUUCAAGACACUAAGAAUUUAAUGUUUGCAAGACGGUUAUUUAUGGAAGUGUUGCAGAUACUUAUAGUCAAGUUUUUGGCACAGUUUAUUACAUUUGUUGGAUUUUUAUAUCUGUUGCUUUUUUAGCACCCUAACCAUCAUUCUUUAGUAGUCAUGGAUUUAUGAAUUUUCCGCCACUUUUACGGACACAAAGGUGGCAGACGUUUUCCAACCACUGUAAACUUGGCAGUCUUCUGAAAUAAGAAUUUCUGCAAAACUGGCAGUAUUUACUAUAAAGAAAACUAUCACUUUUGAGAUCACUUUAAUAAAUAUGAUCUGUCAAGUAACGGUUGAAAUCUGUCAUUAUUUUGAACACUUUGAUAAAUAUUCUCUUUUGAGCAGGGUUAGCAACAGGACAGAACUAUCUCAUAGAAUUCAAGAUUGUAAAGUCUAAUUACACCAACGAUACAGGUGAUGUAGGAAGUCCAAUGUCAAUUCUGUGCAAGAAUUACAUAAGUCAUCAGCACACACUGAGUGCUUGUGACAGACAAAAUUAGCUUCUUCCUCUGCAGGCAGCACUACCUAAGGGGGUGCUUAUAUGUCCCCUCUCUUACUUUCUUAUUUUAGCCCUCCCAGCCAUUCUCCACAUUCCUUCCCUCCCUGUUUCAGCCUACGCAUGCUCUCAGAGCACAUGAGAAUUGUCCAAACAAAUGCUUCUCUAUUUGAAGCAUUUGACUGGAUCUUGGAGAGGACAUGACGAUGCACAGGGAUUGAAAAUGCUCAAGGAGAAUCUCACCCAGUGCUUGAUGCAAGGUAAGUUUUAUGUUUAUUUAAUAGGUUUUUCAAAAGUAAUAAGGGGAAAUGGACCAUGUAACAAGUGGCAACAGGGUACAACAAAGUAAAAGAAAUAAGCCGAUGGAAAAAGGGAUGGAGUAACCUUUUAAUUUGACAAGGAUGUUGGUUUGAGAAAAGGCAUUUUUACAACAAGAGUAUUUCAGGAUUGACUAAAUAAUUGAGCAUACCAUAGGGGAGAGAGAGAUUAAAGGUAUGUGUUAAGGAGAGAAUAGAAAUAAGGAAUAUGCACAUGGUGUCAAGGAUACAGGACAUGUCCAAGAGCAUAGCAGACCAGUGAGAAUAAGGUUAGAAUUAGAGUAGAAGACACAAGUUUGAAGGAAAAUUUAAUGGGGCAGGGGGAAAGUCUUACGUUUUCAAAUAUUACUAAUCACACCUACCUAAGAAUCACUGGCUUCAAAAGACAGAAAUUUUCCAGCUUAUUGAUUAUUGGUGAUAUAAUGUGCGGUUUGUAAAAUAAUAAGAUUUAGAUUAUUAUUAUUAUUACUUAUAAUAACACAACAAAGGAUGUAAUUUUUGGACACAGGCAAAGUGUAAAAAUUCUGGACUUCUAUAUUUUUAGCUGACAUUCCUAUUGUUGCCUAAGGCAAAAGAAUGCCCUAUAUAUGAAUUAAUGGGAAUGAGAUUUUACACCACCGUUAACAAUAAGUGGUCUGCCUGCAUGACUUACUUACUGCUGAUCUCUACUAAGUAACACUGUUGUUGUUUUUUUUUUUUUUUUUUUACUCCUUUGAAGAUCCUUAUACAACGCUGAUUACAGGGAUUAUUUAUCAAACAUAAAGCAUGACAAGUUGACAAACACAAUUCUAAAUGUAGGCCAAAAACAGCAAAGUUGAGUAUAUUGUAAAUAUAUAACAAUUCUUCUUUAUUUUUUUAUUUUUGUUUUGGGGGGUUUUGGAGGGGGGAGGGGGGUCUAAUUAUUCUAUAACUGUUUCAGUGAUGCACCUCUUACUAGAUACAGUUUGAAGAAACCCUGCUUGUUACUACUUUUCCUUUAAGUGUAGGUUAAAUGGCUUUAGGUUAAAUGCAUCUUUUGAUCUUGAAAUCUGUAGCAAGUAAAAGAUGAUCUGAUACUGAGAUUUUACCAACUUGCUGCAGUGAAUGAAUCUGACAUGUCCCCCACUUUGGAGAUGCAAGCAUGUAACUGACAAUUCCUGUGUUUUCUUGUAAGAGGAUAACUCUGAUAUUUGAAAUCAUGCAUAAUUUCUAAGGCCGACUGUAAACAAGGAAGAAAAUUGCUAAUUGAUGGUGUGCUUUUCCAUCAAUCACUUCCCUCUAUUCCCACUCAAUCCAAUGCAAGGCACAAAAUAGCUGAAAAAGCCCUUCUCCCUCUCCACUUUGCUCCAGAUCUGAUCUUCACCCAGCAAACAAAUUAACUUUCUAUAGCAGGGCUCAAUUCAUCCCUAAAGGAGUUGUGCAAAGACCCACAGGACAUCAGAUUGAGGUGCAAGAUGGUUCUAAUAUGAUGGAAAUCACUCAUGUUCUCUAUUUUUGAGAAUCCAUCUGGAUAGUUUGUUGAUUUAAUGCGUUGAUAAUGGAUAUUUAUGUAAUUUAUAUAAUUAAUGCAAGAUGGUUCGAUGGAUAUAUAUGAAUUUAGGAAUAUAUAUUCUGACAGCAGAGAUUUCUGAACUCUUAGAAUCACAUUAGCAAUCACAUUGGUCCGGUUCUUAAUGUUACAGUGUUUAAAUUAAAGUUUUAGUUUAAAUGUAAACCACAUUCAUUUCUGAUUCUGAUGAUCCUGAUCAUCUAAUCUUCUGGAAAUCACGUCUGUUUAAAAUAUUAUGUAAUGUUUAGUGCUCAUUCUUAUAGUAACAACCUACAAAUGAACUGUAUUAUUAAAACUGCAUGUCAUUUGUUUCACAUUUAAACAAGGGACUAGAACAGGGGUCCUCAAACCUUUUAAACAGGGGCAGUGGCGUACACACGAUCUAUGGGGCUCCUGUGCGAAAACCAAUCCUUCCCCCCCCCGGCGCUUACACUGUGCGGGCCGGGCCCGCAACACAUGGCAGCGGGCAGCGGUAUGUACGCCAGUGCAUGCAGAUACACAUACACUUAAAGGAACUCUAUAGGCACCCAGAUCAAUGACGUGGUCUGGGUGCCAGGUCCCUAUAGUUUUAACCCUGCAGCUGAAAACAUAGCAGUUUCAGAGAGGGUUAAUCAAGCCUCUAGUAGCUGUCUCACUGACAGCCGCUAGAGGCGAUUCCGCUUUCCUAUGGACGGUUUGAAUGAACACCCGGCUCUUGCCGUGCAUGUGCAUUCGGAGCUGAGAGGUGGAUCGGGGCGGAGAGAUCCCCAGUGCUGGGCUCCCUUGAGCCGCGCACGCAUUCAAACCGCCCAUAAGAAAGCAUAAGUGUUUUUACCCCUUCAGCCCUGCUUGAGGGAGGCCACAAGGGUGGGGGGGACCUAAGGACUAUAUAGUGCCAGGAAAGCGAGUUUGUGACUCUAAAGUGGUCCUUUAAUGACAAACAUUCAGAUACACAUACAGACAAACAGAUACCCAUACAGAUCAAGAGAUACACAUACAGAACCACACACAGGCACACGCACACACAUGCAGACACACACACAGAUACAUACACACACGCACACUCAUAGUGAAAGACCCACAUACACUCUCACUAACAUACAAGCAUACACACACACUCACUAACAGACACACACACUCACGAACAGACACAUACACACUAGCUAACAGACACACACAUGUACUGACAGGCACACACUCAGUGACAGACAUACAUAUAUACUCACUGACAGACAGACACACAUACACACUCACUUACAAAACAUACACUCUCACUGACAAACACACACUCACUAACAGACACACACUCAAUAAGACACACACAGUAACACACUCAGUAACAGACACACACACACAGUAACACACUCACUGACACACAAAAACUAACACUCACUAGCAGACACACUCAAUAACAGACACACACUAACUGACACACACAACUAACACCCUCAGUAACAGACACACACACAGUAACACACUCACUGACACACAGACACACUCACUGACACACAAAAACUAACACUCACUAACAGACACACACAACUAACACACUCAGUAACAGACACACACACCGUAACACACUCACAGACACACAGACACAAACAAACUAACACAACUAAUGCACUCAGUAACAGACACACACACACACUCACUGACACUCACUAGCAGGCACACACUCAAUAACAGACACACACAACUAACACACUCAGUAACAGACACACCCACUGACACACACAUACAAACUCACAUUUUUUUUUUUUUACAUUUUAGUCCCCCAGUAGGGACCUUUGGGAGUGCUGAGGGGAUUCCAUUUGUCCCUGGGGUCUAGUGGGGCUGCUGGGCGGCCGGUCACUGCAGGCGGCGAGGGAGCACUGAUCCUCCUGUUCAGCUCCCUCACACGCCGCUUACUGAUGCCGGAGCCAGAGUGACGUCAUAUUCCGGCUCCGGCAUUACUGCGGUGCGCGCGAGGGAGCUGGGCAGAGAGAGCUCAGAGGAGAAUGCUCCCUGGCGUGCCCGCCCGCAAAGUGACGCCACUGCCGGCCUCGGGGGGCCCUGAGGUGGCCAGCUCCAGAGAGGCUGGCAAAAUGCGGCCAUGGCCGCACUGGCGUACAUACCCGGUCACAGCCGCGACCCCUGCGACCGUGGUAUAUAUGCCAGGGAACAUGGGGCCAGUUCACUGUCCCUCAGACUCUGUUGGGGGCCAGACUAUAGUUUGAAAAACAUUUGAACUAAUUCCUACACAUGCUGAAACAGAUACAUAGACAUAUACAGACAUACUGCAGUUUGCAAUGAAACAAAUCUUCAAGUCCAAUGGAGAGUCAUAUUCAAAUAGAUUCCACUACAGUUCAUUCUUUAAUAAGUCCCAAGUUUAUAAUUUUGACCGUUUACAGACUUUUAAUUAAAGUUUAAUUAAAGUUUUCACAAAUCACACAAAGGUCAGUUCUGCAUUUUCUUAAUAUCUAAGAUGGGGGUUCCACUAGUGUAAUUCUUCAUAGUCCUAGAUCCAUUAUUAUAACUGGACCCAAUCCAUUAUGUAGUGAUUAAUAUAUGGUGUAAGUCUUUUGGGUACAAUUCCCAUCCCCACAAAUUGCUAUUUCUCAAGUGACACUGUAUCAGAGAUUGCCACUGCACAUGGAACAAUAUACAGGAAGAAAUGAAUUGCACUCAAACUGAUUUAAUAAGUAACAUAGCACUGCAGCUCUCACACCUGAAACUUGACUACAUUGUGUGCACAUUGAGACCCUACUCAUACAACAAGGAAUCCUUCCCAGACAGUUUUUACCCAGGUAUUGGAGCUGCAAAACUCUGACUCACAAAAAUGUCUGCAUUUCAUUGACAUCAACACACAGCAGGGAGCUUAUUAAAAUGUAAAGCAGCACACAGCUUCACUGCCUAUGACGCUAGCACUCCUUCAUCUUCAAUACUAAAUAGAAAUGUUGUGGGUUCCCAGAAACACCCCAUUAACCAUAAGGGGACCAGACCACUCACACAAAAGUUGAGUCAAUCUGAACACCCAUGGGUAACCUGUUGACCCAAUUUGGGGACCCCUAAAUAUAACAAAUAGCCACAAGAACAAGAUAGCCAAGAUAGAAUAAGGGAAAUAGAUUAUUCUCUUUAUACACAGAACAUGUGAUAUAGCUGCAUCUUUUUAUUAAACGUCAAUUCUUUACAUGUUUAAUGCAUAAACACAUAGUGGAAGCAGAGAAAAAUGUCCAGUUCGCUUAAAUUAACACUCUAAACACCAUCACCACUACGGCACAUGGUAUUGGUUAUGGUGCCAGCGGUGUCUUAGCACAUCGACUCUUUUCCUGCAGGAGAAGCCGGAUGUCUCCCCUAAAUUUAGCAUGGUCCAAAACAGGUCCAAAAUUUAGUUAUAAGUCCUAAAACAUUUUGACAGAUUAUUUUGGGAGAGAACCAGAGCACUAGUGACACCAUAAUCAUGACAGUGGACUUUAGUCAUUAUGGUGGCUGUUAUCAUCCUUUAAUAAUUGUCCUAUAUGUAUUUUCUACAGUAUAAGCAAAUAAAACAGUAGACCUGUGCAUUCGUUUUCGUCUGAAAAUUCUGUUUUUUUCAUAUUGGUUUACUAAAACGUAAACAAAAGCCCUACAUACAAAAUAUAAACGAAAUGAAAGGGCAAAAGCCGAAUGCAUUACCUUUUUGUUUCAUUCGUUUAAAAGACUCCGUGCUGCAGGGGAAUUAACCCCCACAGCACAGAGAAAUAACACUGCGCAUGCUGGAAAAAUAGAAAAAGGAGAGAGCCGGCAGUGCAACAAGCUCCCUCCUUGUAUUAAUAUUAAUAUUAAUUCCUACCUCUUCCCUCCCCCCCCGCAUUAAAACCUAUGGGGGUCUCUAUGACCCCAUAUUAAUAAAAGGGAGGUUAAAUUCUCCCACAUGCAGGGGCUGCUCGCUGUCAUUUAAAACUGGAUAUAAAUCCAGUAUGGGGUCUCUGGACUCUGACCCCCAUAUUAAUAAAAGGGAGGUUAAAUCCUCCUGCAUGCCCCUACUCGCAGCAUGCCGCAAGUAGGGGCAUGUCACCUAAACAAAUUUAAAACUAGUGACUGGGCUGACUAUUGCUGCCAAGUCACUAGUGCAAUAAGGGGGGACCUGGCUCAUGGUGGGGAACCCAAAUAACUAAAAUGGGGGGACAUAGUAGUGGGGAGUGACUAGGGAAUUGGGGACCCCGAGUCACUUUAUUGUUUGUGGUCCCCACCUGCCGGUCAUGGGUGGGGACCGGCGGGGAACAUUAGGUCCCCCCAUUAUUUAAUUAUUUAGGGUACCCACCCACCACUCAUGGGUGGGGACCUGAGGGGAAAUUAUUUAUUUAUUUAGGUUCCUCACCCGCUGCUCAUGGAUGGGGACCAGGGGGGACAUUGGGUCCCCCUUUAAUUAAUUACGGUCCCAUAACUGCCGCUCAUGGGUGGGGACCUGGGGGGACAUUAGGUCCACUCCAUUAGUUAUUUAAUCACUGUCCCUACCCGACAGUCAUGGGUGGGGGCCUGGGGGGGGCACUAGGUCCCCACGUUUAUAUUAAUAUAAACUGGGACACUAGGUUUUUCAUAUUGCAACAUUGUUAUUGUUUUUGAAAUAACCAUUGGCUACACCUACUCUUACCGUAGAUCUCUAUCACUUCUAUCUAAGAUACUGAUUUUUAUAUCCAGUUUUAAAUGACAGCGAGCAGCCACCUGCGACUACACGGGGGACCUGGCACAGGUAGGGGCUUGCGGCAGGAUUUAACCAUUGCCAGGUCCUCCCUUAUUGCACUAGUGAAUGGUCAGCAAUAGCUGCCAGUCACUAGUAGUUUUAAAUUUGUUUAGGCACCAUGCCCCUACUCGCGACAUGUGAGAGUUCAGAGUGACCCCCAUAGGUUUAAAUGCGGGGGGUGAUAGGAAUGGUUUAUUACAAGGAGGUUGUAGCUCCCUUCUUGCUUUUUUUUUUUUUUUGGGUGAAUGCGCAGUACUAUUUUCGUCCUAAUGGAAGAAAACAGUUUUUUUAAACCAAAUUUUGUUCGAAAACAAAUGCUUUGUGAACGAAAUUCAGGAUUGAUGAAUUAAAUUUUUAUUUAGUAUGAAAUCAUUCGUACAAAGCAAAAAUUUUACUGGUGCACAUGUCUAUAAAACAAUGAUAUUUAGUUGUAUAAGCUAAGAGUGCUUUCAUAACCAUUCAUCUUUUUUCACAUGAUAUACACCCUGUUCCAAAUUAUUAUGCAAAUUAUAUUUUUCUCAUUUACCUAAAUAAUUGAUGUAAAUAACAGUCAGCAUAAUUCUCAUGUUAUCAACUAUUAAGAGUACAAUUCAAAUUUUAUUGAACAAAUCUUCUAAUGAUAACAGUAUUUUUUUUAAACAUAAAAAACUUUCAAUGCACUGUUCCAAAUUAUUACGCACAGUAAGUUUUAAAACACUUUAUAGGUUGUAAAGAACUGAAAAUAGUCAUUUGUUGUGUUUGCAGCAUAUUUACUGAAAUCAAAAGCUAUUUCAAUCAAACUUAUAACAACAUUUUAACUUUUUAAACAUUUUAACAGGACACGUUACAUUUUAACAUAGGACCCCUUAUUUGAUAGCAGCUUCACAAGUCUUGCAUCCAUUGAACUUGUGAGUUUUUGGACAGUUUCUGCUUGAAUUUGUUUGCAACAUGUCAGAAUAGCCUCCCAGAGCUGCUGUUUGGAUGUAAACUGCCUCCUACUCUCAUAGAUCUUUUGCUUGAGGAUGCUCCAAAGAUUCUCAAUAGGAUUGAGGUCAGGGGAGGAUGGAGGCCACACCAUGACUUUCUCUCCUUUUAUCCCCAUAGCAGCCAUUGAUGCAGAGGCAUUUUUUGCAGCAUGAGAUGGUGCAUUGUCAUGCAUGAAGAUGAUUUUAUUACGGAAAUCAUAGUUCUUCCUUCUGUACCAGGGAAGAAAGUGGUCAGUCAGAAACUCCACAUACUUUGCAGAGGUCAUCUUUACACCUUUCGGGGACCCUAAAACAUGAUUCCGGCCCAAAAUAUGACUCCAGCACCGCCUUGCUGACGUUGCAACCAUCCACUACUCCAUCCAUCUGUACCAUCCAGGGUUGCAUGGCACUCAUCAGUGAACCGGACUGUUUGAAAAUUAGUCUUCAUGUAUUUUUCUGCCCAAUGCAGCCGUUUCUGCUUGUGAGCAUUAGUUAGUGGUGGCCGAAUAGAAUGUUUAUGCACAGUUGCAAGACUCUGGAGGACUCUACACCUUGAUGUCCGUGGGACUCCAGAGUCACCAGCAGCUUCAAAUAUCUGUUUGCUGCUAUGUAAUGGUAUUUUAGCAGCUGCUCUCUUGAUCCGAUGUAUGGAUCUGGCAGAAAUCUUCCUCAAUGUGCCUUUAUCUGCACGAACCCGUCUGUGCUCCGAAUCAGCCACAAAUCUCUUAAUAGUGCAAUGAUCAUGCUUAAGUUUUCGUGAAAUAUCUAAUGUUUUCAUACCUCAUCCAAGGCAUUGAACUAUUUCACUCUUUUCGGCAGCAGAGAGAUCCUUUUUCCAUCCCAUAUUGCAUGAAAAUGGUGCUCUGCUUAAUAAUGUGGAACACCUUCCUUUAGUAGUUUUUCCUUAAAUUGGGCUCACCUGGCAAUCUAUUUAUCACAGGUGUCCGAGAUUGUUUUCAGUGAUCAAAAGAGCCCUGAGACACAAUGCCAUCCAUGAGUUAAACUGAAAAACAAAAUAUUUAAUCUUUGUGACACUUAAAUAGAAUUUGCAUAAUAGUUUGGAACAGGGUGUAAUAUAGAUUUUACCAAAGGAUGUACAAUGAUGAAGGAAAGAAACAGAGUUGCACGCAGGUCAGAAUUUAAUUAUAUAAUUGUCUGAGCAUCCACUGUUCCAUUCUGUGGCUCUGCAUCGCAGCAAUUCAUCACAAGUUGAUAUGUUAGGUAGAACAGUCAGUGACGUCUCCAGGAUUCAUACUUGGGGAGGCACAUAAGGGGCCAGGGACAAAAAUAGGGGGCACCUGGCAUUUGUCAGCCCUUUGCUAAGCCACGCAGGAAACGUUAAAGCCGGCCGUCGCGGGAAGCAUGGAGGCGGCACGCGAGGAAGCAGUAACCUUCCUGCUGUUCCUCUCUGCUCCCUUUUACGCUGUUUAGUGACAUGACGUCACUCCAGCCCCAGCAUUACUCUCAGUCAGAGAUUGGGGCGGAGCUUGCGUAUGGGAAGGCGAUCUUCCAAUCAGGGGCAGAGCUUGUGUGCCAGGGAAGCUGCUGCACAGUGGCAGAACUAAUGUAGAAUGGGCGCUGGUGCAAAAACUGUGAGUUAAAGAGGCAAGCUUAUGGUGCAACAUUCUGCAAAACAUUUAUUUUUCUAAUGAAGAAACAAUAAAAAUUUGAGCAUACAAAAAAUACAGAAUAUUAAUGAGGCCAAAAUAAAAAUGCAUUACAGUUGUAUUGUGCACGGGGGUGUCCCUUUAACAUAAGUUAGUCGUAAUUUUCAAAGUCUUAUUCAUGAUAUAAUUGACAGUUCCUCUUCAUGUUUUGUUGUUAGAAUAACUUUGUUGUAGAAGGAAACUUUGCUAAAACAUUUAUUGUGUUACAGCAGCUGUAAAUAUACCAGACCCUACCCCAUGCAUGACAGAAUUCCAAGUAUUUUAGAAUUAACGUUAUUGAAUUUAUGCUGCAUUGCAGCUGUAUGCAAUUAGAAAACUGAGUCAUUUAUGAAAAAUGUUUGAUACAUUACAUUUAAUAAGAUAGAAAAAUAGACAGACUAAGUGUGCUAUCAAAUGCUUUGAUACUUCUUCAAAUAAUAUUUGGUUGCUACAUAUCAAAAAAAAUCAAAGACACAUAAACUGCUUUAACAAUAAUUAGAAUUCUCAGAGUUUGUUAUUUUUACUGAUCUGUUAUAUUGGCCCAAGUUUUAGAAAUUUCUUUUCAAUUCUUUACAGUUCAUGGCUUUGUAAAUAACCCAUGAGUAUGUUCAAGUAGGUUAACCAAUUCUUCUGUUUGAAUAGGCUGGAGACUCACAUUGUGUAGAACAAGGGUCCUCGGUUUUAACGGUAUCUGGACAAAAACUAAUUUUGGAAGUCACUGGUAAGUAGAACCUUAUCAAUUAAGUACAUUACACUUACAAAAAGCAAAAUAGAUAUAUGAAAAAAAGAAAAACCAGAUAAAUAAAAAUGUAAACUUUAUAGUACAUGUGCUUUCAUCUCUACAUUUUGCUUCCUAAAUAUCUAGCAAUGCGUAGAUGAUAUUUUUUUUCUGAGAAAAGUGUUUAGCCUUUACCAUUACGCUGUUCGAAUAGAAAUAAAAUUCUAGUGCUCUAGCCACUCCAAAAUAAAAUGCACACUGAGUGGGUUAUAUUGGAGAAGGCUGAAAAAAGUUUUAUGACUUAAUCUAUAUAUUGCAAUAAGAAAAAUUCACAGGCACUCCAAAUGUGAAAGCCGGAGGCAGAUUUAUUGCAACAAAAUAGCAAUGUUUCGACCUAACAGGAGGUCUUUGUCAAGCUUGGCAAAAAAUACAGAAUAUUUGACAAAGACCUCCUGUUAGGUCGAAACAUUGCUGUUCAUUUUGUUGCAAUAAAUCUGCCUGCGGCUUUCACAUUUGGAGUGCCUGUGAAUUUUUCUUAUUGCCUUGUCGUAUUGGGAUUGCUGGUCCUGUUCCAGAGCACCUGUGGCCGUUGGGAGUGAGUGCGGUUCCUGCAACCAACUUUUGCUUAAUCUAUAUAUUUGCCGAUCGUUUCACUGGCUAAAUGUAUUAAUUAUAUAUUUAUACUAAUAUGAAUCUGACUGUAAUAUUCACAAUAUUCAGAAACAAACCAUUUCUAUUUAAAAAUCUAAAUUAAAUUUACUUAUCGUAACUCUUAGCUUAUUGGUUUAGAUAACACGUUGCAAAAGUGCUACCAGAUAGAGAGACCUUGUCCAUUAUUAAAGUGUUGGAUACGAUUUAUUGUAAAGUAUUCUAGCCACAUUUAAUAACAAACAUUUCACUUUUACCAUUCAGAUAAAAAGGAUUCCAAGAACAGAUCAGCAAGUUUGUCCGACUAUCACUCCAAGGUAAUCUUAUUUAACAGUACUCCAACUCCAGAUACAUGCAAGUAUCAGAUAGGUGCCUUAAUUGCAAAAGACUCAGAUAAAAUAAUCCCUAGUCAGGUGUUGACGAGAUACAAUAGCACAGCAGUCUGUGUAACUGGUGAAAGGUACAGAGCUUAAUGUAUCUCCACGUGCUUGCAGAGCUGGAUUAAAUAUUUAUAUUGAAGCUGUCCAGAACUUUUAAUUGUGGCGAUUAAAUAAUGACCAUGCAUUAUCAAUAUUUUAAUUAUAUUUGGUGUGGGACAAAUAGAAGGUCAUGUAUGCCGGUCACAGGUCUGGUUGGGAAGGGCUGCUGACCAGAGCACCAAGAAUGCAAGGAAAUCUGAAUACACAUAAUUCAAGGCAAAAAGAAUGGUAUAGAAUUAAAUACAAGCACAGAUAACUCAAUGUAAGAGAAAGAAGCCCUCUGGAUACAGGCAGUCCUCUGGAUACAGGGAGCAAUGAAACCAGGAUGGCAGCUAGCUCAGGAACUCAGCGAAGGCAGCUAGCCCGGUAACUCAGGAAAGCAACUAGUUCAGGAAAUUAGGGAAUGCAGCUUGUGAAGAAAUCCCUAUUUAUUCCCCUUAGUUCACCUUUAUUCAUUCGGUAGAUCUAACUACUGAACAAAGACCACCCUCCUGGCUCAUUCAGCUUCAAAGGAUUCGUCAAUUAACCUCUCUAUCUGUGCGGCCAGCGUUCGUACUACCGAACGCCACAUGACUGAGAAAACCGCGGCUAUCUUUUUUCAGCCGAACAAAGGCAGCGGGACUUGGUCGUCGAAUGUCUGGAACUAAAAAUCGGAUACUCGCCUACCUGAACACCGGUCUCCAACAGACGAACGCUGGAACUAUAUUUCCCGAAUAGCUAGAAGAGCGCUAUUCAGUACUUUUGUGCAGAGGGGAACAAUCGCUGCUGAGAGCCAGGGGGAUCCAUUCGGUACUUUAUUCGUUUUUUUCCCCUUUACUGAAGUGACCGGCAAAACCACCCAAACUCAUGGAACUAUUUUGGGCAGCCAGCCCACGGUUAGCCGGUCACAGAAGACUUCCACAUUUUUUGAGAACCCCUGAACCGAUCUGGGUGAAAUUUGAAUAUGUUCGUCACCCAGAUCGGGGCUAUCAGGGGACAUAUUAUUUGUGGGGAUACCUCAUGUAUAAAGGGGUGUUCCAGAUAUUGGGGAAAAUUGUGAUUUUUCAUCCUGGCGAUAAUCAAGAUAUUACUUUAUCAGACUUGAUUAUCUCCAGGACUAGGGGAGGGAAUUGUAUGUGUGUACUGGGUGUGUUUUAUUUUUUUAUUGUAACGGAUUGGUUAAACUCUGUCCCUCCCUGUGGGAUGUCCCCUUGCAUGGGGACUUGCAUAAAAGCCUGUGUGUGAUCAUUAAAGCUCAGUUCAGUUGUACCCUUCUUCUUGACUUCGGCUGAUGUUUGGGGAUUCGUGUGCUUUAUUAAGGGAAUUAUCUUAUGAAGCUAUUUGGAUUACUAUACAGCUCGUCUAUUUCAUCUACCGAACGGAGAGCUAUAUUCACUGAUGCUCUGGCGAUUCGGGAGGAAACUACCGAAUGAGGAUUACAUAUACCAGGUUUCCUUACACAGGAAUUUAGGAAGGCAGCAAGCUCAGGAACGUAGGAAGGCAGCUAGCUCAGUAACUCAGGGAAGGCAGCUAGCUCAGAACCCAGAAAGGCAGCAUGCUCGGGAACUCAAGAGGGCAGCUAGCUCAGGAACUUAGGAAGGCAGCUAGUCUGGGAACUCAGGUAAGGCAGCAAGCACAGGAACUCAGUAAUAUGCACACACAUAAAAAAAUAAUGGUUUUGUUAUUUACAAGGAACACAAUAGAGUAAAAUACAAGCACAGAUAACUCAGUAUGUAAGUGAAGGAAGUGCUCUGGAUAAAGGUAGGACUCUGGAUACAGGGAGUAAGGAGGCCUCUGGAUAUAGGGAGCAAUGAACCCUGGAAGGCAACUAGCUUAGGAACCUCAGCAAGGCAGCUAGCUCAUAACCCAGGCAGGUAACUAGCUUAGGAAUUCAGGGAAGGCAGCUAGCCUGGGAACUCAGGAAGGCAGGUUGUUUAGGAACUCAGGAAAGGCAGCUAGCCCAUGAACUCGGGGAAGGUAGCUAGCCCAGGAUCUCAGGAAGGCAGCUAGCUCAGAACCAAGGAAGGCAGCUAGCGCAGGAACUCAGGGAAGGCAGCUAGCGCAGGAACUCAGGGAAGGCAGCUAGCCCAUGAACUCGGGGAAGGUAGCUAGCCCAGGAUCUCAGGAAGGCAGCUAGCUCAGAACCAAGGAAGGCAGCUAGCGCAGGAACUCAGGAAGGCAGCUAGCCCAGGAACUCAGGAAGGUAGCUAGCCCAGGAACUCAGGAAGGUAGCUAGCCCAGGAACUCAGGAAGGCAGCUAGCCCAGGAACUCAGGAAGGCAGCUAGCCCAGGAACUCAGGAAGGCAGCAUGCUCUGGGACACAGACUGUUACAUAAGACAAAACCACCAGACUAACAACAACAACAUUAAUGAAGUGGCCAACAAGAAGGAGGUAGGUAACUAGCUUAGGAAUCAGGAAGGCAGCUAGCCUGGAACUCAGGAAGGUAGCUAGCCCAGGAACUCAGGAAGGUAGCUAGCCCAGGAACUCAGGAAGGCAGCUAGCCCAGGAACUCAGGAAGGCAGCUAGCCCAGGAACUCAGGAAGGCAGCAUGCUCUGGGACACAGACUGUUACAUAAGACAAAACCACCAGACUAACAACAACAACAUUAAUGAAGUGGCCAACAAGAAGGAGUAAGACUACUCUGGGAAAUCAGGGAAGUCAGGUAGUAUAGGAACUCAGGGAAAACAGCUAGCCCAGUAACUCAGGGAAGGCAGGUAGUAUAAGAACCCAGGAAGGCAUCUAGCCUUGGAGCUCAGGAAGGCAGGUAGUAUAGGAACUCACGGAAGGCAGCUAGCCCAGGAACUCAGGGAAGCAGCAUGCUCUGGGACACAGACUGUUACAUAAGACAAAACCACCAGACUAACAACAACAACAUUAAUGAAGUGGCCAACAAGAAGGAGUAAGACACAAAUAAAUAGGGAUGAGAUCAUUGCAAAGUAAGGCCAGCUGGGAACCAAAAAAGAUCUCAGUCCGGGUUCAGCAGCCUGCAACAGCACCACAGACACAUAGUGGCACUGUGAGUUACUGCACCAGACAGAGUAAACAGAAUUAUGACAGUAUAUAUUUGUCAUUUGUUGUUUUUUUAUUUGUAUCCUGAUACUUUGGGCUACUUUUGGGUAAGUGGAAACUCUGACUUUACCUAUACUAUACUAGUGUUUGUGUUGGGUUCCACCCCCAUAGUGCCCUGUAUCAUUUUUUAUAUACCUUUUACAAUAAAUUACUACUUUUUUACCUCAUACUGAAGUCCCAUCUACUUGCAACAAUCGGAUCAUUAGCCACUACUUGGCACCCGUGAGCCUGAUAUACAGAGCCUGGUAUGGCUCUGGAGAAUGUGAGUGGGAGUUCCACAUUGUAUUUUAUAUCUUAUAUUAUUAUACAGGUCACACUAUGUUGUUUUGUAUUCUCUUCUUUUUAUCCUAGUUAAUUAUCCUCAUCAAGCUCAAUUAUUGCUAAUAUUUUUCCAUUAUUAGAGUUACACUGGGGAGGUGUAUGCACUUGUAAAUAUUCUCUCUGCUUUCCUUUAGAAUUAUGACAGUACCUUUAUUUCCCGUGUUAUGAAUAAUGUGACACAUUCUUAUACUAUAUUACCCAUCCAAUAUUAUAUAGUAUGGUAACAUCAGAUGGGAUGUUCAAUAAAAAUAUCAGAAUUCAAAUACAAUUCUUUAUUAUUUUUUUUUGUUUAUUAACACAUUAUUUGAGAUGUGUUGAAGAUAGAUUUCUAUGAAUUAAUGUACCAUAAAGUAUAAACCAAGUUGCUAUCCACCUGUGACAUACAUAGAGUAGACAGAGUCUAGGUACUGACAUGUUACCCUGACACAUGUUUUUUAAUGUUAUUAACUAGAUAUCGGGUGAGUGUUUCAAGACCCUAGUACUUUAAAAAAGGAUUUUCACUCUUUAAUCAAGGUUUUCCAUUCUGGACAGAGCAAUAUAGCAAGCUAACCAUUUAAUUUGAAUUUCAUGUGUCUCAUUGUAUUCUUACAAACAUGUUUUACAUGGAGUCAUGUUAAGGGGAACUUGGUGGGCUGUGAGAACUCCCUUCCCCUCAUUCACUGGUUAUAGCAUGGCGGAACAGGAUCACAGCAGAAGCUAUGCAUGCUUUGCCCAAAGCUCUCUUUGAAAUUCUGAGUGGAGCUGUGCAGUGUAAGUCGGGAAACAGGAACACUGACUUAAAGGAUCACUAUAGUGUCAGGAAAACAAACCCUCAGGGUCCCCCUCCCACUGGGCUGAAGGGGUUAAAACACCUUCAGCCACUUACCUUUAUCCAGCGCCGGGCUCCCUCGGCCCUGGUGACUUCUCCUCCCCUGCCGACAUCAGCUCCCAAGUGGAGCGGAAUGCACAUGCGCAGCAAGAGCCAUGCGCAUAUUCAAAUAGUCCAUAGCAAAGCAUUUCUCAAUGCUUUCCUAUGGACGUUCUGCACGUUGGAUGCGAUUUUCGCAUCCAGCGUUGCAAAAGCGCCUCUAGCGGCUGUCAGGUAGACAGCCAAUAGAGGCUGGAUUAACCUUGCAAUGUAAACAUAGCAGUUUCUCUGAAACUGCUAUGUUUACAUCUGAAGGGUUAAAACCUGGGGGACCUGGCACCCAGACCACUUCAUUGAGCUGAAGUGGUCCGGGCGACUAUAGUGUCCCUUUAACAUCAUAGCUCACCUCCUCUAUGUACCCACAUUACACACAGCAGAAAGCCUCUAAUAGACUCCAGUAGAGUAUUGACUGUCUCUGCCAUGGUCCUGCUUGUACACACUAUCAUCUGGGCAGAUGGAGUUGAGGUAUGACAAAGGAGGGAAUGGAGAGACAGAAAAUGGGGUAGAAUGUGGGUAUAGAGACAUACAAGAGUAAGGGUAGUGAGCAAUCAAACAGAGAUAUGGAAGUGAAAAUAAACACAGAGGCUGGAGACUAAAAACAACCAAAAGGGUGUAAGGGGAGAGAAGGAGAAAAUAUUGUAGGGGGAAUUAUGAAUAGAACAAUAAUGAAUAUAUAAUUGAGGUUAUGGGGAGAGUGGCACUUGUAUGACUUACACAUGUUGGAAUAGAUGGAUAGAUGUAGACACAGAUAGAAGAGAGGCACAAGACAUAAAUAGGGAAAGAUGAAGACGGUGACACAAAUAGAGAAGAGAUGAAGAGGAUGAAGAGAACAUGGUAAAUCAAGAAGGAAGACACUAGUAGGAUACUGAGGGGAGAGAUACAAGUUUGGAGUAUAACAAAGAGAUGGAGACUCAGGUAGUGGGCAUAGAUGGGAGGGAAAUAUAAGUGGGGAGAACUGUGAGUGUUAAAAAAAAUGGGAGGGAGGCUCAAGUGAGGGAAAAAGGAAAGAAACACAAGUGUGGAACAGAAUGGGGAUAUACAGUACAAGUGGAGAACAUGAAAAAGAAAAGAGUGAGGGGAAUUUGGAGACCAUGAACAACACAAAUGCAUUCAGCGUCACCCAAGUUUGCAAUAAACAAAUUAACACCUACGUUCAUCCAGUACACGCACAAAUAUAAAUUGGGAAACACAUUCUGUUAUCUAAAAAGUUAAGUGUGUUGGAAGGACCACAGCAAAUCGGUUUAAGUGACACUUCCUCAUCAUGUUGUUUUAGUCAAAGUACACUUGAGUUUUCAACUUCUAAAUUCAACUUGCCUAAACCUUUCACAGAAAGAUUCCCAAAAGGAGAAACUUGAAGAUAUGAACAAACAUUCUCACAACAACAACAACCAAGGAGCUCAGAAAGAGGCUGAUCACACGAGUCACAUACCGGAUAACAGACACAACGACACUGCAAAAGUGAAAUACAAAUCUCAUCGACAAACCUAUGACUUUGAAGGUAUGCUACUUACACAUCACAGUAUAUAAGCUACAAAUUGUGGAGUAAUACACUGCUCAAAAAAAUAAAGGGAACACUUAAACUGUCAGGGCUUACCUGGGUUGGGAGUCCGGCAGGCAGAGUAGACACAGGCCGAGGUGGUCAGGUAAGAAUUCACCUGGCCUGUGUGUAGGUGCACGGGGGCUGUGCAGGAUAAUUAUCCAAGUCGCAGUACAGGAACGGAUAAAGCAGGAGAAUCGUCGUGGGUAAGCCAGAGGUCAGAGGGUGCCAGAAAUCAGGAUUAACAAGAAGAAAGCCAAGGUCAGAGGAUGCCAGAAGUCAGGAUAUUUGGAGUAACAAGCCAAGGUCAAGAGUAAACUGGAGAACGCAAAACAGCAGAAUGAUCACCAGAGUCAAGGAACUGACACUGCCUUCUGGAAGAGGCAGUGUUUUAUACCUGGCUAAUGAGGCCAUCAGCUGCAGGUGUGCUGAGAAUGUUGGAGCAGCCACAGAAUAACGUCCAGCACCCAGUGGGUUGUAGACUCCGUCUCAUGCUACCACUAGAGUGAAAGCACCGCCAGCAUUCAAAAGUGACCAAAACAUCAGCCAGGAAGCAUAGGAACUAAGAAGUGGUCUGUGGUCACCACCUGCAGAACCACUCCUUUAUUGGGGGUGUCUUGCUAAUUGCCUAUCAUUUCCAUAGGUUGUCUAUCCCAUUUGCACAACAGCAUGUGAAAUUGAUUGUCACUCAGUGUUGCUUCCUAAGUGGACAGUUUGAUUUCACUCCAAGUGAUUGACUUUGAGUUACAUUGUGUUGUUUAAGUGUUCCCUUUAUUUUUUUGAGCAGUGUAUAUAAUUUAAAUGCAUACAUAAUAUAAGUAGUUUAGAUAAAACUAUUUCAGAACUCGUUAAUCUGAGAAUAUAGCAUUGAUAUACCAGGCAGAUAUCUGGGCCUUAUCUUAAAAUAAAGGAUAAUAAAGUUAACAGAAUAUGGUAUUACGAUAUAUAUCUGGUUGGGAAGUAACUAUGAUUAAAAGAAAUAUGGUAUGCCAAUGCCUGAAUAUCCUAUAUAAUAUAUCUUGCAUUAGCAGUGUCUUAUGUUAAGGAUGCAAAAACUAUCAGAGAGCAAAAUAAUUAACAGUAGCACAUUCCACACCUGUAUGAGGCUCUUGAAAUGAAAACGCGUUGGCAAGUUAGAAUGAGUGCAGAUAAGUUCAAGUCUUCUUUAUACUGUCAUUGUUAUUCGCUACAACAGUAACUUUAGAGCAAUUGCCUUGGCCAAAUUAUGUGCAAUUCAUGGUUUAGUGAAUAAGACCAUGUAUCCUGGACUGUACAAGUGUACACAAUCCCUACACUUCAUAUUAUCAACCCAUUACAAAUGCAUCUUAUGAAAUAAAGGUUACAGAUUCUUACUGUUUUCUGUUAGAACCAAUUUUUCUCUUAAUAUUCCGUUACUACUUAGUUUUUACUGCUUUGCACUGGAUAUUAUUUAUAGACUUCUUCUUCUAUAUAUAUAUUGACUAUUUUUAUUGCAAUAUGUUUAAAUCUAACAGGAUUGGUUGAGAUGCUUAAUAAAGUUCAGCAUUCACGAACAGAAAAUCAACGUGGCCUUUUGACUAAAGAAGACCUAGAGUUACCAGAAUUCCUGAAGCUUCCUUCAGAAGUCCAAUGUGAUAACUGUCAUAUAGCCAGUCUCGAUGGUUCUAUAGAAGUUCCAAAGAUGCCACCACCCACCCAAGAUGCUUCACUGGAUUCUGAAAUUGAACAUAGGAGUUCUACUGAAAUUAAACCAUCAUCAAUAAUAAAUGAAUGUUCUACAGGUAUAAACAACCACGUCACUGUAAAAGAUUCUGCAUCUCUGACUGAUGAGACCCAGGAAAACAAAGAAAUGAUUCACACAGACACAAUUUCAGAUUCAGACUUCUUGAAUCAUACUUCACCUAACAAUGACCAAAUAUGUACCGAGGAUCUAGAUUCCGCAUUGUAAGAUGGGCAGUGUUUAUAUUUAUGGGACAGAUUCACUUGAAUGCAGCAGAAUCCUGUAUAUAAAUGUGUAUAAUAAUAAAAUAAUAUUGAUUUAUUUUAGAUUACCAGAUUGGAUAAGGCUAAUCAAACCGUACUUCUUGUGUACAAAAGCCUGUCCCAUCCUUACAUUGCCCGUCACAUUGAGGAGCAGUUACAUUUGAAUAUUAUGAAAAGGGGAACUUGUUACAAUAUGGCAGCUAUAUCCAGUUUUAUUGAUAGCCAUUGGUGUGGUAGAAUGGACUUUUUGGAUUCACUUGGUAAUUGGUACCUUAGUUGACGACAGGAUGGCAAUUUACGUCCCUUACAGCAAGUUCUACCCUUAUUGUUCAUUAAUGUGAAAGCCUAAUUUUAAUGCUUUUUUAAAAUGUUCUUUUUGUGAAAAAAGAGGGACCAUUUGGGCAGACUAGAUGGGCCGAAUGGUUCUUAUCUGCCGUCACAUUCUAUGUUUCUAUGUUCAUUUGCCUUCCUGCCCCCCUUGCCAGCUUUCCAUUGUCUUCUAACAAUGUGAAAUUUGUAUCUUCUAUGGAAAAUGAUUUCUUCUAAAGAAUUGGAGUUUGACUAUUAUACUGUAUCUGAAAUUAUCUUUUAAUAUUAUAUAAAUACCAAAAUACCUACUGCUGGAGGAUUUAACGCAUAUUCGAAGAGGUGUGUAAAUAUAUAUAUGUAGCAAUGCACUGUAAAUAAAAAAUUAGGCACCUGAAGCAUUAAACCGGUAUUGUGCACUCUGACAAAAAAAUGUCUCUAAAGACAACAUAUGUUUGGGUUAUCUUUCUAAUAGUAUUUACGACAUAACUCAACAUCUGUAUUCAUGGAUAUGAUAUAACAAUAUAUAUAUGUUGUUUAAAAUGCAGUAUAUAAAUAUACUGAAUACAUAUAGGCAUGCUAUUUUUUUCUCGUUAUUUUUCAUACUAAUUUGGACGCAUUGGUGUUAUACUGUCACAAGUGCUCUUGGUGAAAUUACGAAUGCAACUAACAAUGUCUUCAAUUUAAUAAGCUUACCAAUG